CGGGUGGGAAAGGCGAGAAAAUGAUGGAGAGGCCAAAGUAACGGUUUCGGAGUGAUUGACGGGACGGCUGACCAAUCGAAGUGGGGAAAGGGGAGGGCGCCGAUCACGCGCGCCCAAUGAGCGUGCAGCGACUGUAAGGGGCGGUGUGGGUGGGCGGGGCUAGUGAAGGGCCAGGGCCGGCGGGUACCGGGAGCCUCUUACACGGACACAGGGAGCCCAGGAGCCGCCGGUAAGAGAUCUCCGGGGCCCACAAAUCACCCAUUCACCGUCAUAGAGACCCCGCCCUGCACCAAACACCCAAUAGGGGGCGCCCUCAGCCUCAUUAAAUACCCCAGGAGGGGCACAUGGCCCUGAAUAAUACCCCUGAGGGGGGGAGGAGGGGGGAUUUAUUCUCCUGGGUUACAGUAUCAGUGGGGCUGGGUGUGUUACUGCUGUGCAGGAUGGGGCUGUUACCAUGGUAACCCCAGGGUUUAAAUACCCCAGGAGGGGCACAUGGCCCUGAAUAAUACCCCUGGGGGGGGGAGGAGGGGGGAUUUAUUCUCCUGGGUUACAGAGUCAGUGGGGCUGGGUGUGUUACUGCUGUGCAGGAUGGGGCUGUUACCAUGGUAACCCCAGGGUUUAAAUACCCCAGGAGGGGCACAUGGCCCUGAAUAAUACCCCGGGGGAGGAGGGGGUAUUUAUCCUCCUGGGUUACAGUAUCAGUGGGGCUGGGUGUGUUACUGCUGUGCAGGAUGGGGCUGUUACCAUGGUAACCUCAGGGUUUAAAUACCCCAGGAGGGGCACAUGGCCCUGAAUAAUACCCCUGGGGGGGGGGAGGAGAGGAGCAGGGGGAUUUAUCCUCCUGGGUUACAGAGUCAGUGGGGCUGGGUGUGUUACUGCUGUGCAGGAUGGGGCUGUUACCAUUAACCCCAGGGUUUAAAUACCCCAGGAGGGGCACAUGGCUCUGAAUAAUACCCCGGGGGGGGGGAGGGGGGAUUGAUCCUCCUGGUACCUGCUGGGUUACAGAGUCAGUGGGGCUGGGUGUGUUACUGCUGUGCAGGAUGGGGCUGUUACCAUGGUAACCCCAGGGUUUAAAUACCCCAGGAGGGGCACAUGGCCUGAAUAAUACCCCGGGGGGGGGAGGGGGGAUUGAUCCUCCUGGUACCUGCUGGGUUACAGAGUCAGUGGGGCUGGGUGUGUUACUGCUGUGCAGGAUGGGGCUGUUACCAUGGUAACCCCAGGGUUUAAAUACCCCAGGAGGGGCACAUGGCCCUGAAUAAUACCCCUGUGGGGUGGGGGGAGGAGGUGGGAUUGAUCCUCCUGGUACCUGCUGGGUUACAGUAUCAGUGGGGCUGGGUGUGUUAUUUUGCAGGAUGGGGCUGUUACCAUGGUGACCCCAGGGUUUAAAUACCCCAGGAGGGGCACAUGGACCCGAAUAAUACCCCGGGGGGGGGGGUAUUUAUCCUCCUGGUACCUGCUUGGUUAGAUCAUCAAUGAGGCUGGGUGUGUUACUGUGCAGAAUGGGGCAGUUUCCAUGGUAACCACAGGGUGUAACUACCCCAUGGAGGGAAUGAUUGAAUACCCUUUUACCCCCCAAAAUGCCUUACUGCCCCCUGGAAACGCCAUUUUAACUGAAGGGGAGAUGGUAAAUGCCCCACUUGGAUCCCACUCUCCCCCUAUUGUCCCAAUAGUAUACCCUUGGAGAAAGAUCCUUUUUCUCCUGUAUAUCCUUGAGGUGCCUACCUGAUUAACCCUUUAACACCCAGAAUUGGUACUUUCCCUGUGAGGCUAUAGAUGAUAACACCUCCACCCUGAGGCACCCAUGAAAAUGCUAUCUGUGUGGUGGUAUUUACCCCAUAUUUAUACCAGUCUCUACCCAUCUCCUCCACAUUUCCCACAAAGGCCUGCUCUAAGCUCACACAUACCCCCCUAACCCACCCAUCUCCAGCAGCCAAGACUGUUGUCUGUUUCUGAUAUUUUAAAUAAUCAUCCCUUGAUUGGGAGGAUAUUCCAGAACACAAAGACAUGUAUAUUUUUAUACUCCAUGUCUGGUAGGGGUUAAUGGCUUAUUUAGGGCUUCAGGAAUCCAGGUUGCGACAAGCUUUUUAUAAAACUCCCAUCAGUCUCAGCCUGUUACCUUUGCUACUUGUAUUAUAAGAAGAAUAACCCAGCUCUAACCUCACACGUCAGCUUUUACGCUUUUGAAUGCUCAUAAUUAAUGCAUGGGGGAUCUUCUACCCAGGGCGACUAUUUUAUUAGCCGGGGAAUUGUGGGUCUGUACGCCCUGUUUAUAACCAGUUUCCCAGACUGUCACAUGCAGUUUGUUAAUUCUUGAUUCAGGGAUCAUUCUGCUGCUCUGAUUGUCCUACAAUUUCUAAAAGAAGAAUGUUUGCUGUAUCUUUUAUAUUCUCUCGAACUGCUUUUGAAUGUAAGAAUUCCUGGAAGCAAAUGCGUUAAAUUUUAGUCUGCAUCCUCAGCAGAUGAAUGUCAAAAUCACUAUUUUUAUUCUCCUCACCUUCGAUUCCUUUCUUCCCCCGUCCCCCACAGGACGGUCAUGAAUUAAUUCAUCUUGAGAGGUACCCAUCACCCCAUCCUCUUUGCCUAGAUGCAGGGGCUUCUAAUACAUGGUGAGGGCCCUGCUCUGGGUAUGUUAGCUAGGUCUCAUUCAGGCCUAUUUUGCUGCAUUUGUGACCCCCAUCCAUUCUUCAUUCCAUGCUUAGCCUUUUUUUUCCUUAAAGCAUUUGGACAUCCCAGCAUGUCUGCAUUCUGUGACUGCGUUUCAAGGUGCGGAAUUAAUCAUGUCUCUCCAAGAUCCCUGAUAGAGAGCAGCUAUUAUUACAGUUAUUUUAAGGCUGUUUCAUGCUAUGCAAGGCCUUGUUGCUGGGGGGAGGGUUGGCACAGGAGGGGUUAAGUGCGAGGGGCGAGUGUGGGUGAAUAUUUACUCUGCUUUGUGGACCGGCUGCUCAGAUCUCUCAGUUCAACUGUUCAGUCCUGUCUUCCCAGGAAACAAAGAGCUUGUCUGCAUCAUGGCCAAGACCGCUUCCAUGCUUUCAGUGCCCCCCCUCCUCUCUCCACACCUCCUCUAGAAACCUUGCAUAUGUGAGCUCAGCCACUCCUUCUCAUACUGCUGCAAUACCUGCUUAGAUUUAAUUUUUUGCCUUCUUUUAGUUAGCCCUGUGCUAUAUCUGUCCAUAUGCCCGAUUUGCUUCUGUACACAGAAAAUAUUUUCACAAAUCCAUACUCCCUAAAUUACUAUAUGCCUCACUCUUGUCUCAAAUGUAUUAAUGAAUACUUAUUCUAUGAUUGUGAGGAAAAAAAUAAAAAAAGUAUGGAUGUGUAUAUAUAAAUGCUAUAUGUGUGUGUUAAAGAGCAAGUCUAAAAGUUGAGUAAUCACCUUGGAAACCAAUGGAAUGUUCGUGCUGAUUGCUCCAAUAUUUUUUUUUUUUAGCAUGUAACACGUAAACUUUAUAAGCAUUUUUUGAUGUUCAGUGUCUCAUUUUAAUGUCAUGGCAGAAUAAAAAGUCAUUUUCACAUAUUGAUGUCAAAAGACGAAUCCACCUGCAAUAUCAACUUACUGUUUUCGUUUAAUGUUAUUUGCUGUUUAAGUUUUUAUAUAAACAGGUUUAUUUACUAAACCAGUAAAUGACAAUUGAAUUUAAAAUGUUAUGCCAAAAUGACUGAGCUGAGAAAAUUGUUUAUUAGAGAAUAUUUUGCAUCUGGCUGUUCUGGCCUAGCAUUCACAGUUCCCUGGUCCGUUUUUGACAAUUCAGUUAAUCAAUAACCCAAACUGCAAAUGUAAACCGACAAUUUCUCUGGUUGGAACAGAUCUAACUCCUCUGUGCGGUAUGAAUUAUAAGGGGGUUGCUAAAUUGACAUGAAAAUAGGAGAGAUCUGGGGGGAAAAAAAUUAAAAGACCACUCUAGGCACCCAGACCACUUCAGCUUAAUGAAGUGGUCUGGGUGCCUGGUCCAGCUAGGGUUAACCCAUUUUUUUUAAUAAACAUAGCCGUUUCAGAGAAACGGCUAUGUUUAUAAAUGGGUUAAUCCAGCCUCUAAAGCCUCUAGUGGCUGUCUCAUUGAAUGCUUUCCUAUGAGACUGGCUGAAUGCGCGUGCAGCUCCUGCCGCGCGUGCGCAUUAAGCCGAAGAGGCGGAGAGGAGGAGGAGAGCUCCCCGCCCGACGCUGGAGAAAGGUGAGUGUUGAACCCCUUCCUCUCCCCAGAGCCUGGUGGGAGGGGGACCCUGAGAGUGAGGGCACCCUCAGGGCACUAUAGUGCCAGGAAAACGAGUAUGUUUUCCUGGCACUAUAGUGGUCCUUUAAGUAUGAGUUUGUGAAUUGGUCACAAUCACAUUGUUUUUGUGUUUUUCCUAUUAUUGCUCUUUUCACUGACGCCUAGGUAUGGAUCUAAGAAAAUUACAUGCAACUCCCAUUGUACAGCGCUAUGGAAUUUGCUGGUGCUAUAUAAAUAACUCACUUCCAACCCAACCCUCCAGGGGUAGACCUCCCAUAACAUGGGCAUUUGUGAGGUUUAUAUGACCAUGCACUAAAACAGGCUUCCCCAAACUCCGGCCCCCCAGAUGUUGCUGUACUACAACUCCCAUGAUUCUAUGAAUGAAAUGGCUAGGCUGAGAAUCAUGGGAGUUGUAGUUCAGCAACAUCUGGAGGAGUUUGGGGAAGCCUGCACUAAAGUUAGAAUUGCAAAGAUUUCAAAUCCAAGGCCAAAAUAACCUAAAUGGAGAAAUUCACAGAAGCCAUGCUUCCAAUUCGGCUAGUUUGGCCUUAAAUUUUAAAUUCAGUCUGAAUUACUGACAAUACUCACGUUUGUGAAUAACACUAUCUGUAUUCUGUGCCUUUCUCAGAACAUUGUUUUGGACUCUAAAAUGGCAAGAACCUGCCAAGCUCACCCUCUGCCACCAAGGCUUGCAGGGAAGAGUACACCACACAUUGGACCUUGCAUGAUGCUCUUGGUUUCAAUAAGAGACUUGCACUGCUUGUAUUAUGUAAUAACAUAAAAUUAUAAUAUAAUAUCUUUAUUUUGCAAAUUAAAGUGGGAAUUGUCUGCUGGUGAAAAUAUUACUAAAUUACUUCUUCAAGAACAGAUAGGUUGUAAAUGUGUCCAAUUAACACCUUUUAUGAAGAAAACUGUUAUAGUACACAAUGUUUGCUCAUUUGUACACAUUUUGUGACUUGUUCCCACUAUUUCUAAAAUGACUGUGAUAACAGUCUCUAAAACAAGCUGCAUCCCACUCAGGAACCUGCAAAUUUAACACUAUUGUUCUUAAUCUGUUUAUUAAACAUCACUACUUCUACUGAAAGGCCGCUCUAGGAACCAACUACGUGCAUCACAAAGUAUAUUAAUGGGAAUCUCUUAUUAAAUACCAAUUCUCCGUCAUGUGAUGUUGCAUCCAGUAACUUGUUAUUGUGGCAAAUUCACACGUGGGACACUUGCUAUCUUUAAUCCGAGGGCUUGUGUCAUUUUUCAUUCCGAGAAUCUGCUCCCCCGACUAACAUAUAUUUGUGGCUAUCACUAUAGUGGGAAGAGUUGGGUAUUAAAAGUGAAUUUUAAAUUAUAGGCCAAAAUAAUUUCAGUUUAGGUAUUUUGUCCUAACAUUCUAAAGUCACUUUGAAUUUCUGACCGUUCAGGCUUUAGUAAAUAGCCCUCUGGUUUGAUCUCUGUUGGUUUAAACAUUUGUUACGUGUCACUAGGACUAAGGGCAUUUGGCAGGACAAUUGCAAGAUGAGGUUAUGGGCAUGUAGAUGUUAUGACGCACUGGGUGCUAGAUCUGUCCAUUAAGAGUGUUCCAGGGAAUGUGGUGGCAGAUGACACUGUCUGUUCCUAGCAAGCAGUCACAGCAUGACAGACACACUAUAAUAAAAAAGAACUUUGAGUGUCUAGGUAGCAUUUUGCUUAAGACGCCUGAGAGAGCUGGAUCCUGUCUGCUUGGCAGUUCGGGAAUAGGGGUCAAUGAAUCCUGUAGUGCUGGCACCUCUUAUUGUAAGGUAUGGUCAUCUACUGUGCUGUAUUAUAUAGGGAAUGUUUAUAGGAGAUCCAAUAACUGCCCGUAUUACAUUUUAACACACUAGUUAUAGCUGAUGUAACAUCUAUUACUUAGUAUUAUCCUUGUUGUUCCAUACAACCGCUGUUUAUGAAAGGUUUAUAUUUUCUAUAUUACUCUCUAAAAUGAUUUAUAAAACACCAACAACACAUAUGAUAUUGUGAGAUCGGUGGGCAAAUAUGAGUAAUUCAUGCAAGUCAACUUGGUCUUGUGGUAAUGAGUUAUAUUGUUUAUAACAUAACACCCCAGUUUAACCCCUUAAGCACCAAACUUCUGGAAUAAAAGGGAAUCAUGACAUGUCACACGUCAUGUGUCUUUAAGGGGUUAAUUCAGUUUAUUGCUCCAUAUCAUGCCAUCCUAUUACUCCAUAUAACCCUCCUUAUAACUCCUAUUUCUCCAUGUAAUCCUCCUUUAUAGCUUCUCCUUUUGCCCUAUAACUUAUGCUAUAGCAAAUAAUACUCCCUAUAACUUCUGAUAUUGCUCCAUAUAACUCUCACUAUAACUUCUGAUAUUGCUCUAUAUAAUUCUCACUAUAACAUCUCCUACUGGUCCAUAUAAUGCUCCCUGUAACUCCUCCUAUUGGUCCAUAUAAUGCUCCCUAUAACAUUUCCUAUUGGUCCAUAUAAUGCUCCCUAUAACUUCUGAUAUUGCUCCACAUAACUCUCACUAUAACAUCUCCUAUUGGUCCAUAUAAUGCUCCCUGUAACUCCUCCUAUUGGUCCAUAUAAUGCUCCCUAUAACAUUUCCUAUUGGUCCAUAUAAUGCUCUCUAUAACUUCUGAUAUUGCUCCACAUAACUCUCACUAUAACAUCUCCUAUUGGUCCAUAUAAUGAUCCCUGUAACUCCGCCUAUUGCUUCAUAUAACUCUCCCUAUAACAUCUAUUGGUCCAUAUAACUCUCCCUGUAACUCCUCCUAUUGGUCCAUAUAACUCUCCCUAUAACAUUUCCUACUGGUCCAUAUAAUGCUCCCUAUAACUCUUCCUAUUGCUCCAUAUAACUCUCCCUAUAACAUCUCCUAUUGGUCCAUAUAAUGGUCCCUGUAACUCCGCUUAUUGCUCCAUAUAACUCUCCCUAUAACAUCUCCUAUUGCUCCAUAUAAUGCUGUCUGUAACUUUGCCUAUUGCUCCAUAUAACUCUCCCUAUAACAUUUCCUAUUGCUCCAUAUAAUGCUCCCUGUAACUCCUCCCAUUGUCAAUAUAACCAGGACUACCACUGAUGUAUGAAAAUGUAGUUCUGGUGAGUGUGUUGUGCUCCUUCCAUGCGUGCACUAGCCAAGUUACUUUUAAGUCCUAUCUAGUAGCAUAAAACUUUAAUAUGAAGCCCUUAUCUAACGCUCCUUUUAACCCCUCCUAUUUCUCCAUAUAACUCCUCCCUCUACGCCCCAUUUCUUCAUAUAACUCUUCUCUAUAACCCUCCCUUUAACCCCUCCUAUUUCUCCAUAUAACUCCUCCCUAUACGCCCCCAUUUCUUCAUAUUACUCUUCUCUAUAACCCUCCCUUUAACUCCUCUUAUUUCUCCAUAUAACUCCUCCCUCUACGCCCCAUUUCUUCAUAUAACUCUUCUCUAUAACCCUCCCUUUAACCCCUCCUAUUUCUCCAUAUAACUCCUCCCUCCACGCCCCCAUUUCUUCAUAUAACUCUUCUCUAUAACCCUCCCUUUAACCCCUCCUAUUUCUCAUAUAACUCCUCCCUCUACGCCCCAUUUCUUCAUAUAACUCUUCUCUAUAACCCUUCCUAUUAAUCCCAAUAACCCCUCAUAGCUACUCUUAUUGCUGUGUAAAAAUGCUCCCUAACUUUUUAUUCUCCACCUCUAGCGCUUCAGAGUAGAUCUAAUUUUGUUGUUGUUGCUGGAUCCAAUUUAGUAUUAAUACUAUUGCUAGUACAUAAUGUUAGCUUAGCGAUCCAUGGAAAAUAAUCUCAUGACCCAUUAUUUAAAUAUAAAAUAAUUAGUGUUACGGUGUAUGUUGCAAAACACCUUCAUUACAUUCUUCCUAGGGUCAUUGCAGGGAAAAUAAUUUAUUGUAGGCAGCUGUUUGACUAUGAUUAACAUGAUACCAAGAGGGACCCAUUUGAAGGUCCUGACCCAGGGGUUAAAGAUACUCUUCAAGCACCAUAACAACUAUAGCUUAUUUUAGUGGUUAUGUUACUAGGAAGUUGUGUGUUUAGUUCUUUACGUUUUGUCAAAUUCUUUAUUUUUUUUCCCCAAGAGAUGCCUCCCCUAUAAUGAGUUUCACUUUGUGCUCGAAAACUGUUUGACUGUAAACUACACUGAUAGCUUCUUAACCUUAGAAUCACUACAAUACGCUGUAGUAGUUAUGGUGCUUGAAAUGUCCCUUUAAGAACCAAUGCUUUAGAGAACCUGAUAUUGCCCCAUAUAAACUCCUCCUAUAAUAAUCAGUUGCUCUUCUCAUUUGGUAGAUAUCCCUACAAGACCCAUUAGUCUCUUUUCUCACAUUAUGCUCCUAAUUGAUUCAUAUGACACACUUGUUCCCAUGUAAAGUUACCUCCGGUUAUAAGUGUACCAGAUAUUUACAUGUAAAUGAAUGUUACCUGAGCUACAAGGCUGGUUAAUGGUUUAGUUUUAAAAAGAAAAACCUGGUUUGCAGUAUUGACUCUUUCUCUUUCCUUUUGUUUAGGUGAUUCCCAGUGACGCCUCCUAGUCACAAUGUCUCAGAGACUGGGGCAAGAAGACCCCGAACGAUACCUCUUUGUGGAUCGGGAUGUGGUUUACAACCCGGCCACGCAGGCCGACUGGACGGCCAAGAAGCUGGUUUGGAUACCAUCGGAGAGGCAUGGCUUUGAAGCAGCCAGCAUAAAAGAGGAGAGAGGGGAUGAGGUAGUGGUUGAACUUGCAGAAAAUGGCAAGAAGGCAAUGGUGAACAAAGAUGACAUCCAGAAGAUGAACCCACCCAAGUUUUCCAAAGUAGAGGACAUGGCAGAACUUACCUGCUUGAAUGAGGCUUCUGUUCUACACAACCUGAAGGACAGAUACUACUCGGGACUCAUCUAUGUAAGUACUCUAAAUUUCCGAAAUUGCUUCUUCAACGUUUCUCUUUGGUUCCUGUUAUUUCUCAUUUACUUUUGUUUCUCUUUAGCUGGGUUUUCUUUUAUGUAUAUAUUUGCUUACUGGUUUCAUGUCCUUGCCUCUCUGUUUAUACUUUUGAUUGUAUUUGAUAUUUUCUACAUGUAAAUCAUUAUUCUUGGCUUGCUAAAAAACAUGGGCGAGGUUGUAAUUGAACAGGACUUCCUUGAUAACAACCUCUUACUUCCCAGGACUCGUAAUCAGACUGGUCUUGUCUUCUGGUCUGGCUAAUGUAAUAUGGGAGCCUCCCAUGUUUAAUUUAUUUAUACCGUACUAUAUGGGAAUAAAAUGUGCAAUCACCUGUGUAUUGUGUCUAAAGUCUAAAGGAAGUAUACUAUAAUUUGUUGUGUGUUUAGAACUACAAGCCCCAUAAUGCUUUGAAAGCCACAAUUAAAUGCUAAAUGGGAGAUAGAGUAAUACUGUAGCUGAAGAGGUAGUUCUCCGCUUUUGCAUCUCUGCAGAAAGAAACAGAAGCCGGGACACAAAAGUCCUGGGCACUGUAACCCCAACUUUAUGGUUAAAGUGUUGCCUCUUUGAUUUGGAGGUUUGGGAAAAAACGAAAUAGGCUUAUAGCUUCAAAGGGACAGCUCUGAUUGCCCAGUAACCUGUGCGAUGAGGCAAUAUUUUGGUGCUAAGAGCACACAUUAAUUGUGGAGGUGAUAUGCAAUUGCCCAUAAACCUGAAUCAAGGACUACAUUCAUGUCUGGUGCUUAUACUGUUAAUUUUUUUUAUUUGAUAUGUAGAUUAACUUUAAUUUGUUCCUCUGGAGCCCAUCUAUUUGGUGACUGUGAAAAAUAAUUUUUUAACUCCAGGCUGUGGACCACCAGAAACCCGGAAACCGUGCCUCUUUUCUUUUUGAGUAAAUUUUAAAGAACUUGCUUAGAUUUUAAAUUCUUUAUAUUUCUCAGCCUCUGUUAUAGGGGGGAUUCAGGGUGUUAGUGGGUAACAGAUUGUCAGUUAGUGGGGACAGAGGUAUUUGCCAAACCUCUUGUCUCGGUGUUGUCCAUCUCAACUGAAUGGGUCCUUUGAGCAGGAACUGGUAUGAAUCUGUGAUGUAAUUUCCUGUCAUGAUGAAUAUUCAUUCAUUCAUUCAUUCUAGAAUCUUGGCUCGGAGUUCUUAACUCCUGUAUUAUUGAGUUGGUCAAAUAUCACGAUCAUUUUUCAAAAGGGAAAAUCCUGACUUUUACUUUCUAUGCCAGGUGUUGAAGACGUAGCGAGUGUUCAUCUAAUAGAAAACCUUGGAGUGGGGAAAUAGGUCCCCUUUGCCAAGUUUAAAGUCUCUAAAUAGGAAACUAUAAGGCUAUAAAAUGCAGAAGUCUGUCAUCAUCCUAUUUUAGCCAGUGAGCACCUUCCUCUGGGAUCUACAAAUUGUGCAGUACUUAGCUGUGUGGAAUAGCUUAUAGUUGGAAAGUCCUGCGACGUUUAUUAAUGCAUCUUGCCAUGAAUCAGGGAUAUGUUGAAUGAUGCCAGCUAGCAGAGGAUUAUGGGAGUCCUGGAUCGGCAAUCACUGCCUUCUGAUGUAGUCUUCACAUAGUAAAGCAGCACUCAAUAUGUAUUUUUUAAAACAUUUAAUGAGGUAACGACUGCCAGGAGUGCAGAUUCUCUGCUAAGUCCCCAAGCAGUAUAUUAACAGCGUGAUGGAAUCCUGGUGUUUUUAUCAAUCUGGAAAUAUUGUAAUGCCUGGAACAAUUUUGCAAGAAAAAUAAAAUAAAAGUAAUACUUUAAAUGUAUAGAUAAUUAGUCACUUGUGUAGAUUGCUGGCUCUGAGGGGAGCAACUUGCAGCUCUGAGAGCAAGAGCGAUAUUAAAAGAUCUGUAUUAACUACCCUGCACUUCCUCAUGGUAUUGAAGGAGCUUGUGGUCUGUACUUUGAGCGAGUGCGGAACUGGACACCUUUGCAAUCCUGGAACUUCAGCGUGAAUUGGAGUGCUUAGUGACACACUUAACCUCACAGUUUCCCCACACAUAUACAUAACAUCUCCAAAAACUGGAGUAGACGAGAAGAGAGGCAAGUAUAUAAUGGAACCGCGGUAGAUUAGAAAAUAAGAGAGUGGGAGAAAAAAUGAAGAGGAAGGAUUGCUGAUAGAGGACCAGUUGCCGAUAGAGGACCAGAUGGCAAAUUAUAUGGGAAAAGAUUCUAAAGAGAGAUGUGGAAUACAUGAAGGAGCGGAUAUGUCGAUUGUUUCCUACAGUGGUAAUAAUCCUUGCUCCGAACCAGUCUAGCUCUUUAUGCCUCUCUGUUAUUAUUGAAAGAUGUAAGUGGGAUUCAUGCGUUUGAGACCUUUAGGGAUGUUUAUUAACAGGAUAAAUUCAGUUGCCCCAUUCAUAAUAUGUCUGAAAAGUUAAAGGGACACUGUAGGCACUGUAACUGCUACAUCCCAUGGUAAUGGUUUUACUGUGGGGAGUCCCCUGGGGCUGUUCCUCCAUUCAGCAUUAAUUCGUUUUUUAAUGUUUUAAUGCUAAACUAGAGUCCCAGAUGAGUGGCUGUGAUUGACUAAGAGUGUCAGGUGACUGCUUUCAGCCUAUGACAGUGCCCAUGGCAGGUAUGAAUUGGUAUAGCUAGAAGGAAGUGUGUAAUGUCUUGGCCAUACCUCUAGUGGGGACCGAGAUGUGGACGGCCAGGGAAAAUGGUUGAAUACUGAAUGGAGGGAUAAAGCCAGAGGACUUCAAGCAUUAUAACCAGUUCCUUGAGAUUAAAUAAUGUCUGCACUCUACAGUAUUCCUUUAAGCUGUAGUAACCAAGCAUUGAGGUAGGGAAAGGGGUAGGCGAAGAUAAACUGAAGUUGAUGACCAAAUGCUAUGACUGAACUCUGUGAGUUAGAUUAAUAAUGGGAUGAUCAUUGUGUAAAACAUUAUGCAUGAGCUAAGUUUUGAUGAUUUCCAGGACAUGUUUAAUUUGAGUGCUAGAAUGCGUUUUUUUUUUUGGUUUUUUUUUUUGGUUUUUUUUUAUGUACUGCUCCCAGGUUUGCAAAACUUUUUAGCUCUCUGCUCUGGAGUGUGUUAUGUGUCUUACCAGUCUGUCUUAAAGAUAAAAAAGAUAAUGUGUCUCCAAAGAGUUGUAGAACUAGAGAUUUUGGGUUAAUCAACAACUAAAGAAUGUUUUGUAUGUAAGUUAGAAUGUAUAGUUGGAAUUUAAAGGUAUGGAAUUCAUAUUCUGGGUCUCACAGUUAUUUCCAAAGGUGUAAAUGUAUGUGGCAGUCUCAUCCCAGUGUGACAGCCAUGUCAGAGAAUAGUUGAUGAGGCUAUGCCCCUUAUUACAUUUCUAAAGAGGUUCAUCAAAAAUGGUUGUUUGGGGAGAUUUGGGCAAUGGCAUCUCCUCCGGUGGACAUUCAUAAUAGUGGUUUAUCCAAUUACGGUAGAGGUUUGCUCCAUUGGGUGAUGCCAGUGAGUAGAGAUGGAUGUCAUAAUAAAAAGAUAUAGUUUGGAGAAAUUGGGGGAACUCGGAUUAAAAUGUCAUAAUCCAUUCAUUUUCAUUAGAAUGGUUAAUGAUGGUUUUAAUAUAGCUCCUGAUCCGAUGGUAGGCAAGCAGGGGAACCACAGUCAGACCAAGUGGCCAGACUUUUGGACUGCAGCUCCCAUUACAAGGGUGUACUUUUACUACAUUUGACAAGCUUAAGAUUCUUUUCUCCAAACAGUUAAAGGAUUUGGGGGUGCAACUCAAAGAGUGAUAUGUAAAGUGGAAAUGUAGUUCACAAAUAUUUGGACAGUCAUGGAUGUUUUUUGGCUGUGAACUACAGCACUUUGGAUUUGAAAUGAACCUAAGCAGGCAAAGUGCUGAAUGUUCUAUUUGACUUUUAUGUAUUUACAAUCAUAACCUUUGUAGAAACUGCAGCCAAUUUUGUACACGCCCUUCCAUUUUAAGGGUCCAAAAGUAAAUUUAUAAAUUAAUGUAAUCUUAAACUAUGAUCUUUAAUACAUGCCUUCGUGAUGUCCGUUAUCGGUAGACCUCACUAGAUACUGGGUUACUUCCCUGGUGAAGAUCUGCGAGAUCUGCACCCCAGCCAUCUUUAAUUCUUCUCUUUGUUUUGGAGAGACAAUAAGAUUUUUCCUUCUCACCUGAAGAAGACUGAAACGGUAUUCCAUUUUUUCUAUCUCUGAAAUACUCCUUGUGUGCUUUUGCAUUGUGACUUAUGAUUGCCUUUCAGUAAUUUUAAAGGCAUGUGAUUGCGUUUGAGCAGAUACUAGUUUCUGGUCACUUCAGGGUCUAUCGCACUCCUGCUAUCAGCCUGUUAGAAUGCCAGUUCUGCUGCCCAGGCAUUAUCACGACCUCUACCAUGCUUCAUAGAGGAGAGGUGACAUUUUUGGUCUUGCACACGCUUUUUUGUCUCAUUAACCUAUAGCCCUUCACCAUAAAGCACAUACAAACACCGCAGGUUCAGGGAACCAAUUUGGCCAUUUUAUAUUGAUGCCUACCAUUGGUUUGCAUCUGUGGUGAAGCCGUUGAGGCGAUGCUUCUGGUAAUUUCUACUACUUUUUAUGGUAUUCUGUGACGUGUAUGGUUGCAUUCUGUAAACCGUUCAUGGUUUGUCUUGAAAAUUGUACGCAAUCUUCGUUGUCUCAGUAGAUUAGAGUGGUUUACCUAGUCAUUUGCUGUUUCUCAAGCUCUGCAGUUUGUUCAUACUUUAUAACAAUGUAUCACACCUAAUAUUUUGUCUCUAACUCUGAUUCUAUUAUAGUUCUUCAGGCUUGUGAUGUUUUGCCUUACAGUCAUGAAUGCCUCUUCCACACUUUAUAUUAAGAUGCAGCAGCAUCAGACUCUAGAAGCAAAUGUCACACCUCUGAAAGAACAAUGUAACAACAGCCACGGUCAAGAAACAGCUGACAAAUCAAUUACGUUUGAUCUCCUAAAACCGAGAGACUAUGUAUAAAAAUAGAUAUAAAUCUUAUGAGAUUUUACUGUGCACUUAAUUAUGGGCAUAAUAAAUUCAAAUCCCAAUGUACUGUAGUGCAGAAACAAAAAUAAACAAUAGUGUCCAAAUACUUAUGGUCUGCACUGCAUAUAAAUAACUGGGGGUGUUAAACAUGCACUUCUUCUGUGUUUUCUAAGCAAAUGGUUUUACCACGAAGCAGAUGCCAUUUACAGUAUCAAAGGGCGAUGCAUGCACACCUGUAUUCAUUGUAUCUCUUAGCCAUUUCGGACUAUUUCCGGGGGAAAUUCUCUCAGUGGGGUACCCCUGUAUCCAUUGUCAUCCUUAAAGUCGUAACACACUGCAUCCGCCUCUUCUUCCUCCUACGCUUUUGUUAUUGAUGGACAUCAGGUAUGUAUCUGCAGGGACAUUAGGGUUUCCUGUUGUGGGGGAUCUUAAAUCUCUGGCUUCCCUCCAUGCUCUCUGUUUGCAUUUAAAGCUCUAGCGCCCACCCCAGAAUACAAACCAACCAUUUUUCUGUCUCGUCCUCUCUCUCUCCCUCUAUGGGAGCAUCUAUUGUCCUUAUGGGUUCUUCACAAAAACAUGGCAGCCAGCAGCCGUCCUCUCCUCUAGCAUGGCUGCGGCCGUUUAUGCACAGAAGUCUUGGAUGCCAGCCACCUUUAUUUUGCUUGCUGAGCCCUUUGAAUCCUUGGGUAGCACAUGUGGGAUAUUCUCUGCAAGCAGAGGAUACAUUUGAAGUAAUCUUCGCUGCAAUUUGCUUAACAGGAAUUUGCCGGGUGGAAGAAUGACAUGUUUGUGUGUGUCUGUGGGUGUACAUUUUAUAUUUCUGGCUAUUUGUCUAUAAUUAAUCUUCGAGUCAGGAGAUGGUGUGUUUCAUUUGUAGGCCUUCCUGGAAUCUUUAAACAUUACAGAGUUUGGAUUGUAUACAGGAUGUAUUCUGUUUUUCAGUGAAUUUUCUAUAUUUGUAUUUUCCAUGUGGUUUAAUUCAGAAUUUUCGUCACUUGUACUUUUUGAAAAUAUUAUUUUUAUCUAAUCCGUUCAGAUUCUUUUAAAUUAAGAUCCUGUUGAUUAAAUUUGAAACAGAGCGUUCCUCCUCAUGGGGCUAGUGAGUAGCUAUCAUGAAUGCUUAAUACUCUAUUUUUUUAGAUUAAUUUCUUUUUUCAAAUUUAUUUAUUUUAAACCUACACGGCUUUUGUCUCUUUUCACAAUUGGAAAACAGAAGACACUCCUCUGUAGUGCUGUUUUGUUCUCACAGCCACGUGACGUUUAGAUUGCUCGAGCAGGUUUGGACGAUCCCAACACUCCCCAGCAGAGCCGUAUGAAAAGCAUCAGCCCUGACUCUGCAGUAGGGAAGGAGCACUAGCCAGGUGCAUGCCUGUGGGCAGUGACGGCUGAUGAAGGCUUAAGAUUCCAGACUCCACCACUGGUAUAUGACUCUGCCUCGUAUUCCUUUAAACUGGACCUCCUGAUCUUACACUAUGGUCUUGUUUUGCUCAACUCAAUAAACCCAUAUAAACAAAUGUACCAAGAUCUUGCCAUGUCCAGCUGCUGUAAAGUGCCUCUCCAGACAGCCCUCAGUCAGGAUUGGGUAGAAACUGUUGAUCUGGCUAUCGUUAAAGAGUCAGAUAUAGUACAGUUUUUCUCUUGAAGGUGUUACUCCAGGAAGAAAAAUUUAAUACUCCUUAUCUUUUUUUUUAUAUUUAUUUAUUUUUAAAUGCAACAAAAACUGUCUGGGUGCAGCCCAAACUCUCUAUGGAUGAGUGUCACUACCUAUGACUCCUAGUGUGAAAUUACUUGCGGCACCAUCACCACACCAUGUGUCAAUGUACAAUAUUUUGUGCGUCAUUCUGGUCUAUUUUGACGCAGGAUGCUGCUACAUGAUGCAUAUUUAUUCUGAGCAGAUUGUGCUUCAUAUUCUUGGGGCACAUUCACAAACCUCAAUCCUGCUCUAACACACUUGUACGUUCAUAUGAUUCAAAUCAAUGCUGCCCAUAUAAGCUGUCCACCUGUCUAAACCCAUUGCUGCUAUGAUUUCUCUGUGCUUCCAAUAGCGCGUUAUGUUAUAUGUCUAUCUUGGUUUACUGAUUUAGCUCGUCUACGUUUAUUCUUGGCUUCUCAAUUUUGUGAUUAUGUAUACCCCUUGACUUUGGCUUGUUCCUGGUUAUUCCAUCUGCUUUCUGUUACCGGUUUGCCUUUCUGUAGGCACAGUGUUGUUAAAUGCUCCACAUCCUGCAAAAAAACACUAUUUAGUACAUAUACCCCAGUGAAAACAUGCAUGCAUUUAUUUAUGCAUGCUGUCAUUGGGAGUAUAGUUAAGAUAUUCUACCUGAAGAAGUAAAGGACACAUUGACGCAGAAUGGACAUCUUGUUGGUGAUUAAGUAAAGUAAAGCUUUGAUUGUUCCUCUGCAUUCCGCUGUGAAGAAGAAAAUGUCAUACAAACGAUAACGCAGAGUCUUCCUUUAACAUAAUUCUUUAUUGAAAGUGUGCCCUUCCAUUAUUUAAAUCAAUCGCUCAAUAUAUAGGGCUCCCAGAUGUUCAUAAAUGAAUCAUUCGAUAAAACAUGUUCAGCUGCAGCUCAGAGGCUGUCUGUGCCAUGAAACAGUGAUUCGUACACUUUGCUGGCUAUACUAAUCUGAUAUGAAAGUUUGUGCACUGAAGCCAUGCUAGUUAGGGGACUUAUUGAUGGGUUUCCCUUUAACAGCUGCACAUCAGGCCAUGCACCCUCACCAUCAGUUCCUGUUCUGACCACAUCUCUACACCAGAACCAUGGCCCUUUCCUGUUCAGCCUCAGGAUUGUCAGGGUGAGGUUAUAUUACUUCCUCCUUGCACAGAUUUGUCAGUUUACGUGGCUGCUUGUGACAGACAUGGCUGGCAAUGUAUUCUCCUUGCAUGGUGUAAUGGGAACAUGCGCGUCCCCCUUAAUCCUGAUAAGGCUGGCGCCUGUUUCCCCCCCCCUCACUUGUUGGGACACGGAUACUUUUAAUCUUUUGCAAACCAGAAUAGGUGCACGGUGCUUCCUGAGCUAUAAAUAUUAACUACUGAAAAGACUUGUUAGUUUGGAUACCAUCGAGAGCAACCUUGUAAUUCUUGAUGUAAUUAUACAUGUCACAGCAGUGUUGGGAAAAGCUGGACCCUCAUCUGUUGUAGAAUUGCAAUCCUACGGUGCUCUGUGAACCUUAAAGGAACACUCUAACGUUACAAUUGAAUAUCUUUAUUUUGAAAGCUAUUGUUCCUUGUUUUUCCCAUAUAGUUGCCAGGCCCCUGUUUGUGAAGAAAGGAACAAAAAAAAAACCUGUUAAUUAUAUCUGUAAUUCAGCUCAGGCACAUCCUAAUCUCUGCAGCCUGAUCUGGGCAUAGUGAGAUAAAAAAAACAUUAACUGUAGUUCAGUUCAAUUCUUCUCAUACAGUGGACUUGUAGCACGUGUGAUAAUUGUUGCUGUCUGCCACCAAUCCAAUGCUUCUUCACAUUAACCAUGUGACGCCGAACGUGCAACUUUCCAAAAUUGAAGGUCUUAAAGAGGAAAUGGCUUUAGUGGCUGUCUAUCUGAUAGCCAAAAUAGGCCAGAUGUAAACAUUGCUGCCUUUCAGAAGUGGCAAUAUUUUAAACUGUCCAAGGAAUGGGCCAGCAUCAAUGGUUAUUGUAGUGGUUUUGGUACUUGGUGUCUCUUUAAGAAUGGGAGUUGCACUUCUACAAAAGCUAGGGUUCUUACUGUAUAGGUCACCCCUGUGUUAUGGGAUUGCUGCCUUUUUGGUAUCCGUGAAAUUCUCACUACCUCCUCCCAAUAAUCUGUUGAUUAUUGGGGCCUAUUUAUAGCACUGCUAGACGAGGUCAAGUGGAGUUAUCAGAGUAUUGCAUCGUGACUUUGACACUGUGGGAAAGGUUAAAUGCUGCCAUGGCGGGAGUAGCAGAGGCGGGCCUGUGGAACAGGGGUCCCCUGGUGAUCAGAAUGACCGAGGACAAUCUUAUGAAUGCCCCUGUAGGAGGGACUGUUGUUUGGUUUCUGUGUGUCCCUGGAACGUGGCCAAGACACUGCAUUCCUGCGCUCCUCUCGCUGAUAAACCAUUUCAUCACAUUCUGGCCAGCUGCUAGUGGCUUUCAAUGUAUUAUCAUGCUCUUAUCCAUUAUGAGGUUCAGUGACUCUCUCUUAUUUGUGUAGAGCAACGGUCAGUAAUUGCAACGAUGUUCACAUGAAAUAGAACACAAAUUAUGUAUAUAGGAGAGCUUUAGUGUUGUAGAAUCUUAAUUUUGUUGUUCUUUUUAAUUAUACAGGUAUCCAUGAGAAAGUAGAUAGAUGCAAAAACAAAAACAGAAGUGAGCCAUAUAUUACUCUUUUGAAGUGGAAGCUAUAUUCUGAUUGGCUGCAUAGUAUCUCUAGCUAAUUCCAGUCCAGCUACAUUUCAGAUCAUGGCGAGGGAAUAGAAAAUGUGUCCGCUGUAAAAUCUAUAACUUGCAUGGUUAACAUAAUAACUUUAUAUAUACAUACAUACACAUAUACAAACUAGAAAACAGUGCUGUCUCAAAUAAAUAAAUCUUUAAAAGUCUUCUGAGCCACGGGCAUGUUACCACUGCUACUACUACAAUAGGCCAGUUUGAAGAUGUUUCCAAGGAAAUAACACAAGCAAAACUUUUUAACAUGGUGCCCCUUGUUGGUUAGAUCGGGGGUGUUCAGACUUGGCCCUUCAGCUGCUUUCAGCAUUAUAAAACUUGAGAUCCGGUAGCUGGAGGGCCAAAUGUAGACUGCCCUGUGUUAAAGAACCACUAUAGUGUCAGGAAAACAAACUCGUUUUCCUGACACUAUAUAAUCCUUAGGUCCCCCCACCCUCAGGGCCCCCCUCCCGCUGGGCUGAUGGGGUUAAAAGCCCUUCAGCCACUUACCUUUAUCCAGCGCUGGUGACCUCUCCUCCCUCUCUGACGUCAGUUCCCGAGUGGAGCCGAAUGCACAGGCAGAGCCGCGAAUGCACAGGCAGAGCCGCACGCGCAUUAAAAACGCCCAUAGGAACGCAUUACUCGAUGCUUACCUAUGGACCUUCUGCGUGCUCAAGGUGAUUUUCGCAUUGAGCAUCGCGGAAGCGCCUCUAGCGGUGGUUGUCAGGAAGACAGCCACUAGAGGCUGGUUUAACCCUGCAAUGUAAACAUAGCAGUUUCUCUGAAACUGCUAUGUUUUCAACUGCAGGGUUAAAACCUGGGGGACCUGGCACCCAGACCACUUCAUUGAGCUGAAGUGGUCUGGGUGACUAUAGUGGUCCUUUAAAUUUUAAUAUUAGCAUUGUUAUUAGAUAUUUAGAUAAAACUACGUAGGCUCCUAUUUAAUGCUAGGUGACCUUUGUGUUUUGUUUUCAGCCAUUACACACUGGUGAGAAUUGUGAACAAAGUUUGUCCGUCAGUGAAAGGCAGCUGCCAGUUCUAUAGUAAUCCGUCCUUGGUUAUAUAUUCAUAGCAAUGUGAUAGUUUAUAAUGGUCGUUAUUUAGGGGUAUUUAAUAAUUCCAUAACAGUGGCUAAUUUGGGAGCAGACAUACUGCAAAAUUAAAGCAUAGAGCAGGACCAGUUUACCACCAUAUGGAGCUACUUUAGAUGAUAGAAACUGGGAUUAAGCUUUGACCCAGCUAUUGAGAGGUUAAUGCCACUUACUGGAAGACCCAAAGCAAUGAAUGCCAAGCUAUGAGUUAUUCUAUUCUGUGUAUACAAAUACUUACAGAAUUAUUCACUCUGAAUUUUCCGGUUGCUGAAUUCAUGUACAAUGGCUGAAGUGGAUUUAAAAAAAAAUUACAUUUCAGCUAUCUGCUAAAUACAAGGCUGCCUUUUCCCCAAUAAACUUUCCAUAUUUAAGUUAACUUUCUUUUAAAAAUAUACAAACUAAGGUGGAGUGCUCUAUUUAUUUUUUGUAAACCCAAUACUCUACACACAAAGAUUUAUUAAGUUUAUUUUACAUUUUCCUGCUUUUAAAACAAAUACUCCUUAAUUGCCUCUAACAUUCCAGCAAAUCAGUAAAUUAUCUGGUGGAUUGUAGUAAGUAGUGGUUUCAGAUUGAUACUUGGUAAAUCAAGAGUUGAGGUGUUCCCCAUGGCCCAAUAAUGACCAGGAUCCUCUCUUCAUAUACGCCAAGUGCAUGGGGAUUAGGGGUUUAAACCCCCCCAAAAACAACAAAUUAAGAACACUACUAAGCUACUGCAAAGGAUUCUGGAUAGUUUUUGUUGCAAAUUACGCUUGUUCAUAGUUGUCUUCCCUCUUCCAUUCCAAUGUGGUUUCCUAUAUAUUUUUUUUUGGCGAAACACAGCAUGAGAUAGACAUGGAGCUGUGAAUAAAGGGCAACGGAAGGGACCUGCGAUCAUUUUCCUAUUUUUUUGUAAACGAUGUACCUCUGAAGAAAUAAAGCCAAGUUGUUCUAAACAUUGCGGACAUCCUCUUGCUUACAAAAAGCAUCUCUCAAUGUGAUGUGGAUGUGACAGGCAUUGUUCUCAGUGAAGCACCCUGUGAGUUAGUAGCUAGCGAUAACUUUGACGUGUGCUUAUAGAUAUGAAUUCCUCCCCCCAAAAAACAUUAAAACGGCUAAAUCUCAGCCAAAAUAGCAGACGCUUAAGUUAAAUGUUACUGAUUUGGUAAUAUUUUUAAGGUGUGUUUAAACAUUAGCCUGUGCCCUGAAAGGCCGCACGAAACCUGUAUUAAAAAGCUUUCAGUGUUUUCUGUCACAAGCUAUUUUAAAGGAUCACUAUAGUGUCAGGAACGCAAACAUGUAUUCCUGACCCUAUAGUGCUAAACCCACCAUUCAUGUGGCUUGCCCCCUUUUAGCCCCCCUAUAAAAGUAUAAAACUCGCCUUAUUUCCAUUGCCGCAUGGGUCCGCCGGUGCUGGCACCACCCCAUUUGUGACAUCAUCGAAAUGGCCGAUUUUAAGCCAAUCCAAUGCUUUCACCAUUGGGAAAGCAUUGGAUUGGCUCAAAUCUGCACAGGGCGGGCCAAAUGUCAUUUAGCCAAUCGGGACCUUGAAUCAAUGCAUCUCUAUGAGUAAAAGUUCAGCGUCCCCAUGCAGAGUGCGGGGACGUUGAACGGCAGGGCUGCUUACUGUGCAGCCCUGAGCAAGGAAGCCAAUCCAAUGGCCACUUGGAGGUGACCCUAGGGAUAAUGUAAACAUUGCCUUUUCUCUAAAAAGGCAGUGUUUGCAUGAAAAUGCCUGAAGGGACAUAUUAUACUCACCAGAACAACUACAUUAAGCUGUAGUUGUUCUGGUGUCUAUUGUGUCCCUUUAAACAACAAAAUGGCCUCUGAAACGCUCACGCAGCUGGACUAAGGUAGUUGAAUAGUACCUAUUAAAGAACAUGUUUUCAAUCUUGAGCAAGUCACUUGCUGGUCUGGAAUCUUAUGGGGGGUGGGGGAGGAGUAAAUGUAGAGUACCAGGUAGAAUGUAGAAAAAGUGAUCUACACCAAUGCUUUAAUUUCAAAUCGUUGUAAAAAUGUAUUGUUUUUAGAUUCUUCCUGUUGCUGAGGGGCUGAUGCCUCCUUGGCCACGUUGAUAAUAUUAAAGUAACACUGCAUAAGCACUGACCAUUUUAUCCAACCUGGGUGACAUUGAUUGGCUUAAAGUGCUGUGAGCAAGAUAAGGGGCCAACAAUAUAUAAUUUUGAAAUAAAAUGUAAACUCCCCACCUGGAAACACAGUGUAAGACCUCUGGCAGCAGUAACUUGCCACAGUGGCUGUCCAUGGUUUGUCAUUAUGGUUACCCACUGUGAAUAUAGCGUUCGUGGCUCCAGUAAUCGUCAUCCUAAAAUACCAGUUCAAAACUAUGACUUGGGUGAAAUCUUUCUACAGCUAUCGCAAUGAAGUAUCUUUACACAGAGGAGUGUUAGCUUAAGAGUUACCAAGGCUAAAAGUUGAUUUGUGUUUUUCCUUCUAAUACACUUCUCUCUUGUUUUUUGAUUUAUAUUAAUAUUACAUUUUAUGUCAUUCGUAUUUUGGUUUCUGUAAAAUAAAAUUUGAGCCUCUAAUGCUCAUUGAAUAAAUAUUUAGCACUUUCAUUUGAUUAUUUAAUUUGGUCGUAGGUAAGUCGUUAUCAGAAUCUGUUUAUCUUGACUAGAAAUUGAUAAAAUAGAAUUAUCAAGCUGUCGGCCAAAGAAGUCUUGCAGAUAAGUAAUACUGGAGACUGAAGAAAUUCAGAAAGUAAACAAAGGAAAUUAGACAUCAGUUUUGUGGAUGUUUUGGAAGAUUGAAGAAUGUAUGGAUCUAGCACUGUAUAAACAAACUGAAAUGGGAAAGGUUUUAGCUGGAAAAAUUGACAUUAUGGACAAUAAACAUAAACUGCUACUGACUAAAUAUGUUCUGGCGAUUCCAAAUUGACAUGCUCUAUGUAAACUACAUACGUAUUUUUUUUUUUUCCUGAAUCGUUUUUGAACGGGAAAAAAAAUCAGUUUAAAUUACACACACUGUAUUAUUGUUCUUCUUUUGUGGCUUGGUUUACUUAAAGCGGCACUGUCAUGGCCGAAUCCUUUUUUUUUUUUAACUCCCGACUCCACUACUACUAUCUAAUUGUCCCCCUACUUACCACCAAAUGCCCCUAAGCCCCCCAGCUUACCUAUUUUUGCAUUUUUAUUUUGUGUCCGGACCUAGGUCCUGGGUGCCGCCAUCUUUGUGUGGGUAGAUGAAGUCCCUGUGGGAUACGUCAUCUGCCCACACUAGAUAGCGCUGUGAAAUUCCCGCGCAUGCCCAGUGAAACACUUGGGCGUGCGAAGGAAAAUUCAUCUAUUCAUUCAUUCGUCAGAAAGACGAAUAGAUGAAUAGAAAUGUCAAACUAAUGAACAAGGACCUCUUCGUUCGUUCGGUUUAUUACAAGGUGGGAGCUACCGGCCCGCAGUGAGCAGCCACUGUUGUAAAACCUCCCCCCCCCCCUCUCUAACAAAUGGCCCCAUGGGGGGGCCUCUCUUAAGUAGCCUGGGGGGGGACAUAGUGAGGGCUCGGGGGGCUUUAAAAGAAAACCAGGAGCAUAAGGUCCCCCAGGAGCAGCGGGUGGGGGCCCUAAAAGAAAAUGUAGGGGGGGAGACCUAUUGUCACCCCCAUCCAUGAGCGAUGGAUGGGGGCCCUAAAUUUAAUAGGGGGGCCUACUGACCUCCCACCCAUGAACGGCAGAUGGGGGUCCUAAAUUAAAAUGAGAGGGGGGCGGGAUAGGCCUAGUGGCCUCCCCUCGGCACCCACCCCUGAGCGGCAUGUAGGGGCCCUAAAUAAAAAUGGGGGGGGGCCUAUAGACCCCCCCGUCCCCUACCCAUGAGAGGAGGGUGGGGGCCCUAAAUGAAAAUGGUGGUGGGGGGGGGAAAACUAUCGUCCCAUGGGUGGGGGCUAAAUCUAAACCCCCUCCUCCCAGGUGACUAGGGGUCUACAAGCCCAUAGUCACACCCCCCACAAAAAAUUAAUUCCUACCUAUCCUCUCACCCUAAAAAUAGUGAGGGGGGGGAACGAGACGACUAAAUCCCUGUAAAUAAAAAAUAGCUUACCAUUUGAUGCAGUUUUCCUGACACUAUAUAAUCCUUGGGGGACCCUCACCCUCAGUGUCCCCCUCCCGCAGCGCAAAGGGGUUAAAACUCCUUCAGCCACUUACCUUUAUCCAGCGCCGGGCUCCCUCGGUGCUGGUGACCACUCCUCCCCCGCCGACGUCAGCUCCCGAGUGGAGCAGAAUGCUUUCCUAUGGACGAUCUGCACGAUGGAUGCGAAAUUCGCAUCCAGCAUCGCAGAUGCGCCUCUAGCGGCUGUCAUGAAGACAGCCACUAGAGGUUGGAUUAACCCCUAAUGUAAACAUAGCAGUUUCUCUGAAACUGCUAUGUUUACAUCUGAAGGGUUAAAACCUGAGGGACCUGGCACCCAGACCACUUCAUUGAGCUGAAGUGGUGAUGGUGACUAUAGUGUACCUAGUGUACCUUUAAAGUUUGUACAGGUCAGAGAGAAGUAUAGCUUCCUCUUUGAUGCCACUGAGGUUUGUGUUGGGGGUUUUGGGUCUAAUCCUUGAGUGUUUCACCAACCAUUAUUUUGUGUCUAUUUGGAACAUGAAUGUGGGGAGCCACUUUCUGUGCAACCUCGAGCUUGCUAGGAGCAUUGUGUGGAAAUUCAUUCAGCUGCAUUAUGUCUGACUCUGGACAUUUUCUUGUUAAAGUUGUAGAAAUAUUUCUGAAAUUGAAUAAAACAGAUUUAAGUACGCGACCCUAGCCGUGGUCUCGAGGUCCGGGCCCAGCUUUCCCACACUUCUCCAGGGCCGUCUCUGGACGUUCGUGCUGGAUAAUGAAUCUUUAGAAUAAACACAAGCAAAUUCACACCACUUUCUCCCUGUGUUAUCUCAGCAGAACUGCAUCCCGUUAUAAAUCAGUGGAUCCAUGUUAUUGCAGAAUUAAUCCACCCACGUAGCUCAUCUGUCGUACAUACUCCAGUUUUAAGCUUGCACAGAAAUGCAAAGCGUUAAGGCUUUCAUACCAGUGUACUUCAAAAAACACAACUUUAUUUCUUCGCACCAAUACACCUCCUCUAAUUCAGGCUAUAUAACUUGAUUCCGUCACACAAUUCCAUCUCCCCUACGUCACACUACUACACCUCCCCUGCUUCAGACUGUGUUCCCUUGCAUUAUUCCACCUCCUGUACUUUAAACUGUGAUUUAUUUUAAUUUAAUUCCCUUAUAUUAUUUUUGAGUUCUCUACUUUAACCCAUGCAUCUUUAUUUCUUUGUGGUGUUUGUCUACAAGCAGUCUUAUUCCUUUUAGACAUUUCUACUUUUCUUUGCUUCAUCCCACACAGCUUUAUUCCCACACACUUUCCCAGCACCUGCUUUACAAAACACAGCUUAAUUCUCUCGCUCUGUUCUACCUUCUGUAUGUUACGCAGCAAAGCACUUUUUCUUCACAUUUUAUUAUUUUAUUAUUCCUCCAUUUUAAACCAUGAAAAUUCCCUGAUACACUUUCAGAUAGAUAUAAAUGAAAUCUAUACACUGCCAGCUUGAUCGUCUGCAUAUAUAUAGUUUCAUUGAUAUUGAUAUUAACUGAAAUUCACUUCUGCCACACACAAUAUGGCUUCCUGGAAUAUCAGAUCAGCUGUACAUGUUGUCACCCUGCCUGACAUAAAUUAGUUUGUAGGCUUUAUAUCAUAGAACUGCCAAAUUAUGUAAAUAUUGAUUACUUUGUAUCUAUAGAUUUGCUAGCAAUUCAGUUGGCAUGGUGUAUAGAUUACAUUUUAUGAUUGUAGUAAUGACAGGUGUAAUUUAACACAUGAAACACAAAAAAACUGUAAAAUAACUGUUUUACCUGCUGUAUUACAAACUGAAACGUUAGCCCACCAUUUAUUUAUUUUUUACUUCCAACAGUGCAUCUUUAUUCCUUUGCAUUAUUAUUCCUCCUACACUUUGAACCAUGCAGCUUUAUUCUCUCACACUUCCCCCCUUUAGAGUGUAUUUUGAUUUUCCUCAUCAUAUCACAUCUCCUCUACUUCAAACCAUGAAAAUGUAUAGCUUCAUAUGUUCGACCUCCUCUACUUCAAACUGGAAAACGAUUCAUUCUCUGUUCUAUUACCUUGACAUCAAGCCAUGCAACUUUAUUACUGCACACUGUUCUACCUGUAUAUUUAAAGCUUGCAAAUCAUAUCCAUGUAUUCUAAAUGUUAGUUGUUUAAGAGGAAAAUAUCUAAUGUUCAUGUGAUUCUCAUAUGGACAUCUCUAUAACCUCUUAAUACAGUCAUGUUAAUCAGCUGUGAUUUAUUUACCAGUAUGGAGUUCCUUGUUUCACUGUUGGAUAAGAAUCCCUGUGACUACUUUUAUUGGUCCUUGACGAGGUGUAGCCUGCAUGACUGCGCAUGUGAUUUAAAACAUUCUUAGAAUAUUUAAUUACCCUCCCCUGAUUGUAAUGAAGCUGUCAUAGUAAUAGAAAUGGAUAAUACCAGUGAUUAUACAGGAUGGGGGGGGGCUUUACACUCUAAUAAUUAUAAUUUUGUUUCUUGCGGUCUAGACGUAUUCUGGGCUGUUCUGCGUUGUCAUCAAUCCCUACAAGAACCUCCCCAUCUAUUCAGAAAAUAUAAUUGAGAUGUAUCGAGGAAAAAAGCGCCAUGAGAUGCCGCCGCACAUUUAUGCCAUUUCAGAGUCUGCCUACCGCUGCAUGCUUCAAGGUAAGAAGGACACACAGGACCCCAAAUUAUUGAAUCUGACUGAAUAAGUAGAGAUUUGUGGUUCAUCCAUCUCUGUUGUGUGCGAAAGUUCAAAGCUCUGUGGGCCAUAAAUGUCUAUAUAAUUCUCACUUAUUUUAGAUAUAUAUAUUUUUUUUUAACAAUCAGAUUCAAGAGAUCCCUUCUAUGGUAAAACAGUAGGAGUAGUAAUCCUCUGAAAUGAAAGAUUAAAGAAGGUGGUUAUCUUUUUACUGGAAAUAUUCAGUGGGUAUAACCACGGAUAGAGGAAGUUAAAGGGUGGGGAGGAGAAAAUAAAAGAAAGGAGAGAGAAAAAAAAAAAGAGAGAGAGAAAUGUCCGCCCAGCAAACUCCCCGACAGGGUCCAUUAAAAUCAAUUAUUUUUUUUUAAUAAAUUCUUUUUAAAAAUCUGAUUUUUGUUUUCUUACUUAAAGGACCACUAUAGUGCCAGGAAAAUAUACUAGCCCCCACCCUCAGGGUCCCCCUCCCGCCGCGCUCUGGGUAGAGGAAAAGGUUAAAUCUUACCUUUUUUCCAGCGCCGGGCGUGGAGCACUACUCCGCCUCUCCGCCUCCGAUCCUCCUCUUCGGCUGAAUGCGCAUGCGCGGCAGGAGCUGGGCGCGCAUUCAGCCGAUCUCAUAGGAAAGCAUUUAUAAUGCUUUCCUAUGGACACUGGCGUGAGAAGCACGCAAACGCCUCUAGCAGCUGUCAAUGAGACAGCCACUAGAGGCUGUAUUAACCCUAUUAUAAACAUAGCAGUUUCUCUGAAACUGCUAUGUUUAUUAAAAAAGGGGUUAAUUCUAGAGGGACCUGGCACCCAGACCACUUCAUUAAGCUGAAGUGGUCUGGGUGCCUAGAGUGGUCCUUUAAAUAAGUUUUUUUUUUUUUUUAAUGAAAUACUGUUACUGACAGAAUUAAAUUACAAGCUUUAAAAAACAGAUUGGGACAAGCACUGUCUCCAGCUCAUUUUCACGCAAACACUGUCAAUAUCCGAUACCAGGCUCAAACCUUAUAUGCUGAGGAAGAGGAGUUAGCCAUGACAUGGGUAUCCAGCAAUCAUCCAUUUCUACUGCCAACUAUAAUAAGCUUCAGAGCUAAGUGGAAACCAUUCUAGAAAUAUGUUUGCUGAUGAUGUUUUACAGAAAGUCACACUAGUGAACAAAGCUGUAUUCCUGGCACUGUAACUCCCUCUGCCUCCCUGGCCGUGGAAAAUAAAGGGGUAGUAACCCUUUAUUUACUUAACUGAUUCGUGAUUCGUUGGCUCUGCCUCCUCCAACGUCCCUGGAUGAGUAGUCUCUCUGGAACUGCAAUGUUUUACAUUGCUGCACCCAGACCACAUCAAUGAGCUGAAGUGGUCUGGGUGCCUAUAGAGUCAGUUUAAGCACCUGGAUUCAGAAAUUGUUUCAAGUAAUGACUUCACUUUUAACAGCAGUGGCAUCUUCUGCUGGCGUUGAUAGAAUAUUUAAUCCUUUGGACUUGUUCACUAUAGUGAGAAUUCGGUUGUUACCCAGCAUAGCAGGAAAACUUGAUUUGCUUUUCCAGAUUAUGAAUAAACAAGAGAAUUAAGAUGAGUGAGCUGCAGAAGACCACGUUUUAAGUUUUUCAUGUGGACCCUGCUGAUGUAUGCAAUUUUACGUUUUUUUGUUUGUUUGAUUUUUUUUUUUUAAUAAAGAUAUUUUGUUUAAUCACUUUAGUUAAUAAACGUUGAUGUUUAAACAGAUACAAGAAUAUGUAUGCCAUAUAAAGUGUUAUUGUUUUGGUUAAAGUAGCUCUCCAAAUAUGAGUGAUUAACCUAUUAAUCACUCAUAUUACCACAACCACCACCCUACUACCUCCAAAACCAACCCCCACUCCUCCUAAUAAUUUUUUUACCUAUUAAAGUAAAAUCAGUUCUGAUAUCUAAAUAUGAAAUUUCAUCUGGUUGCAAAUAUUAAAGAUUAUAACUACCACCAAGAAAGAGUUGUUGCAUUUAAAAAUCUUGCUUUAAGUCGACUUGAUUCAUUCUGAACAAUGGCAGAGCAAUCUAUCCGGGGGAGGGAAUGACGUCCAACCCGUGGGACCAGGUUUUUGUUUUUUUUAAACAUUCCUCAGCAGUAUUGUUUAUUGUAUGUUUUUAAAGUUCCUCCACCCCCAGUUCACCUUAAUUUUCUUGACCUCAAACAAUUGUUUAGAUUUAGGCCCUGUACGCUAUGCUCUGGCUGCUAUAGUUCUAACGUGGUCUGUUGCAGUUAGUUCUAUGGUUUCGCAUCUAUUAUACAGCUUUCUGGAGUACAUUGGUUCUUUGUUAGUUGUCAUAAAAAUAAACCCAUCACCUUGUGCUCGGUAUGUUUGCUAGGCCACCAGCGUGUUGACGUUCAAGAAUUUCUGUUGUAACUCUUACUGGAAUGCCAAGAGCCACCUGCGCUAUAUUAAGCUAAGCUUGAUAUAGCCAUAGUUUGGGAAUAAAUCCAUAUGUAGGUGUUUAUAUAAAGCUUUUGAUUAACUAUAGCUUGUACACACAAGUACAGGCGUUCUCUCUUUAGUAAUUAUUUGAAUUUUUGUUACACUUUAUCUGCACAGAUUAACACGGUCUUAAUGUUUCACCUCCUCAACCAUUUAGAAUUCUUUAUUCUGGUGAUGGUGUGUUUACUUCUGAAGCUGGCACUCCAUUCCACCCCUUGUAAAUUUAUCAACCACCCAUACAGCUUCUCUAAUCCAAGCAGCAAAUCCAUAGGACAUAUUUGUGGUGAAAAAGCAUUAUUAUAUUGUAAAUAUGUGUCUCCACUGGCACAGGCUACUGAAUCUGUAAAAUUCUUAUAUCUGUAUAGCAGUCUACGAAUCUUAUAUCUUUAUACUAGUCGGACAUUGAAAGGGUCAUGUGACUUUCUAGUGCUGUAUACACCUCUUUCCCCUGCCCCCUCUUUUGCAGAGAAAGGAAUUGUGUGUCUCUAAAGAUCAAUAAGGAAUUCUGGAAACGGUCGCAGUGAUGGCUGCUGCUUAAUUACCCUGAAACUCCGUAAUUCAGUUUUGCUGAGUGGCCAUGAAUUUCUCAUCAAUAUAUAUGAGGUCAGACAGGUGUAGGUGGAAGCCUCCCUGGUUCCUAUAGGAAUUUUCUAAUAAAAACGUCAGCCAGACGGGGAGAAGGGCAAGUGAGUUCCAGACCUCUUGCUAUUCUGCGCUGCCAUCUCCAGAACCCCCUCUCUCCCGUUUCCUCCCAGACUCCCCCAGCUCAGUGUUUGUAAUGUCUGGCAGGGCCUUGCUAGCAAGGAAACCAUUGUCUUCUGUUUCCAGCCUCCAGGCCUGUUUAACUCCUCGGUGGCCAGCUGCCUAGCACUGUGCAUGAGGUUUUGAUUCCUUUACAAGAGUUUGUUCUCGUUCUUACAAUCUCAACAGCUUUAGAUGUGCGGUUAUAGUGUACAUAGAAAAACGGCACUUUAAAAAUGAAAAAUAUAUAUAUAUAUAAAUGAUUAACUAAUUACCAUAUACCAUUGCUUACUCAUGCCAUGUUGCCGUCCGUUAUACUAAAUGAUGGGUUUAUCCUUUUACUGUUGUUUUUUUGUUUUCGCUCCUUGUUAAUUUUAUGUAUAUUUAUUAUGUUCAUAUAUUGAUAAUGAUUUAGUGGUUCUGUUGCACAUUUGUACUAGUGUUUGUAUAGUUUGAUGUGUAAAAUAUAAUACUGAUGGUUUACUGGAUAUGUCAGUUGAGCAUAUUUUAUUUAGAUGUUGAAUAUUGAAUAUCUCCUCCUAUACCUGAUAAAGCUGCAUUUAUUGGCUCGAGUUAAAGAUAUGUGAUAUUAGAACUAAUGUAAUCGCAAAGACGAAUUGCGGGAUGUGUCACUUGGGGAGGUUACUUAUAGCUGAUUUAGGUAAGUUAAGGCUGUAUAUGGGUGAUAAAGUGUACCAUUUGGUAAGGCUGUAUAUGGGUGAUAAAGUGUACCAUUUGGUAAGGCUGUAUAUGGGUGAUAAAGUGUACCGUUUGGUAAGGCUGUAUAUGGGUGAUAAAGUGUACCAUUUGUUCAGGCUGUAUAUGGGUGAUAAAGUGUACCAUUUGGUAAGGCUGUAUAUGGGUGAUAAAGUGUACCGUUUGGUAAGGCUGUAUAUGGGUGAUAAAGUGUACCAUUUGUUCAGGCUGUAUAUGGGUGAUAAAGUGUACCGUUUGGAAAGGCUGUAUAUGGGUGAUAAAGUGUACCAUUUGUUAAGGCUGUAUAUGGGUGAUAAAGUGUACCAUUUGGUAAGGCUGUAUAUGGGUGAUAAAGUGUACCAUUUGGUAAGGCUGUAUAUGGGUGAUAAAGUGUACCGUUUGGUAAGGCUGUAUAUGGGUGAUAAAGUGUACCAUUUGUUCAGGCUGUAUAUGGGUGAUAAAGUGUACCAUUUGGUAAGGCUGUAUAUGGGUGAUAAAGUGUACCAUUUGGUAAGGCUGUAUAUGGGUCUAAAGACAUCCUUGUAAGGCUGUAUAGUCAAAAAAGUGAGAUUUGUUGCAGAGGGAUGCAGCACUCUUAAAAUUGCAAAGCUUCUGAAGCGUGAUCAUCGAACAAUCAAGCGUUUCAUUCAAAAUAGUCAACAGGGUCGCAAGAAGCGUGUGGAAAAACCAAGGCGCAAAAUAACUGCCCAUGAACUGAGAAAAAGUCAAGCGUGCAGCUGCCACGAUGCCACUUGCCACCAGUUUGGCCAUAUUUCAGAGCUGCAGCAUCACUGGAGUGCCCAAAAGCACAAGGUGUGCAAUACUCAGAGACAUGGCCAAGGUAAGAAAGGCUGAAAGACGACCACCACUGAACCAGACACACAAGCUGAAACGUCAAGACUGGGCCAAGAAAUAUCUCAAGACUGAUUUUUCUAAGGUUUUAUGGACUGAUGAAAUGAGAGUGAGUCUUGAUGGGCCAGAUGGAUGGGCCGUGGCUGGAUUGGUAAAGGGCAGAGAGCUCCAGUCCGACUCAGACGCCAGCAAGGUGGAGGUGGAGUACUGGUUUGGGCUGUAUCAUCAAAGAUGAGCUUGUGGGGCCUUUUCGGGUUGAGGAUGGAGUCAAGCUCAACUCCCAGUCCUACUGCCAGUUCCUGGAAGACACCUUCUUCAAGCAGUGGUACAGGAAGAAGUCUGCAUCCUUCAAGAAAAAACAUGAUUUUCAUGCAGGACAAUGCUCCAUCACACGCGUCCAAGUACUCCACAGCGUGGCUAGCAAGAAAGGGUAUAAAAGAAGAAAAUCUAAUGACAUGGCCUCCUUGUUCACCUGAUCUGAACCUCAUUGAGAACCUGUGGUCCAUCAUCAAAUGUGAGAUUUACAAGGAGGGAAAACAGUACACCUCUCUGAACGGUGUCUGGGAGGCUGUGGUUGCUGCUGCACGCAAUGUUGAUGGUGAACAGAUCAAAACACUGACAGAAUCCAUGGAUGGCAGGCUUUUGAGUGUCCUUGCAAAGAAAGGUGGCUAUAUUGGUCACUGAUUUGUUUUGUUUUGUUUUUGAAUGUCAGAAAUGUAUAUUUGUGAAUGUUGAGAUGUUAUAUUGGUUUCACUGGUAAUAAUAAAUAAUUGAAAUGGGUAUAUAUUUGUUUUUGUUAAGUUGCCUAAUAAUUAUGCACAGUAAUAGUCACCUGCACACACAGAUAUCCCCCUAACAUAGCUAAAACUAAAAACAAACUAAAAACUACUUCCAAAAUAUUCAGCUUUGAUAUUAAUGAGUUUUUUGGGUUCAUUGAGAACAUGGUUGUUGUUCAAUAAUAAAAUUAAUCCUCAAAAAUACAACUUGCCUAAUAAUUCUGCACUCCCUGUAUAUGGGUGAUAAAGUGUACCAUUUGUUGAGGUUCUGCUUGAGCCUCUUGUCAAACUGUCCAUCCGUACUGGAUGUGCGCCAUUGUUGCUCAUCUAGUAACUCCAAGCCUGUGAAUUCCAUCUUAACAAUGCUGACUAUCAGAGAGAUCCUGGCAGUGUUUAGCAGUUGGCAGUACGCAGUGUCAUUGGCAAACAGAUCCUUUUGACAAGUUCCCUGUUAAGAUGGCACAGAUCUGGGAACAGCCCUCCUAGCUUAGUUUGACCCAUAUGGUUCAGUAUUAAGUGUCCUUCAAUGUUCUUUGGUUUCUGCUGCCAGGAUGUAUGUCCUCUCUCACCUGGCAACCUGUGGUCCAAACACUGUCCUUUCAUUUUCUGUCAUAGUCUCAUUCACACAUACAAAUAGAUUAGUCAUAUUACCCUACACCUGCAGCUCAGUAUACCAAUUCAUAGUUCUCUCUCUGUCAUCUUCUCAUUUUCUCUCAUUGUGUCUUCUCAAACCUUCACACAUCUUGCCAAAUAACACGUUGUCAGUGUAAAAUCAGCUGAGAAAUGUCUUUGUAAGGAGCUGGUCAUUCUCAGUAAUUGCUUGAAAGUUAAUCCAUUUUCUAUUUGUUUUUUUGUUUUUUUACCUGGCUUAUCCAUACAGUGCACUGAAUAAAAUGUUACAUCAGUUUCGGAUGUGCGAUGUUCUAAGCGCGGCCUAAAUUACUUUUCAAUGAUUGGGAUUGUAAUGGUUUUUGUGUUUCGUUUGGUAAUUGAUAGAGAGUGUGCUUUCAGUGGAUAUUGGGGUAAGGCGGAGAGAAGGGGUACUGUUUCUGGGCGUUUAGGUGAGAUGGAGGAAGAUGAUAAUUUCAAUAAUGAAGUGAGGUGGGAAGAAAAAGUGCUGUUGGUGGGUAUUGGCAUGGGGGAAAAUGUUUCCAGUCCGUGUUAGGUGAAGAAGUGUGAGAAUGGGCUUUUGAUUGGUGAUGGGCUAAUGUGGUGGGAGAAAAGUUAGAUUUUACUUGGCACUGGGGUAAGAGGAAGGAGGUACUUGUGGAUGGCAUUGGUGGUGAACAAGAAAGUUGAUUGUGCUAGGUAUUCAUGUUAGGGGGAGAUAGAAAGUGUCCUGUCUGAGACUUCGAUUGUGGCUUAUAGUGGUUAUAAAGGAACGAGAAUUUUUUAUUUCUUUAUAUAUAUAUAUAUUUAUUUAUUUUUACUGCUGUGCACAUAUUUUGGCUAAAGGGGGAAGCAGGAGACAUCAGACUUAGACCUUCAAAAUAAUGAGUCUGUAGAACGAAAACCAAAUGUUGUAUUAUUUGAUGCAUGCCCAAUAACCUGUUUCUAUUGACUAAAAGCAGCUUCCCAAAUACAGGCUUUCACGUCGGCUUUUGAAGUCAGUCUCUCCAUUUACCGAUAACAUUCCAGCCUGACGCGGGAAUAUUUCUGCCUUUUGAUUUAUCGCUUGUCUGCUUUGUCUUUUGGAUGUCUUGUUGUUUUUCAGCCAUGGAGACAAUGUGUUGUUGACACUGUCAAGAUGUUGAAAAUGUCUACACGUAUCGCCUGCUCCCUUUUCAACUUUGUUUGUCACCAGACUCCAUGAAGAAAAAUCUGUGAAUUAGUCUGUUGAAUGAAUUCCAGCUGUACACCAUAUUUCAUAUGUCGGCCAGUAGAAUGACAUAUAGCUGAGAGAUAAGUAACUUUGAAAUUAUCCGCACAAAGAUGGGAGUCGACAAUUAAUAACUCAGGUGCAGAACGAUUCCAGGAUCUCUUGAGGUCCGCCAGUUCUACACCUAACUCCUGAAUUCUUUAGAGUGUAUGUAAUAAAUGUGGAACUCUGCAACCGUGAUGGCCCACCUUUUAGACUUAAUGGACCCCUCUCCAUAUGGUUGAUCUGCCAGAAUUACUGACUGUUGAGGUUCUUGUGCUUUUAAUACUAUAAUGGAUACUAUACUUUUAUUAUAGUCUUUAGUUCACAGAUUACAGAUAUCCUGAAAAUGUCCAAAAAGAUCCAUGAUUGCCUGAUUCAGAUUCACUCUGAUUUAUAGGCGAUACAUUCAUAUCCUGGUUAUUUGGAUUUGUCCUACUGUUUGCUUAUCAGUAUCUGACCUGCCAUUGCCCCUGACAGCUAGCCGAUGAUUAGUUAUCUGAUAUAUUAAUGCUGUGCACUACAUCUGUAUUGUGUUUAGAUGGCCGGGCCUUGUUAAGAGAAACAAGCUUUAAAUCCCAGCUGGUUUACAACAGCCCCCAUAUGUUUGUAUUUAAGGUUCUAUGCUAAUUUUCUGGUCUAAGAAGGCUAGUUUGAAUGCAGAUGCCCCUGUGCAAAAUGACAAAAGACAAAAAAUGACAAAAGAAGUUCCUAUUUUCUGUGGACCAUCUUGUAGAUGUAGAGAGGCUGGGAAGGCCACGGCCCAGUCAUUCCCUAUUCUGCAUGCAAAAUGUGUUUUGGUGGAUAUCACACAAACAAUGUUAUUCAGGAAAGUGAGAAUUCAUAGUAUAUCUCACAUUUAAAUGGAUACUAUAGGCAUUAAGACUACUUUAGCUUAAAGAAACACUAUAGGCACCCAUACACUUAAUCUUAUUGAAGUGGUCCGGGUACAGUGUCCCUGUUACCUUAACAUUUUACAUGGUGGGGAGGGGGUGGUAGAGGAUUCCACUGCUCAUUUCUCUGACAUUUAGGAGUUAAAUCACUUGGUUUAUACAACCAGUCACAGUCUUCCUAAAAAAAGGGUUUCAUUUUUCAACCAGACGUUAACUUGCUUUAGACGUUUUUAUCUUCUACUCUGUAAAUCGAACUUUAAUGACGCACAAGUCUCCUGCAGAUUCAAGAAGGCUGUUAACAGAUUAAUCAGAAUGUGCAAUAAAGGUACCUAGAAUAUCUAGGUUCAUUUUCUGGAAGUGUUUAGGAGGGCUGUGUAAGUCACAUCCCGGGAAAUGUGACUAGUUCUGCAUAAACAAAGUGAUUUAACUCCUAAAUGGCAAAGAACCUAGCAGUGAAACUGCAGGGUGUCCCUUUAAGGCCAAAUUUAAAGCAGAGGUGAAUUACAUCUUUUUUUCUUUUUUUUUGCCUAAUUUGACCUUAAAUUGAAAUUCACUUUGUUGUAUAUCCCUGAAAGGGGCAAAUGAACCCUAAAAGUGCAAUAUUUAAACAUUGUAGAAAUAUGUCAGUGAGCUGAAUCCAAAACUUUAGAAACCCUUUAAGAGGGUUACUUACCUUUGACCCUAACCCUUCAGGCACUAUUUGGAUUUGUUGUCUGCUGAGAUUUUAAUUUUUAUAUAUUUACAGUAUUUUACAUGUGGAUUAAGAUUAUCAUGAAAAUCCCAAAGUGUGCAUUUAGAAUACAUAUUUAAUGGAAUAUUCGAGCUUUGAUAUGGCCGUUUAAUCUUUCAUGGAGUGAUUAGCACAGAUUUCCACUUUUCAUGUAGAAUCUUGUCUUCUCAGACACAUUUCCUUACUUGAUUACUAAAUCUAAUUGUCCCCCAGCAGCUGUCUCUCUCAUUUUUGAUAAAUGAUGAGCCUUUGCAUGUUAAAGUAUGGAGAUUAAUUGUCCUCCUCAAAAAAUAUAUGUCCAUCCAUUUUCUAAGCACUGCUUGUGGACAUCAUGUUCUAAGAUUUCAUGUUUAAAUUUUGGGGGGUCUUUAACAAAGACAUCCUCUUUGCAAUUCAAUAACAUGUAUUUAUGCAUACUUGGUUGUGAAGGAGUUAAUGUUAGAGGGAAUUAAUGAACAAAAACUUUGAUUUGAUUUGACACCCCUACCUCUUCCAGCUCACUGCUCUUUCUGGCUUUCAGUUUCAUAAACUCCCACCCAACCCCCCUCCAGACCCUCAAGUAUUGCUUAAUCAAUCCCCUUCGUGACACAGUGAGCCACACAAUUAAACAGCAACUUGGCAUAUUGUAAAGUUCACUUGCCUCUGAGACUGCAAUUUUAGGAUAAUAUUCUGUAAUACGAGCUGAAAGUCUCCAAUCUUUUAGAAAUGAUUUAAUUUAAUAAAAUGUUUUGUUUUGUUGUUGUUGCUAGGCAUUGUGGGACUUGUAGUUUGAUCAUAGCUGCCUGCUACAUGUUAUUUGGUUUAUUGAAUAUCACAAUUGAUACAUUGUUGAGAUCCACUGUAACUAUGUACUUGUCUACUUAGAUCCUUGGGUUUGUGUAGAGGCCACAACAGUACAAUCCGAACAAACUGUUUUCUAAAUAGCAUUUGGAGUCCGCUUGCUCUCAUUGUCUCAUGUUUUUGUAAUGGGAAAGAUCUGUUCCUUCACCAGUGGCGGAGUUAAUGCUCAUUGCACUAAACGCUUUCAUAUGACCAACAUGUGGCUGUCAUUACUGCAAGUAACUGGGUGGAACAGGUGCACGACAACAACCCUUUGAUCAAAAUACUAGAUGGUUCAGGACAGCAGUCUGUGUGUUCCCUUCACUGCGGGGUGCCAUUACCCCAUCAUUUAGCCUUUUAUUUCCCAGUGCUUGUUAUCGAGAGCAAUGUAAUCCUUUUUUAAUGUGACAGAUGCCAUUGGUAGUUUUUAUAUAAAAUAGUAAAGUUGCCAGUAUUUAUCAUGAUUUUGAUUAGCAUAAACGAUCAAUUCUGUGAACUGCUGGGCUGUGCAUGAAAAGUGCUAUCCAUAGAAUCCAUAUGUUGCCAGUAUAAUAUAUAUCAAUCACAUGGGGUUCCUUUGGGGUUCUGUCUGUGAUUGAAGGGACACUAUAAUUACCAGAACAAUUACAGCUUGUUAUAUCUGUUCUGGUGAGUAGAAUCAGUCCCUUCAGACUUUUUGCAGUAAAUACUGUCUUUUCAGAGAAAAUGCAGUGUUUACAUUACAGCCUAGAAUUACCUCCACUGGCCACUCCUCAGAUGACUGCUAGAGGUGCUUCCUGUGGCAGUGCUGCAGAGUAAGCAGCACUGCAAUUCAGUUUAUCCACCCUCUGCAUUAAGACACUCAACCUUCCUCAUAAAGAUGCAUUGAUUCAAUGUAUCUCUUCGAGGAGAUGCUGAUUGGCCAGGGCUGUGUUUGGCUCGUGCUUCCUUGACCGUCUCAGCCAAAUCCUUGGGGCUAGAUAGUGGUUUUAACACUUUAGGGUCAAGAAUAAAUGUUUGUGUUCGUGACCCUGUAGUGUUCAUUAAUUGGUAUUCAUAUAAAUUCUAGAUAUUGCCAGGGAGAAUUUUUCAAGCACUGCUCAACAACCUGCAGAAUAUAUUGGUGUCGGAAACAUGGCGAUCUGGAAACCCAACCAAUGGUAGCAGGUGCUCUUUCACUGAUAUGGUUAGUGUCCGUGAAUAUCCAAUUUUCAAAAAAAAAUAAUUGCUAAAUAGUGAGGGUUUUUUUUGUUUUUGCAGAGUUAUGCAAUAGAAGCAAAUAGAAUACUAAAAAAGUCAGAUUAAUUGGCUAUUUUGUCUGACCUAAGUUUGGCCAGAUUUUGUACACUUCUUAUCACUAACCAGGUAGAAAUGGCGACUGCUCCCUUAGUAAGAUUAUCUCUGAAUUCCAGCAACAUGGGAAUCCAAUGUUGUGUAUUUCUGCUAUAGAAAAUUCUCUACGAUUGGGCAUUACCUACUUUGUUCGGAAAAUAAGCUCAUAACUGAUCAGGUCACACUCCUCCUGCCAGUGCUGUAUCUCUAUGCUGGAAGAUUAAUGACAAUUGACAUUGAAUGACAAUACACCUUCAAAGUCAAAGUACAAUGCAGACUUCACUCAAAUCUUACAUUAUAAAUUAACAUAACCCAAAAAAGGGGAAUAAAAAGAACUAAGAUGGGAGAGGACGCUUACAUGGGCUGUCACACGUUGAUAAUGGACACAGAAAGUAUAUUUCAAUGAUGCCCAAUUUAGGCAUAGGCUGACAGUCCCUCCUUUACAUUAUUAUUUUAUUAUUUAUAUAGCGCCAGCAAAUUCUGUAGCGCUGUACAAGGAGUGGACUAACAGACACGUAAUUGUAACCAGACAAAUGGACGCACAGGAACAGAGGGGUUGAGGGCCCUGCUCAAUGCGCUUACAUGCUACAUAACAAAUAGCCAUCAUCUUGGGCCUUGAGCUGGGGCUUACUUAUUCACCACUUCAGUUGUUAAUUCACAUUUAUUUAGUCUAUUUCCUUUGUUAUAAUCUUAUCCCUCAGCAAAUCAACAGCCUGGAGAAUAUGGUCUAGGUAUUUCAACAGCCAGUGGCAAAGUUAAACUGUUUGAGCGUGCAGAUAUGUGCUCUCUAUGUUUUCUCCUCUUAUCUCUCACAUUUCUGCUCCAUACACCAUCUAUUUUAAUUUUAAUCCUAAACUUAGUGCGUUUUCUCUGAAUGUCAUGACACUGUAUCGUACGGUCUGUUAUUGCUAAGCUUGCUAAUGCUGUUGUGGCCUCACAAGCUCAUGUGUUAAUUUUUGCACAACAAAAAUAAAGAAUAUAUAUAUAUAUAUAACAUUAUUAUUAUUUUUUUUUAAAGAAAUAAGAUGGAGAAAGGCAUUGGAAAGGGGGACAUAAAGGGCAAAGGGAAUAGGAAAAUGCAAAAUCUCCUGCUGCAAAGUGGGGCUAAAAAGAGGUCAUCCCACAAUGCAUCCGUCAUGAGUCAAAUCUUAAAAGGUUUGUCACCCAGUUAAAGGACCACUCUAGGCACCCAGACCACUUCAGCUUAAUGAAGUGGUCUGGGUGCCAGGUCCCUCUAGGAUUAACCCUUUUUUAAAUAAACAUAGCAGUUUCAGAGAAACUGCUAUGUUUAUAAAUGGGUUAAUCCAGCCUCUAAAGCCUCUAGUGGCUGUCUCAUUGACAGCCGCUAGAGGCGUUUGCGUGAUUCUCACUGUGAAAAUCACAGUGAGAACAAAGCGUCCAUAGGAAAGCAUUAUAAAUGCUUUCCUAUGAGAGCUAAAUGUGGCGCAGCCUUGCGCGCGCGCAUUCAGCCGAAAGGGAGGAGAGGAGGAGGUUCGGAGGCAGAGAGCUCCCCGCCCAGCGCUGAAGAAAAGGUAAGUUUUAACCUUUUCCUCUCCCCAGAGCCGGGCGGGAGGGGGACCCUGAGGGUGGGGGCACCCUCAGGGCACUAUAGUGCCAGGAAAACGAGUAUGUUUUCCUGGCACUAUAGUGGUCCUUUAAGUCUGAGCUGUUAAAUUCAACUCAGGGGGUAAAAAGUUUUGGAAUGAAACAGCAGUAUUGAUGCUAGUGUCAUCAAUGGUAUAGUGCAGGUGUAGGCAACCUUCAGCACUCCAGAUGUGGGCUACACAGAUGUGGGCGUUUUUCUCAUCUUUUAUGAGCACUGGGCACUGGUGUCUAUAGCACCAUGUUUGGCACGAAUUUUAUGGGAUUUUUCUCGGUCUAAUAUAUUUUUCACCUAACUUACUUUUGCUCCUAUGUCUAUCUAGUUAGCUUACCAGGGAGAGAGGCUUUUCUAAUUAUAAAUGGUCAGUUUCUUAGAAAUCUGAACAUUUGAAUUACUAUUUUCCCUCUCUCUCUGUGCUCUACUCUUAAUCCUGUCCUGUAUGUAAUUGGAGGAGUUUUGUAUUCUUGAUAUUUACUGCCCCUGCCCUAGAUAGGGGGUCUCUUGGGAACUUAUACAAUUUAAUUACAAUACUCAGCCUACCAAUGGUAGUCAGGUAUUAGGAAUGUGCACCUAGAGCCAGUCCUGUUAUAGAUAUCUUUUAUAUUUAUUUUUAUUUUUUUACUGGACUCAUCCCUACUCAGUAUUUUUUUUCCAAUAAAGUGUUUAUAGAGAUAGGGCUGUUUGUCCAGUAUCUAUGUACUUUAGGUAUCUAUCUAUGGGGUUCUGUACUUUGGGUGACAUGGGAGUAUCAAUUUUACUUUUAUAGGAUUAUACAUUAUGUAUGCAUGUAAUACUAGCUAUAUCUGAUUUCUAGUAGUCCUUAUACUAUUAGCCAGUUUACCUUUAGGACUACAUAGCUAUAUUUUGAUUUCCAGGCGAUGCAGCAAGCCUCAGGGGUGUUUAUGCACUGAGCACUUGCAGUAUCUUUUCUCUUUGUUGCUAUUUUUUGUUUAUUAGGGGUUAAGCCCCUUUAGGGAUCCCUGGAGUCCCAGUGCGGUACACAGGUUUCUGGGUGGAACUCUGACACUGUUCCCCUCUUUUCUUUAGGGGAGAGUGCAGGGGUAUACACCCAGAUCCCUGUUUUUUCUCUGUUUGUUUUUUGAUACAUCUUCCAUAAUUCUCUAACAGCCAUAAUACUGGCCAAACAUCUGGAGUGCUGAAAGUUGUCUACCCCUGGUAUAGCAAAUAUACUGCCCAUUCUCACUGUGUAUUCCAAGAAUGUUGCGAUCUGUAUGACUAAUACACUUCAUUUUUAAGGCACAAACCUAUUCCACAGAGUUGUAUAUCUCCAUAUUUAGCUGGGCGUCUCAAGUCGCUUCAUGUACUUAUCAAAGUCCCUGGAUUUUACUAAUACAAUACAGAUGUGAAGGAAAAAAGUUUUAUAACAUCUAAUAUAUCAAACAAGGCAGUAUAACUUUCUAUAUAGGUAAUAUAAUCCAGGAAUAAUACAAUAGAGAAAAUGGCAUGAAAAUUAACUAUGCAUGAUUAUUUUAUUAUAUUGGUAUGGGUUACACUUUGCUCAAACCUAAAUAGAGAAAUCACAUGUAUUUGGAGUGUUGAGUGUUUGAGCCAUUAGGCAUCCUGGGACCACAGUGGAAAACAUAGUCUUUGAGAGCUGCUCUGCAUGCAGCAGACUUUUCCCAAGGUUUGCUUUGAGAUAUAUCGGCUAUCGCACAACAUUACAUUGAAGAAAUCCCUUGAAGCCAAAGCAUACCACUUGUGUGAGAGAGAUAUCGUUGACUUAAUAGGAUAGGAGAGUGCUUUCUGCCCAGAUAAGUGCCAAGCGCACUCAGAUCACAGUGCUAUGUAGAUGGUGGACUCAAUAAAGACAUUUAUAGCAGUUGUUCUUAAAGGAGAACAGUCGCUUUUAUAUGUGACUGAAUAAAUCAUUGAAAACCAUCUGGACCUUAUAUUAAAGAAAUACUCCAUGCACCAUGACCACUGUAGAUCUCCCAAGUUAGUAGUCAAACCAUUUAGUAAUGGUUUAGUUUAUUGCCUCGGGUGCGCCAGAUGCUCUAAGCUGAGCAAGUGGUGGAGGGUUUUGCUUGUUGGCUGAGAGUGAUCAGCUUGGCAGUGACCGUUCCCCUUUGGACAUAAUGACAAAUUAUACAGAAGGCAUUUGGAUGGCUACCACUCCUUACUUUUAAUAUUAUUUCCGGAAGCCAUUAUUCAGUUUAUAUUAUAUUUAACAAGGUGAAUAGUGCAGAACAUUUUAUUAGAUUCUUACCAGUUCAACAGGGUCUAUAAUGUAGUUAUAAAAGCAGUGCAGUAUGAUGGGACCAUUGAUAUAGUACAGGGACUCGGUACAGGGUCCCGACCCAGGGGUUUAGAAGCACAGAUUUAUAUUACAGCAAGAAUUAGUUCACGUUCUAGUGAGACGGACAGUUUGUGAAGAUAAAAGCUCCCAUAUGGAAGUUAUCCAAGAGUCUGCAGAGCUAGUGUGGUGAAACACAAAGCAAAGCCUUUAGUGCAAUUUAUUCUUAACAUGAGGAGGCGAGACGUACAUUGUCCCUACAGGGAUGGCUCUGCUAACACUCCUGGGGAUAUUCAUGUUUAGAAUAGCUUGUCAUGCCCGCUGCCUUAAUGUGUGGCUACACUUAGCCAAAGAGUAAAUCACUGUAGUGUUUAGACACUUUAGAUCAGCUGUGGCUAUUUAAUCAUUUUAUUACAACUUGGGGCACUGGUGCAGCCAAUUCAGGAUCCAAGAAAUACUUGCAAUGACAAGUGUGCAGAACGCUUUUUUUUUUUUUUAAAAGACAAAAAGGAGAGGAAAAAACCCCAGCAAGAUUCUAAGAAUUUUUCCUGCCCGCGGAAUUUGCAGUUUCCUCUUAUAUUUCUUAGGCAUUCACUGUUUAGUGAAUAAAGUACUGUAAGCACAUAUGUACAUGCCUGCGUGUAAGAAGGAACUCAUUUCUGUGUUUGUUUUUAAUUUCAGGACUAGACUGUUAGCAGUGAAACGGUUAAAAAUGCUCUUUCUAUGAAUGCACUCUCCUGACGGGUCGCAAAUUUUAGAAUGGCAUUUGCGAUGAUUUCCAAUGAUAGGGCACAUUGUUGUUGAGGACAUUUUCUGUACAACUCCCUCUUUCACAUGACCAAUAUCCGCAGGUUGUAAAUUAGGAUCAAUAGUCAGUGUUUGUCGUGCCAACUGGCGACCGUUUAAAAUGCCCACCCCAUUCUGUCUGAGUAGAAAUCCCCCUCUUUCCUGCUAACUGACAUUCUUUUAUCCAGUCUGGCAAAAAUCCUGUGACUGCUUAGAAAUGUCACUGCUUCUGGGGUGUGACAUCGUUCUGGUUGACGCUCUGCGCCAAAUGCCUCCUGCCCACACUAUAAACCUGUGUCGGGGUAAAUAAUGGUUUAAUCGUAAGCAAAAUUCACCUAUAUUCUGUGCUUGAUAAAAAAAAAUAUUGCUCUGGAUUCAGUUUCAUAGAAAUGUAUUCACAGAAUUGAAAUUUGAAAGGUACCGUUGAGACUAAAAUAGGCAAUUUGCGAUUAUACCUGAUGUGCUAAUUUUGCCGUUCAGAAUCUAAUUUUAUACAAUUCCGGUGUUAAGUGACUAAAUCCCAUGCUAUGAGUUUUAGCAGUGCUCUGCAGGGGCUAAACAAGCAGAGCAUGCUGUGAUGCAAAAGUGUCUGCAAGUCUGCUAAUACCACACUAGUCUGUUGUUUCUUAAAGGCAUAGCAAAUCCUUCUUGGAAACUGCUCAGUUUGCGCAGGCCAGCAGCUGUCUGAAUGUUCUGGUUUAACCGCUACCUAAAGCAGGCAGACCGGUACUCCAAUUGUAUACAAGAUGUUUCUGUUAAGUCUCAGACUUGGUCUCCUGAAUGGAGCUUUAAUGGCAUUUUGCACAUAUGUUCUGUUUUUACAAUGUGAGUUAACACAUUUACACUGACCCUAACAUUGGUGAUAAUGCUGUACUUAUGCACUGGUAUCAAGGGUUAAUGAGGAUUUACUGUCCCUUUAAUAGGUUUCUGGCGGAUGCUGUGUCUCCCCACAGCUGUUUGUUCACCUGUCAUUGUUGGUUUGUGUCCCUGUGUCUGUUAGUGUGCGCUUCUGCCAGGGUCUAUUCAGCGUUCGGAAGAGUGUUGUAGAUGUUAUGAUCAAUCAUACUUACUUGAAUUUGGUUAGUGUCUUCUAUAAGAACCAUUACUGAAAAUCUGACAUUUCUUGUGUAAUUCAUCUUCAGUGUAAUAAAUGGUUUUAAGGGAUGCCAUCACUGGCUUUUUCUUUGCUCAUGGUGUUCAAGUACCUCCAAAAAUGACUGCUCGGUAUUUCCAAAAUGUAUUUUAUGGCAUGAAAUAAUGUUACCUGUUUUGUUUUCCAUCACCUUAACAGCCCAUGGCAUCAUUAUUUUUAAUUUGACCCCUUUUCUCUUUACAUCUGUCAAGGAUCAACACCAUAACCUGCUAGCCAGAGGGCAACAAGUAUCUUAUACUAUAAAGUAGCUGGGUUUAAUGUAUGAGAAUAUAUAAUCUCAUAUGAGCAGGGUCCUCAUCAACCCAUUGUUCCUAAAUCAUUUUGUAAUUGUCCCUUUUAUUGUUAAAUUUUCCCCUUCCAUAAUAUUGUAAAGCACUGAGGAAUAAGUUGGCGCUAUAUAAAUACCAAUAUUUGUAGCCAACAGUACAAACAAAUUAAUAAAAACAGACUAGAUAGGUGCCUUGCGGUACAGGAUGCACAACAAAAUGUUCUCUUUGCAAGCAGACAAGAGGAAAGUGAGACCAGCUAUAUUCAAGGUUGCAGAAAAUCAGUGGAACAAGUAAAACGAGCCAAAGUAAAGGAUUCCAGAGAUCAGAGUAGUUGAAUAUCAGAGCCAAGUCUAAACCAAAAUUGCACACCACAAGUCAAAAUGCAGUCUUGAGUAAUAGAGAGCACGACAGAACCAAGAGGAGUGAUUAGAAUUGCCCUAAAUAGCCCCUUGUGGACUACCAUUGCGUCAAAUGACACCAACACGUAUUCGACCUGCAUUGUUUAUUUGAUCUGUCAUCAAAGAAUGAUUGGUCUUGGAGCAGAAUGAUGCACCGCGUCAGUGCACGUAGGAUCGAUUGCAUCGAAAUGAUCCCGUAGUGACGCACAGCUUCAAUAGGUGUGCACUGGUGUCCAGAGAAUGCUGGAAUCAUGACAAUCUCCAUAUCCUGCCAUUUUCUUCUUGGAAUUUUAGCAUCUCCAAUCUCAGUCGCUGCAUCCCGCUCGUUAUCUACCUCAUGUGCCCAGCUUAGCCCCUUCUGAUCAGCUGCUGUCACACAUCAUCCUUACCUGUUCAUCCGUUUGAACCCUCACCCCAACCUCAAACCAACACCAUUUCUCUAGGGAUGUCCUACAGUUAGGAAAAGACCCAGCACAAGUAUCUGUUUUUUCCUUGAUCUCAAGUCCUAUGGGAUCUAAAAAAAAAUCUAAAUAAAAACAAAGCAAAAAACUUCUUCAGGUUGUCUUCUCAACUAAGAAAUUCCCCUCUAGAUAUAGUCUCACUCCUAACACUUCUCCCUGCUGUAUAUUCCUUUCUUCUCUUCAACUACUGUACAUUGGAUAACUUUUUAGCACAGCAUUUAGUCAGUAUACCCAUAUCUCCUCUUCCAGAUAUAAUACACUGUUACCUUUAUAACCGCUCAUGAUACCGCACUUCGAAAGUUUGAGUAGAACAUGUUUCUCCUUUUAACCCCUAGAUGUAUGCGUACCCACUGUACAACGCUGCGGAACAUGUUGGUACUUUGGAUAAUAGAGGCUAAUUAAUUUCUCGAGUUAUGCAGCCUUGUGACGCGUAAAAUCUUUGUUUGGUGUUGGUCUUGGAAAAGGGCCACCUAAAAUAUAUCACUGCCGGAGAAUGCAAAGCAUCUUAGGAAGAAUAGGCAGAAUUUUAAUAGGUUACAUAAAAUGCCUGAUUUGAUGAGUAGGACCCCCCCAUAGCCUGAGCAAUAUAUCUCGCAUUAGUCAGUCUGUAAAAAUACACAGUAGCUAGCCGUUAGAUUCCUCCCUGCUGUGUGUUUUUUAACUCUUUCAAUGAGGUGUAGAAUGUUAUGACAGAUAAGAACUAUUCAGACCAAACCCUUCCCUAUCUUUAUUAAAACCUUUUCUUUUCAUGAACACGCAGUACUCGAUUUCCAAACAUUGUUUAACGUGGAUAUGUAACGUUUUGGUUGGUAGCAAUAAAAAUCUGACCAUACGUUUAGUUAUAUUUAUUUUCUCAUCUCUGUUGUGUUUGUUAAUGGGGGAAAUAUUUAAAAUAACGGGCUACACUUCCUGGGUUUGUCGGUCUCUCUCAAAACCUUAAGAAAGACACAGAAAUGUCUGUUUUGGGAUAAAGAUACCAUCUUGGAGAUUUGUAGAUUGUAAAUUUGCAAGUUGUCUCCCAGCACAUUUUGGGAGGUGUUGCAUUCAGUGGAUGAAAGCAGCUCCCUCUUCUCAUUUUUUUUUUUUUAAAUGUGUCUAAUUACAUAUCCCUCUAUCUGUAAACCAAUCUAUGUUAUUUUGGCUUAAUUUAUAAACUGUUUUAGAUAAGAGCCCUACAUAAGAACAGUAAUAUGAAACGUGUAUCCUUUGCAAAGUAACAUUUACUCCUGUUUGCCCCUUUUGCUGGGCAUGUCCAUUUUGUCAGUGUGCGAGAUGGAAUCCAUUUUUUAACUCAAUCUGAUACCGAAUCCAAUCUAUUAACCAGAUGGUUCCAGCUUGCUAACUGUCAUUCAUUAGUAAUACCCCUCUGCUUAUGACAGAUGCUGCGGCUGGUCCAGGAUCGUUUUAUCAUGUCUGGGUGUGCAAGCGUGUGCCUGCAGCUUUGCACGUGGUCCACCCGUUUCCAAUCUGUCCUGUGUGAUCCGGUAGACUUGAUGGCAGAUGUAUUGUAUAUGCUGACUAUAGGAACGUACUGGCUACUGUAGACUUGUUUAAACAACUGCUUCCCUUUAUGAAGUGGUGAAUAAAUGAUAAGUAUGGUAAGGCAUUCCAUAACUUUUUUCUUUUUUUUUUUCGUUUUCCCAGAGCUUGCCUCUUUGGAAAUUAAUGAAAGGCUCUUUUUGUUUUCUGUUUUCUUCUACUUGUUCCUGUUGUAUCUCAUUUUUACAAUCCUUGGUCAGGAAAAAGCUGGUCUCGAUCUAGCCAACAGUACAAACAAAUUAAUAAAAACAGACUAGAUAGGUGCCUUGCGGUACAGGAUGCACAAAGAAAUGUCCUCUUUGCUGCCAAACAGCUCUUAUCACUCACAGACAUCUAGGGAGUUUAGAAAAAGAACGAUUCUGGGGUAAAGUGCUAAAAGUAGAGCUGUCACCAUGGAAACCAAUAAUGUGUUCCUGGUUGUUGUUCCACCUUUAGCCCAGAAUUGAUCUAUACAGUCUGGUUUUAAGAUUUUACAAGUAGCAGGGUUAUUGAAUAAAGUCAGAUUGUUCUGAAAUUUAAAGUGAAUUUAAAAUUUUAGGCCACCGAGAAAAAUUCUCCAAGUCAGUUAUGCUUUUAAUUCAGCUACUUUUACCUUUGGAACACUGUGCACCAUAACAACGUAAUUGAAAUGAUGUUGUUAUGGUGCCUUGGAGUCCCAGGCGUUGACUUAACUGAAGUGGCUAAACCAUGGGUGUCCAACCUUUUGACUUCCCUGGGCCGCAUUGAGCACAGAGGAAUUGUCUUGGGCCACACAUAAAAUAUAUAACAUAGAUAAUGUAUACAAGUAAUAUAUAUUUACAUAUAUAUUUAAAAGCCCUUUUCUUAAUUUUGAUAUUUUAAUUGUUUAGUAGAUAAUUCCCUUAUUUGUUAUCCUUGUGUGGGACUGGCAUAUUUAAGGAUAUCAAAUUAGGGAGCUAUCCACUAAACACAUACACUUGUGAAUACUUAUGCACACAUAACCACAGAUAAACACACAAUCACGGACCUUUACACACAGUCACAAAUGUAUUCACACAUAAUCACCGACACACACAUACAAUCAGAGACCUAUAUGCACAAUCACACACACACACACAAAAUCACAGACCCACAUACCUAUACACACAGUCACGUACAUAACACACAAUCACAAAUGUACACACACAGACACACACACAAUGACAGACCCAUACAUACACAAACAAGCAAUCACAGACCCCCCACACAUACACAGAUUUACCGACACACAAUCACAGACCUAAACAUACUUUCACAUAGGUACAUACACCCAUAAUCAGACCUACACACAAUCACAUACAUACAUAGAAACAAUCAAUCAAUCAAUCAAUCACAGAUCCACACACAUAAAAUCACAUACAUACAAACACAUAAUCACUGACCCACACACAAUCACAGACAUGUCCACAGAUCCCCCCCGUGCACACAGCCAGUCACUGACAAAAUAUACACAAAAAUAACAUGCACACACAUUUAAUACUAAAGCUGUCUACCCAGCCUCCCUAACUUGCUCUGGGAGCGCUGGAGUGGAUCCUCUUCCUGGUGGCCAGUGGUUGCUGCUGGGAUGAAGACUGGGACCUCCGUGCUCUUCAUUCAUAGGUCCCUCUCGCGCCCAGCAGUGAUGCCAGGAUGACAUCAUAUCCCGGCGGACAGCUCACUGCCGGGCGCUGAGGAAGCUGUUCAGGAGGAGCACAGAAUGUAAUGGUCGCAGAGGCGUACCUAGAGCUUUUGGCAACCCCCUUUCCCAAUUCAAAUAUAAAAAAACACCCACUAUUUUUUGUAUUUUUUUUUUUUUAAAUGCCUACUACAACAGUAGUAGGCAAUACAAAAACCUUUCUAAACCCCCCUUCUACAAAAGACCUGCCCCCUCUACAAAAACCCGUGCCCAGUCCCCCUUCUAUAAAUUCACUGCCCAAUCCCACUUCUACAAACCCCUGCCCUCUUCCACAAAAACCCUGUCCCCCUCCAUCUACGAAAUCCCCUGUCCAGUACCCCCUUCUACAAAAUCACCUGCCCAGUCCCCCUCUACAAAAAAACCCUGCCCCCCUGUACAAGACCUUUGCACAUCUCCUGAACUCCCAUUUAUAAAAACUCCUGCUCCCCCUCUACAAAGAUAUGUCCCCCUCUACAAAGACCUCUGUCCCCCCCCUCUACAAGAGACCCCUGUCCCCCUCCCUCCCUCUACAAAAACCCUGUCCCUCCCCUCUACAAAAAUCCCUGUCCACCUAUAUUCCCAUUCACAAAAAAACCCUGCUCCCUCUUAAGACCCUUGCACAAAAAAGAAAAAAAAACUGAACUGUUUUUUAAACAAAAAAAUUAAACACAAACAAUAUUAGCAAGCACUUACCCUGCUCUUCCGCCUGCUUGCUGAUCCGGACUCCAGGCUCUCCUGCUGUGGUGCCGCCCACGCAGUGUCAGAGCACUUCUGCUCAGAACAGCGUGAGGGCAGUGCAUGUGGACAGCGCGUUAUUGCGCACCUCCGUAAACCUCCUCCUGCCGCCCCCUACACCACUGAAUGGGCUCCCUGCCUCCCUCUCUACCCGGCAGCAUGGACGGCAACCGGGCUGCACUGUUAGUGGUCCCGAGCCGCGGGUUGGACACCCAUGGGCUAAACGGUUCUCUAAUUAUUUAACCUCAAAGGUUGCUCUCCAGUGCUAACAUAGAAAAAUAGAAUGUGACAGCAGAUAAAAGCCAUUCGGACCAUCUAGUCUGCCCAAUUUUCUAAAUACUCUCAUUAUUACCUGGCCUUAUCUUAUAGCUAGGAUACCCGCUUGCUUUCCCUUUCAUCAUUGAGUUUCCAGAAGUGCAGAGUUGCCGCCAUGCAGGGGCACCACUGAUGGCUAGAGCAGACAGAUGACGCUCUAAACCGUAGCUCUCCAUAGUGGCUCUUCAUGCAAAAAAAAGUACAUGCUCUGAAUUCGUAAAACUGGUCCUUUAAAUUUCAAAUUCACUCUGAAUUCUCAGCAAUUCUCACUGUAGUAAAACCCAUGGAAGCUGAUUAUUUGACAAACAAUACAGAAAGAUCACAUCCCUGGAGGACAGAAAGAAUUGGGUCAAGCGCACACAUAUAUUGGGACUUUGGAUGAUCUGAAAUACAUUCUUAUCAGAGGCUUUUUUUAAAUUUUAUUUAUAAAUUCCCUUGGUCACAAAACAGGCUGUUUACCAAGCAGAGGCUGUUUACCCAGGGGGCAGCGUUUUUAUUUAUUUUUUUAAAUUGUCCGCUUCUGAGAAACAGCUGCAAAAUAUUCCCCGAGACCAAAUUGCUUUGAGAAUAAACAGCUGUUUAGCUGGAUCCUUUCAUAAAAGUACAAAAGCAUGGAGUGAGGGGAGAAGAGGAACCGCUGUGUUAAUUUGUCAAAAAUCCCAGUUGCAUUUGUUAACUCUGUCAGACAAAAAAAAAACCUUAACGCUGCAAUGAAUUGGGCUAAUUUGCUACGAGAUCUGUGACCUGGGGGCACAGCAAUACCUGUGGCAACCGUCAUUCGCUUGUAUUGCCCAAACCAUACCAAUAAUUCACCCACCUUCCUCCCAAAUCACUUUAUACAUUCAUGGAUAUAAACCAUGUAUUAUUGAUGAAACAGAAUGCUACAACGUCCAUAGAGGCUAUGUAUAAAGGCCUAUUCUGGGGUACCGCAGAUACGAUCAAACUCUUUGGGAUGUUUCUUCUGAUACACUCAUUAUCUUUUUGACAAAGAAUAGCUUUUUAUAUACAUAAACAGUUGACAGACUGACUGCAAAAAAGAGAGUAUAUAUAUAUAUAAAUAUAUAGAACAUUUUUACAUACUACUAUUCACUGUUUCACUGUAAAAUGUGGGCUUGAAUUUUUUCUACAUAGCUACAAGUCGCACCUUUUUUAUUUUACCUAAAAGCCGUUAUUGGAUUCCUUUAAUGUACGGACCUGGCCAAUAAUAUUUCAUGUUCAUUGUCUUUAUAGGGGGUUUAUAUAUAUUAAAAUGACCAUGUUCUGUCACUUACAGAGAAAGAAGAAGUGAUUUUUAUAAGUGAUAUUUUUUAACUAAAGUUUGCUCUUGAUUACGGUGCUUGGAGUCCUCUGGCAUUGCCCCGUGGUAAGAUUUGAUCUGACCAGAGUACUUAAAGUGUUCCCAUGUAGUUUUAUCUGGCCUUGGACACCAUUUCUUUGCUGAGAGUGUUAGCUCUCCUAUUCAAAUAUUUUCAGGAGAUUCCCCUUGUGAAAAUACUUAAGUAGGUUCCGCACGUGAUAAUCUCUAAUGUGUUUAUUCCUUGCUCUACAAGUUGAGUGUCUGUCCAAUAUCUAGUGUCAGAAGCCGAGGAGAGACUCUUUGGAGGGAUUGUUCCCUUUAAGAGUACGUUUAACGAGAGACAAUAAAUCUGCAAUGUUCCUUCUAGAUAAAUUAGCGACUGUUUAUAGUGCCUGGCAUUUGCUUAUAAUAAAACUGUCUGGCUCUGGUGGAGGUAUAUACAGUAGCUGUGACAUCACGCAACGGAUGGAGAUUAAUGGGGAUAUAAACAGACCGAGUGUACUAUUUCAGGUGUCGGCUAAUAACAUGCUCACUUAAGUAAAGCCAGGCCUGUAACAUUACCAUUUAUCAUUCUAAUUGUGUCAUUAGAAUAACGGGGAAAUUACCAGACAGAAAUGGUACCAUCUGGAAUGGGAGUCGGCUGGCCUCCAUGCUUUUAAUUCCUCCAGCCAUUCCUUUAUCUGCCCAAUAAAUAACCCAAGGUUUUGUCUCCUGACGACUAUGAUAAUUACGCCCUCGUAGUUAUUCUGUUUGUUUGCUUUUUACCAACCUCAAAAUUCUCAUUUCCGUUUAGAAAGUUCUCCAGCUGUACAAAGGGAAAGAUAAUGUUUUGGUGGUGAGACAUACAAUGAUAAAUUCUUGCACCGAUGGGGCCGUUAUGAGGACAUCACAACUGCAAACCCUACGCUGUCUUGGACAAGUCACUUGGGUCUGCAUGCCUAGACAAUUAAUCACUGGCUAGGCAGCCCCCGUGCCCCAAUUCACACACACACUUUCAAAUUGUAACCUGCCCUGCUCUAAGCCUUCCAGGUGUUCCAGGAAGUUAAAGGUCUUAAAUCUUACUGUCAAAAAAAUCAAACUUACUGUCAGCAGGAUUCACUUCAAAUGUCCUCCAUCCCAGAGUCUACUUCCUUCUUAUGAGACUCUAGAUAUUCCUAAAUGUAUGAUGUUUUAUAAUAUCAAGUUACAGAGGAGAUAUUCAAUGAUUCCAGUUAGUAGAAAAAUAAAUAGCUAAACAUAUAUGUUUGAAUAGUUCGUUCCUGUUAAAACAGCCACGCCACUGUGCUCCAAACUAAAUAAUACAGCGACCCGCUAUGGUGUUUAGGACAGAAUGAAACAGAGUCGUGGGAAUUUAAUAGACAAGAGGAAAAAAAAUGUAUAACCUAUUUUAAAUAAGAGUUUUUUCCUAAUUGACUUUACAUAUUAAAAUCUUUGUUCUGGCAGUGCAUGAUCCGUUCACCAAGAGCCAUUCAUCAAAAAAGUUGGAGUUAAAAUUAAAUUCUUGAAACUGUAGAAGGGGUAGCUUACAUUGCUCAGAACAAUUUAGUGGUAGUUAGUGGGAGUAGGGGAAAAUCAAGGUGACGUAAAUAGAAAUGAUAUUAAACUAUUGUCCAUGGUUAGGGAAGAUCUUUCCAUUUCACUAUUAGCCUUUUUAGCAGUUAAUGGCUUAAACAGAAGGUAUGAAAUGAAUGAGCUAACAGGCCGUUUCUUUUUAUGUCUUUCAGAUCGCGAGGACCAAUCGAUUCUUUGCACGUAAGUUAAGACUUCCUCUUUCACAGAAUGUGCAUGCGCACUCUAAUGUGUAAUAUCAGUGAGAACGGGAAGUAAUCUAACCCAGAAUAAUUGCACGAGUCUUCUUUUUUUUUUUCUUCAUCUUUUCUUCUUUAUUUUCGUUUAAAUCCGUCAAGUAAGAUUUUGCUACAGUGACUGGUUACUAUUGCAAUUUCCCCAUGACCACUGUAGAUCAUAAACUGGGGCUUGCUUGAGCAACCGUUCUUUAAAUUUGUGGAUUUCUAUCAAGGUUUGUUUACCUGUAGCUUUCUGCCUGCUUGUUAAACAUUAACUCUCAUCAUCUGUAAUGUGACAGGAGCUCUAAUUAAGAUGUGUGGGGGGGGAUGUCCAAGAAUGUUUUGUGUAGCUGUUAACUCUUCUAUAGCUCAUUCUCCUACUGCGAGAAUGUUCCAGCUCCAUUUGGCAAAACAAACACCCCAAAAUGUUUUAACUCUUAACUCUGUUUCAUAAAUAACAUUGGGGCACAAUUUUCUUGUUAUUACUGGAAGCAAACAUUCCAAUGGGGAGGCGGGGUGCGGGGGGGUGAAGGGGUGGAAGAGGGGUAUUUACGACUGGUAACAAGGUGGCUGAAUUUUUUUUUACAAUGUGGAAAAGUGUUUUUGUAAUCUAGGGGUGACAUGUCUUAGUCAUGACGGUUCAAGAUCUGUCAUAAGAGAGCUUUGUGAAAUGUAGAGAACCCAAGAAUGGGCUUGCUGUCUCAGAUACGAUAGCAAGAGGCAGAUGUAUACCCAGCGCCAAAUUCUUUUCUGCUUGUCCACAUUCCAAGGUGCUUAGGUGUCCCUGUUAAACCAUCCUGGCUAGCAGUGUAACCCCUUCAUUCAGGGACUGGCAUCCUGCUUGGGCUCCAGUUACAGUGAUUUGCAACCGCUGCUUCAAAGCUCAAAUAAAUUCCAUUUCAACUAAUCUUUCAGGAAUUUUUCUUUUAUUAUUUUCAUUAAAAGGAUUUUUAUUUUAUGCAAAAGUAGGAUUUAUUAUCUGUUUGUUUUUGGAAAGCAGCCAAAUACCUCAUCCCUUUCGUCUGCUGUUCUCCUGGUCCAAAUAUCAAUCACUUUGUUUAGCACCAAAAAAAAAGCCAAAUUUGACAUUUCAAGCACAAGGGCCUGACUAUAAAAGGAUGGUUUGUCAGCACUGGGCAGAGAAGACUGGUUGACGUGAAUCUCGAAACAAGACGCCCAACCCAUUAUUGAAAUGACUAUGGCAAAUACCAUUCAUAUCCGGAUUCCGGAUUCCUCGUGCCAACUUCCUGACAUUCCACAAGCAACUGCUUAAAUAUAAAUGGGAGGGGUCUCUGAAAUUGAAUUGCGAUUUAAAAAUGGAAAAUAGAACUGCAUACACCAUUUUCCAGUUUUUAAAGUCAUAUUGUAUUAAAUAUAAAAAUAAUUUUCUGUGCUAAAAGGGGCACAGUCAGUAGGAGCAUUCCCUUGAUUACCAUGGUUAUUGCCCUGCAUUUAGAACUCUGACCCAGAAUUGCUAUUUAGACAUUUGAUCCACAGGAGAUGGCCAAAAGGUACUCCUGCUUUUACUACAUUCUAUUUAGUUGAAUUGCACUUUUAUGUUCAACACUAACGUUACGCUCAAAUAGACAGACAAACAAAAACACACCCAUAUACAGUAUUUCUUCCUGUCUCUACUGUAUCUAUCACAAACCAGAUCAACCUGUCAUUGUGCCAGCCUGGCUGCCUGGUUUGAUUUAAAAAAACAAAAUACGGUAAAUAAUAUCAGCCCAGAUCCAUCCAACCUUGGACACCUUUGAUAGUCUAUGAGCAGAUAAGCCGAGAACGUCCUCAGUCAUUGUGCAAGUGGCAGACAUGGUGCUUGGCUAUGUACUACUGGGAUAGCCCUGUUUUUUCUCAAAUGUCUUAAAAAGGCCUAGAGAAAACGGGCAUAGUUAUAAGCAAUACUGUGAUUUGUAGUGGUUUUGGUACUUCUGGUGUUACCUUAAUUUCUAUUUUGCAAAAGAAAGCUGGUCUCCAAGAAGCAAGCCAUAAAACACGUCUUUGACUUUGACUCCAGGUUUUAUUUUAUUUUUUUAUUUGGUAACCGUGAUGGAGCAUCUGCCUUUUAUGUGCUGUCCACUUAUGUUAUGUUCUGUACUUUUACCAAAUUAAGACCCACAACCCUGGUAAGUUAACAUACAUAAGAUAAAUAUCCCUGGAUAAACAAAUCUCUUGUGUAUAUUUUUAGGGGUGAAUCCGGAGCAGGGAAGACAGAAAAUACCAAGAAAGUGAUUCAAUAUUUAGCACACGUUGCGUCCUCCCACAAGGGGAAGAAGGAUCACGCCAUUCCUGUAAGUUUCCAUGGAAUUGGGGCGCCCCGGUAGCUGUUAUUCUUUAUCACCUCCUCCCCAGAAGGCAAACAAAUGUCUUGAAGGGAAUGUACCCUCCAAGGAAGCGAAGAGCAACAGAUCUGCUUCAAAAAUCUAAACAGAACCGUUGGCCUUUUAUGAAUCCUGACCUGGAAAGGCUGAUAUUCUGGGAAGUUAAAGAAACAGUUUGGAACUUGGUGCCUUGAAAGAGUAGAAUAAUUCAGACUGUAUAAUAAUAGAGUAUUUAACUGGUAAACCUGCUGGACAUAGAAUCUGUGACCUAGGAGUUUGUGAGCUGACAAUCAGUGCAUUAACCAUCUGAUGUAAUCUCACUGGCUGAAUGAUGCAAUCCCAAACAGAAUAAAAUAUAAAUAAGGAAUCUCCCAAGCUGUCAGGAAGUACCACUCCCAUGAACUCUGGUCAGACUUUGGUAGGUUGUAGACUGGCUGAGAUUCUUGGUAGUUGUAGUUCAGCAGUCAAUGGAGCACUGCCGGUGGCAUUCCUUAUUGAGAUCCUUCUCUGUACUUCUAAACCAUAAUUAAUUCUAAUAUGAUAUGUCCUAGCACCUCAUCCCAUGUAGAUAUAUUAACCUACUGUACCCUUAAACGCACUGUAAAUGUUUCUAUGUUAGGCGUGAUAGAAACAUGUACCCAGUAUGCUUUUUGCCACAUUAAUGGUAUGUGUCGCAGCCAAGAGAGGAUUGAGAUAUUAACUGCAUCCUACUAACUUGUGUUUAUUUGUUUGCUGCAAACAGACCGAAUCUCCUAAGCCCAUCAAACAUCAGGCAAGUGGAUUUCCUAAUACUUACAAUAUACAUCUUUCUCUCGCUCUGCUCUGACCUAACUUCUGACUCUCUUCCCCUUUCUCUAGCUCUCCAUACCCUCUGUCCUAGUCUGACCAAUCGACCCACUCAUUCCUAGUCUGACCUAUCGUCCCGUUCUCUGUCCUAGUCUGACCUAUCGUCCCGUUCUCUGUCCUAGUAUGACCUAUCAUCCCGUUCUCUGUCCUAGUCUGACCUAUCGUCCCGUUCUCUGUCCUAGUCUGACCUAUUGUCCCGUUCUCUGUCCUAGUCUGACCUAUCGUCCCGUUCUCUGUCCUAGUCUGACCUAUCGUCCCGUUCUCUGUCCUAGUCUGACCUAUCGUCCCGUUCUCUCUCCUAAUCUGACCUAUCGUCCUGUUCUCUGUCCUGGUCUGACCUAUCGUCCCGUUCUCUGUCCUAGUCUAACCUAUCGUCCCGUUCUCUGUCCUAGUCUGACCUAUCGUCCCGUUCUCUGUCCUAGUAUGACCCAUGGUCUUACUCUCUGUCCUAGUCUGACCUAUGGUCUCACUCUCUGUCCUAGUCUGACCUAUGGUCUCACUCUCUGUCCUAGUCUGACCUAUCGUUUCACUCUCUGUCCUAGUCUAAUCCAACAUCUAACCCUACCUCUGUUCUAUAACCUCUGACUCUCUUCCCCUACUCUGACUGGUAAUAUAAUUCUCCAGUCAUCUAUUCACAUUCUCAGACUCUCUUCCACCCCACUCUGUCCUCAUUUCUAUCUUUAAAUCUAAGACCUAAGUGACCCUCACAAUGUGUACUGAUUUAUUUUAGAAGUUUAAAAAUGUAGCAUGUAUCCAUUGAUAUUAUAUUUUGUAGUCUACUAACUCAUUUUAUUUAAGAAAUGUAUUUUCUAAAGACUAACUCCAGGCAGUACUAAUCCAAUUUAUGGUAUGGCAGCUGAUCCUUGGCACUGAUUCCAGCUGCUCUUUUCGUAGAUUAUAACGUAUGUUUUAAUCGUACUUUAUUCCUAUAUAAGGACCAGACUCAUUAUUUUUUUAUAAAACCUGUCUUCGGGUAGCCCCCUACAGUCUUAAGUUUAAGGAUUGCCCACUUAUAUUCCUGUGACUAUUUUACUAAAGCCUGUGGUAUGUUUUGGACUUAUUUAAGAAGCUGUGCCCUCUUUGUCAUCACGCUCAUAAAGCAGAACUUUCACUUCCCUGUGACUGUUUCUCAAUCCCUCACCCCAGUAAAUUUUAUUGAAAUGCUUAUUGGGAUGAACAGUGCAGCAGAUGUAAGACUAAUAAAAUAAAAUACUUCUGCCCUACGUCCAGGGCGACAUAAUCACCCCACUAAUCUCCGGGCAAGCUCGUAAACACUUGGGCAUUUGCUUAAAAAAAUAUAAUUUGCCCUUAUGCAUUCAGAGCAUUAUGGAAUACAUUUCUGUAUGGUAGGGGGGUUGCACAAACCCUAGCUAAUGGCUUGUUACCUAUUUGGAUUUAAAAAAAGCUAACCGGUGACUGUUCGGUUUUCAGGUAGGCCAGAUAGGAUGUUAAAUAGAGCUUUACCCUGAGGCCAUGGGAUGGGAAUCCUCUGCCUUUAGUUUAAGUGACAGGCUACGGACACACUGGACGUCUAUCUUAGUACCUUCAUACCAGGUGUUUCCCAGGCAGCUCAGUGUUGAGAUUCUUCUGCUGUGCCGGAGCCUCUGUAUAUUAUUCUAACCCCUUUUGUUGAAUUUGGUAUAGUGUGCUGCAUAAAUCAUAACCAUUAACUUAUUUUUUUUUUCCCACUGUCAUUUUGUUAAACUACAGAGUGGAUCCUUGUUGUAUGUGAGUAGCAUGUAGCUACCCCCACCCUGCACUCCAACCCUCAUUCUGUUUAAUUUCUCACUACCCUGCACUCCAACCCCCAUUCCAUUUAAUUUCUCACUACCCUGCACUCCAACCCUCAUUCCAUUUAAUUUCUCACUACCCUGCACUCCAACCCCCAUUCCAUUUAAUUUCUCACUACCCUGCACUCCAACCCUCAUUCCGUUUAAUUUCUCACUACCCUGCACUCCAACCCUCAUUCCGUUUAAUUUCUCACUACCCUGCACUCCAACCCUCAUUCCGUUUAAUUUCUCACUACCCUGCACUCCAACCCUCAUUCCGUUUAAUUUCUCACUACCCUGCACUCCAACCCUCAUUCCAUUUAAUUUCUCAUUACCCUGCACUCCAACCCUCAUUCCAUUUAAUUUCUCACUACCCUGCACUCCAACCCUCAUUCCGUUUAAUUUCUCACUACCCUGCACUCCAACCCUCAUUCCGUUUAAUUUCUCACUACCCUGCACUCCAACCCUCAUUCCGUUUAAUUUCUCACUAUCAAAGUUCACAGACCCUCAUACCUUAUUCCUAUCUCCCACCUAUCUCCCCCCAUUUCUCCGCAGCCCAUAUUUCCAUUUAAUGCUUCUGCAUGACUCUCCUAGGCCCCUGCCUAAUGUUACCCGUGCCUUACCUUUCCUGCUGCGCAGUACCUGUUUGGGAAAGCUUUGGGCGUGGGAUUUUAAGUACUAAGUGGUGCUAUAGUAUAACACCGGCAGACCAUUUACAUAAAAUAUAUAGUAAAAUAGCAUUUCUUACGUUUACUAUUUAAUACUGGCAGCCCUUUUAUUUAACUUUAGUCUAUAUUAUUUCACUAUAUUGAAGAGGCCGUACUGUUUCAACUAUUGUUUAAUCUAAAUAAAUGCACACAUAGAAGGAAGAUCAAAGAUAGAAUAACAAUGUAAGGAACAUGACAAUGUUUACUUAAAAGGGACACUAUGGUCACCAAAACGUCUUUAGCUUAAUUAGAUGGUUUUGGUGUAUAGAUCAUGCCCUUGAAAUCUCACUGCUAACUUUUCUGCAAUUUAGAAGUAAAAUCAGUUUGUUUAUAAAGCCCUAGUCAUUCCUCCCUGCAUGUGACUUGCACAGCCUUCCUUAACACGUCUUUUUAAACUUUUGUUUUAUUGCACAGUCUGUUUAAUUAUAAUGUAUUAUCUCCUGCUCUUUUAUUAGCUUUCUGGACCUUGCAGAAGCCUCCUGUGUGUGAUUAAAGUUCAAUUUACACAUCAGGAGAUAACUUACUUUAGAUGUUUUUAACAUCUGAUUCGAAAAUCAAAAAUGUGUCUGUCACAGCCAGGACAGGUGUGGAUAGGGCUGCAUAAACUGAAAGUAAAGUGGUUUAACGCCUAAAUUAUAUAAAAUUCAGCAUUGAAACUACAUGGGUUUGAUCUAUACAACUAGCUCAUUAAGCUCAUUAAGCUAGUUGUUUGGGUGACUAUAGUAUCCCUUUAACUCCAGGAAGUCCGUCAUUUAUAGCAGAGUGGCAACUGUCCUUGUUUCAUCCCAAUGUGUCCCUGUUCUGGUUAGUGGCCAUGAUGUGAAGUCUAUUAUCUUUUAAGAUAAGCCAUAGUUAAACCUAAGCUUUCUACACAUCUAUGUACAUUGCCCCAUUCUGGGGCUUUUAAUACACGUACAGAUUUAUUUUUUGUGUGAAAUCUGCAUCAGUCCUAAUAUGUGUCCUAAGGUGUUUUAUGCUGUAACCCCAUUCAGGAAGCAUACGCUGCUCUUUCUCUCUCUCUCUUUUUAUUUUGCCCCUCUCCACAGCCCAUGCUAUGCCAAUUAUUUACCCAUAAUCCACAGUGCUCACCUGUAUUUUAGGUCAGCACUAUUGUUGCACACAAACCAAUCCAGCCUGAGGGCAAGUUGGUGUCACGGCACAUGGUGUUAAAGAGACAAUGUUGGUUCUUCGUAGUUUUUACAGUGAUUCCGGUGUUAUGGUGCCUCUGUUUAACGCUACCCCGGUUUACUCAUUGCCAAGAAGAGAGGGUACAAAGAAAGUCAACAACAAAAACUACUCUUAAAUCUUGUCCUUCUUUUUCCACCAAAACAGGACAACGACUUGCUGUCUGGGAAUGUGUAGGACAUUAGUAGGGGGGCAUUGAUAGUCCUUUUUUAAUUCUAGAAGCUUUAUAGCAUUUGUUAAUCUGUGCUUUGCGUUAUAAGCUUUGUGUCCUUUAUUUUUAUUUUUUUAAGAUUUAGAGCAUACAUUUACAAGAUAUGGUUAUAUGAAGUGUUUUUGUCACUAUAUAACAGAAUUAUUUUAUACAAAAUGCAUCUCAGUAGUCCUUUAAUAAGUGCUUUAAAUGGUUCCAGGCAUCAGCCAGGUUAAUUAAACCCUACCGUAUCUAGCCGUUUAAAUUGGGUUCCAAAAAACAAGAUCUCUCGACCUGUAGCUGUAAUUGGAAUCCAGAAACUGAUUGUAUUAAUUAUAGAACUUUUUAAGCAUCAGAGACUUUCUCUGCAAAUCGGAGACGCUCCUACACAUAUUCAAGGGUCAAAGCACGGACUCACUUUAAACAUUGAGCAGUAUGUUCAUUCCUAGGGAGGUAGACAUUGGGCCGGGUAGGUACCUCUGCUCUGUCACCAUUAAAGGUCUUGUCCUUUUUUGUUCUGUAGGGUGAGUUGGAACGACAGUUGCUCCAGGCCAAUCCCAUCCUGGAGUCCUUUGGAAACGCCAAGACUGUAAAGAAUGACAAUUCCUCUCGUUUUGUAAGUAAAACAUUAUCGUCUUGUGUCUUUAUCUUCACUUGUGAUGUGCCCGAUCUCAGAAUGGACAAACCUGACAUUGAAGUCUUUUAAUCUCAGUAAAUUGCAUCACCUGUACCAUAGAGAAUUCAGAAUGUAAUUUUCGGGUCACUAAGAAAGAGGAAAUCCAGGGGACAAAGCUUAAAGGGCACCUGUUAUAACUAGAAUUGCUUGGUAUUGUUUGAGACUAAAUUAACAUUUGUAUAUUCGUUACCUGAAUUGUAAGCAAAUGUAUAGAUGAAGUUAAUCCCACAACUCUUAGCCUAUUUCUAAAAUAGAAAUCUUGACAUUGAAAAAUACUCUACAUUAACCAUGACAUACAAAUAGCAGCUCUGGUCCAAAAUUCUAAAUAUGGAACAGUGUAGUGUGAAACAUUCUUUACCGUUUAUGUUUUUAGGUUUGCUCCAGAGUUGCUCUUUACACAAAACCAUACAAAAUUUUAACACCUAAAAAACCAACGAGUAUUCCCCGGCCCCCCCCCCCCUCCCCCCCCCCCCACAUAGCACUAACAGGUGCUUGUCACCUUUGUUCGACAAAUUUAAAACAGGUCCCACCCUCCACUUACUUUCCCCUCUUUCUCUUCUUUCUCUCUCUGUUUGCUAGUCCAGUCCAGGAACAGGACUGGUCGACGUUGUUAGAUAUCUGACGUAGAAAAUAGCUGGCGUACAAUACAGGGGGCAUCUGCUGAUACCCCUGAGUAGCGGCAGAUGCUCCACCCUUAUGCUGUGGAAUGCUUUAUGGUUCUGUGAAGUUAUCACUGCAUACUUAAACGCAUGUCUGGUAUUCUGGCAAUGUCAAUCUUAUUUCAAAACCCCUUGAUGACCGGCCAAAUUUUAAUUACUUGUGUAGAAUAUGCAUCGUUCAAAGGCAUGUUACCUUCCCCUUUUCACUAACGUGGGAUAUUGUAUUGCACUAUAACUGACUUUUGCACAAGUCAUGUGGCUACUGUUAUGUUCGCUGACUCUGUCAAGAUGAAAAAAUAAAGAAUUUAAAAAAAAAAUGAGUAUAAAGAAAAUGCCAUACGUUAUAUAUUUAUACUUGAGAAAAUUUAAGAAUAACACUCAAAAUAAAGAAAGAUGUUUAUGGUAACAAGAAAUCUAGAAAACCAUGCUUGAUUUUAAAAUAUUGUAAGAAGCCCAAGAACAAUCAGAGGUUGACAAGUUUCCCGUCUCCUUUGUUUGGUAAAAACCCCAUGCAUUUCUCUAUUGAUUAGUUGUGUGAAACAUUUUGAAAGGGCUUUAUGUAUGUGACCAUUAAAGCACAAUUACAUCAUUUUAUUCAAAGGCAAAACUCUGAAUGCAGGGCUCAUGUUUUGUGUUAGGAAUAGCAUGUUUAAUUAUACAUCUCCCUAUAGUGCAGGUUAUUACUGGAACAAAGCCCUGUGUCAGCAUUAUCCAGCCAUAUAUAAUUCAGCAGCAAGGGCUGAGCGUAGAGCCUGGGAAUCUAAUUUAUCCUUUUAGGUUAUAAUACAACUUAUGAAGUUUUCCCACAAAAUGGGAUUUUAUGUGUUUAAAAAAAUCCCUUUAAGGGACACUGUAGGCACCCAGACCACUUGAGCUCAUUGAAGUGGUCUGGGUGCAGUGUCCCAUCACCCUUAACCCUGAGUAUGUAAUUAUUGCAGUGUUUAUAAACUGCAAUAAUUACAUACUAGGGUGAACUCCUCCUCUAGUGGCUGUCUACCAGACAGCCACUAGACGGACUUCCGGGUGGAUAGGCGACUUUUGUUCGCCUAAAUGACGUUGGACAUAAAGCGUCACCAGAAUCCCCAUAGGAAAGCAGUGAAUAAUGCUUUCCUGUGUGGAAAUCCUAAUGCUAGCAUGGCCAUUGCCACGCAUGCGCAUUAGGUCUUCUCCGCAGGCUGACGUCGGCAGGAGAGGAGUGUGGGCGGAGCCGAGCCAGCGCCGAGGGACAUGGGCGCUGGACCCAGGUAAGUGACAGAAGGGGUUAUUAGAGUAAUGGUAAUAAGUGGAUCACUUGACAGAGGGCGAAGCUAAAGUUUCCCUUUAAUUUCUUGUCGAUGCAGCCUUGAAUUAGAUAAUCCUGCUCUAUCAUAACAGGCUGCAAUUCUCCUUCACCUAAAGCAUUGCUCUGCACACCAGAUUUUUAGGACAACCAUGUGAUCCAUUUAUUACCAUUACUCUAUUGGAGCAAAAUAGAGUAAUCCCUAAAACAUUACUUAUUAUUCUCCAAGAGCCUUGAUAAACCCCAUUUUAUAGGGUCAGAGGGGUCUGAUAUGUAUAACUGUCCAUUGCUCGUUGCUUUUGAUGGGCAUUUGACAUAUGUAAAAUAGGCCUGUCUUUAGACAACCUUAGAGAACUGCAUGUCCAAGAAAUGCAUCGGGUUUAAAUAGACGUAUACCCGUACCGGGUUGUUCAUUGAAGUACGCAUGCAAAGUGAGUUCAAGGUGAAUUUCUAACUUAAGGCCAACUGGAAAAAUUCCAUCUUUGCUUUAUUUCAGCUACUCCGACCUCUGAAAUGCACUUUGAAUUCUCAUGUUAGUGAAUUGCCCUUAUGGUCUCUUAAAUACACUGCUGAAUUGAUCAAUUAUUUACACCACUGAAAAAUUAUCAAUGUCUGGUGGUGCACAUUACAGGUCCUCUGGCUUCCAGCCCCAUUUUCCGUUUUUAUUUCCUCUGAGACGGGCUCUCUGGGGUGGGGAAUCAGUCUAGAAAUAUUUUUCCUGAUUUGAUCCAGUGAUGGUGAGUUGACCUCCAUCUUGCAUUAGAAAGAAAAAGGACAAGUUUCCGCAUUAUGGCCACAAACUGGCUGUGCUUGUAGACCUUGAUCCUGAUAUAGAAGACACCUCCUCCCCCCAAAAAUUAUUUUGAAUGUUGAAGUAGCAAAGUCUGACUUGAAUGUUUUAAAAUGUUCACACACUCAGCUUUAGAGACGUGAAUAAACAAAAAUAAGCUGUGCUAAUUUGAACAGAGUGGAACAGAGUCCCCCCCGGCUAUGCUUGAUCCGGAACAGCAGGGUUAGGUGGUGUUUGUAAGCAUUGGGCUUCUCACUAAGUGUUGGCUAUUAAUACGCUAUUGUGGUUGUCUGGCUCCUCACAGGUAAUCCCCCCUCACAUGCUAUGCCUGUCUCACUUGUCCUCACAGCACCUGAUUAGCUAAAUGUGUUGCAAAAUGCUGGCCAGAUAUAGGAUCUGUGGUUACGUUGCGUGUUUGUUAUGAGAUCAGCUUCAAGCUAUGAACACAGGGUGAGAUUGGUGCCCCCUAGCGGCAGACCAAGUGUAGCAUUCCUGGAAUUGCUAAAUUAGAAUUGGCCAUUAUUAGUAUUGUGUUAUUCUGUACUUUAACAAACCGUGUAAUUCUGAAUUCCUAAAACGGGUAUCUUGAAAUGAAGGUGGUCUAAUAUUGUUAUAAUAUGCAGGGAUUUGUUCCGUUUGGCCCCUACAGUAGUCUAGUGAUGGUGUAGUAUAGCAUUUGCAGGCAAUAAUGUGGGUGAUGUAUAUUGUGGUCUAGUGCUUUUCUGUACAGCCAUUGGUAACUGGUAUGAAUUUUACAGUGGUACCUCACCUGCUCUGUGAAUGACUGGGUGACUUUGCUACCCUGGUAGUAAAUGGGAACACAUGUCACCCUGGGAGUUUGGAACGUGCCUCCCCAAUCCGGAGAAUGAAUGAAGGGUGCCCCAUAUGCCCUGGGAAUGAAUGGAGAUUCAAUUUUUGCCCCGGGAAUGAGUGGACAAUCACACAGGCAAACAUGUUGUUUCAGUGUUUAGUUUAAUUGCUUGCUACGUUUGACUGUGUUUUGAAACUGUCUCUUUAAUUUUUCUGUUUCAGGGCAAAUUCAUCCGAAUCAACUUUGACGUGACUGGUUACAUUGUGGGGGCCAAUAUAGAGACCUGUAUCCUUGCGUAAUCCUCUGGCCACAGUCCCAUCAUACACCCUGUCCACCACCUCUAACGUGGCCUCUGAGCCCCGUGGAAUUCAGGAAAUAGCAGUGGGGAGCAGAGGCAGAUUUCAGGCAUUGGAUAAACUCUGAUUUCCUGUUCUCUUAACUUUGUUUAAACACACAGCUGCCAAAUUGGGCUGGCCUUCCAGAUCUGUGGAAUCUGUACAAAAGAUACCUAUUUUAUUGGAGGCCCCUCUGGCACGAAUAAGGGUGAUUUAGUCAGAAUCCAUUUAUCAGCCCACUGAUAUGACUCAUUGUGAAACUUCCCAGUCUUAUUUUAUAAUUUCUCAUAUUUUUAGAUGUGCUUGCCUUGCAAGAAUUUUGAGGUUAGUAAUUGCUGUGCUCCAAUGCUCAAAGGCAAUAUUUGUAUUCUCUUAUUUCCAGAUCAUAUGCAUGACUGUGUGUCUUUAGUUACCCAACGCGUUUCUUUGUUGUUGCUUGUUCCUGUGUAAAGUUCCAGUAUGGUCAGAGUUCAGUUUCAUUUUGAAUUUUACAUUUGAUUACAGGUAAAAAGGUAUAGGUGGGUGUAGGAUCAACUGGAACUAUACAAAAAACCAUUAUUAAAAAAUACAUAAGAUACACAAUGGGAAACUGGAUUGGAAGAACAUUUUAAAGUGGAACUAUCAUCUGAAAAAUUACAUCAGUUUGAAAGAACAGUAAAUUCAUAACAAUUAUUUUCUUGUAAGAACAACGUAGUAGCUUAUCCAGAAUUAACACGUGAAGAUCUGUUGUUUUGUUGUUUUUUUAGCAUAGACACAGUUAUCUUUGAAUUUCAUCUCACUUUUCAAACCAUCAAUAUCAUUUACUUAUGGGGGAAAUAUUUUUAAAAAAAAUCAAGGCUGCAAAAAGCAUGUGAUAUUAAAGAGCACCCCCCUUGCCUUUGGGCCUUUGGUUCUUUAAACUAACUAUACCCAAUCUAUACCCAAUAUUAGAUGCAAAUUUUUAUUUUUUAUAAAACCAAAUCAUUUUAGAAAUAAUCACCCCAAGUUAUAGGCAACUUUUAAAAUGGUAAAAUACUGUAUGAUGGUAGAUAGACUUUUUUCUCUAAUGACAAAACCACAUCUCUAUGAGAAUUCAUAAAUAAUUCCGGGCUGAUAAUUCAUACUAACUGAGAAAGUUAUUGAGAAAUUGGUUUUAUUAAUACUAGAAAUUAAAUAUCCUUUUUAAUAAAUACGUUCAGAGCUAAAUAUUGAACUUCUGUCUUGCGUGUAAAGAUGAAUGUUAUCUGCUGCUUCACAUUGCUGCACAGCCUGUGAAAGAUCCUUAACCACAAUUUGCAGAUCUGUUGGAAAAGUCUCGAGCGAUAAGACAAGCCAAGGAUGAAAGGACCUUUCAUAUCUUUUACCAGCUGCUGGCUGGUUCAGGGGAACACCUAAAAUGUGAGUAUUCAGACUACCCCCUAAGCAAGUAUCCGAGAACCAUUCUGUGCACACUUUUCUGUUGCUGAUGAGAACCUAGACAUCCUUCUGUCUAUAAAAUAAACUCUUUCAUUUUUCUUGGGGUAACUAUUACAGAGAAACCAGGUUCCUCCCAGUGCUUCUCUUUUAACUCAGAAAUUUGCCUUAAUGUUAUUGUCAUUGCCUGUCCUUCUCUAGCCUGAUAUUAGAGAGGUUAUAGAAUAGUCAUAAGACAUGCAUUUAUUCAUAGUGUGUCUCAAACGGAGCUGUGAUUUGUGUAACUAAUCACAGUAAAGCAGGAACUGUAAUAUUAUAUAAUCCAGUCACUUAUGAGACAGCCUUCAAAAUUGCACAGUUCAAGUGCUGAUUGAUACCCUUACAAAUGGCAGGUCAGCAAAGAGCAUUCAAGGAUAUGCUGUUGUCAAGCGGAGAAUCUGACAUUAAGACCGGAAUUGCUGGGGGAGGGACCUGUUACUCUGCUUCAGUUCCCUAAUGAACCGUGAAAAAGAUUAAUUGAAUAAAAAAUAUUGGAGUUUCUUUGAAAUCUUGUGUUUCUGUAGAUGUUUGCAAUUUAAGUGAUUGCAGAGGAGGACUCCAGUAAGGUGGCAUCGUUUAUCUCGUUAACAGAUAAUACGACCGUUAGAUUUAAUCAGCUUCCUUGUAAAAUGGAGUGUAAGGAAGAUUAUGGUAAUUUAAACUCCCAUUUAUACAUUUCCUAAUAAAAUAAUCGGACUUCCUGUUCAAGUAUCCAGUGCAUCCAGUCUGUAUUCUGAAGCCUCACAUGUUGUACUAGUGGUCCAACACAUUCAGGAACUGAGAAUGUAAAGAAUAACUAGGGCCUAACACUUUUGUUGCCUACUAAAGGUGUAAAAGGCAGCAAAUCUAUGUGUCAGACAGAACAUUCCAAUGUACCCUGUAAAUCUUCUUAAUAAUCCAUCUACAACUGUUUUCAUAUGACCUUAAUCACUCAUUAAACAGCAUUUUGUUUUUUUUUAUAUCUGUUUAUACAAAAUGGGAUGAUCUCAUGAUUGUGUCUGUGCCAGGCGCAGAGCAAGGCAGAGAACUGGGUGAGUUUGCAUUACCCUGUCCGAUUCUCCCUGCAUGACUCGCUCACAAAUCAGUGGUGCUCCCUUCCCCUUCCCCCAUGCUUUGCCUGGCAGAGCCAUUUACGGUGGCAGCCAUCGGGGCAAAGAAUGGGUUGUUUCGUCAUUGUAUGUAUCGUUGGUCUCCCACAUCUUAAUUCCCGCGAAAGUUGUGUCCCUCAUCGUAUUAUUCUCACCAGCAUUAAAGGAAUACUGGUCUUAAAGAAUUUAGUGUUUUUUUGCUUUCUUCCUCCUCAGCCAGUAGGUGUGUAUGUGCUGCUAAAGCCUUUCUGCGUUGUCACUUUGGGAAAUAUUUAACACAGCACAUAAAACCAGAUUAAGGGGUCAAUUAUUGCUCGAUGAGCAGGAGAUACCCAUGUCAUGGUGUUUUACUCCCGUGUAUGUACAAGAGUAUAGUAGCGAUCUGUUUCCGGGCAAAUGAAGCCACCAAAAGCUCAAAACCUAAAUAUGGUAACACUUAGCCAAAGCGUGAGAGUUUUAGGUAAGUAGAUCUACUGUUCUCUCUCUCCAUCCAGGCACUACCUUGUAUAGAAUGAGAAUGUUUUGGGGUGCAGGGACCUCAAAAGUGCCAUUGCCACUUUAAAGGAGCACUCUAAGCCCAACUAUAACCACCGUAGCUCAUUGUAUUUCCAAGAGAUCUACCUGUUUGGUAUCUGCAAGGAGUGUUAUCGAGUAUUACAUACGAUAUGAGUGGAGGUAAAUGUUAUGAGUUUAUCAGCUCCCACAAAUGUUAGAAUUAAUAACAUAGAAUGUGAGCUGACUGCAAGUUAACAGCUUGGCCCAUCAUGGUCUGCACACUGUACUCAUUAAGGCUUGGUAAAAUGCCUAGCUAGACACCUGUAAGAAGUGACAGAAAGGACUAGUAUUAGACUGGACAGUAAGGCAGGAUUAAACAUUUUAUCCAACACAUAAGCUAAUUCACAGUGAUUAAAGUCAGAUGAUUGGAAUGGGGGUUACAUUAUCAGAGUUGGGAUGUGAUGAUGAAAGUUUCAGGCAAUGUGGUUCGGGGUUCUACAGGACAUGUCUGAAUAAGUGGAUACAGUGAUUGUUGUGAGAAGUAAAUUGUGGCUAUUUCACACACCAAACAAUUUGUAGAUUGUUUUUUUUAAUUAUUAUUCUUUGCAGGUAAGAGUCCUCAGCUUAGACUGAUGUUGCUGAAGGGGGAGGAAAGACAUAAAACACUAAUACAUUUUGACAUCAGUAGCCCUUGUAAGGAUCCCCAAUGUAGUAUAUUAUAAUCAGUCCUGUAUGUUCCCAUGAAAGUGAGCAUCCAGCAGCUAUAUACAGAGCGUCUGUUAAAGAUUAACCGCUGCUAGGGUUUUACGUGCCAAACAAUGUCACAAGUGUUUGUCAUCGCCAUCUGUCUUGACCUUGUUGUACAUAUUAAUUAUAUUAACUUAUCCUAAACCUAAGGUUUUCACAGCAGAUAUAUUUCCGUUGUGACUCACCCGACCCGGAAUCUGUUUGAUCACCCCCUUGCAACAUGUGGAUGGCCACAUUGUCACCUGACCUGUGAUGGGCAAGCGGAGAGCUUCGUGCCCUCAGACAGAGGGAGGAAGUCAUUUUGUAUUAAUGCCUGUUUUUGUUUUGUUUUCUCUUUCCACAGCUGAUUUGCUGCUUGAAGGAUUUAGCAACUACAAGUUUGUCUCCAAUGGGUAUAUCCCCAUCCCAGGGCAGCAGGACAAGGAGAACUUCCAAGAGACCAUGGAGGCCAUGCAUAUCAUGGGCUUCUCGCAUGAAGAGAUCUUGUGUGAGUAACAACCGGGCACGGCUCUCUCUGGGGGAUAACAAGGAGUACAAACUUUAAAACUUGGAUCCAAACACCAUUGAGUUCUCAUAGCAGUAUGUUUACUAAAGAAACAAAACUCCAGUUCUAGAGAAAACAGAGGUGGUUAGAUAGAUCUGGAAGUCAUUGAUUGUAGAGCAAACAUAAGCUAACGGAACAUUUAAUGUCUGGGUUAUCACAUAAUGUACAUGAGAAAUGCAAAAUAAUCUCGGAAACUAUAGAUACCUCCCCCAUUUUUUAGCCCCAUUAAUUAAAGUGAUGGUCAUAUGCCACAAACUCAUGUCUGGGUAUAGAGUAAGGAAUUUAACACUUGGCAAUAUUUUCAUACGUGAAUGAACCUACUACACAUGCAUAUAAUACGUUUUUUGAUGGAUGAACAUAGUGACACCAGCACAGACGUCCUCAUAGUAAUCUAGUAGUCUUUCACAGGAAGUGGGGAAUUUGUAAAGAAUGUAGGGAAGUGUAGAUUUCCCCAGAAAGGCGAUUGUGUAUAGUUCCAGUGUUUUUUUGCAGAUCUGAUAAGGCACAGACUAGUGGUAAGGCCAGUAGUAGCUCAUUUGACCAUAACCAAUGCAAGGAGCAUAUUAUCCCAGUUACUGGUCCACAGUGCAGACUCAUCAUACAGUAGGGCAUCCAUGAUUUUACUCUAAUGUUGCCCAGUUUUUCAUGCUUGUCCCACAGAACGUACAACUCUAAUAGGACGUGUUCCGGAGAGCUUGCUCAUGACCUGAUCUAAUGUACAGAUGUAGUUCUAGAACCUGGCCUUAGUGGUCGAUUCUUUUAUAUGAGAUGAGCCUAUGUCUGGUAUUUUAAUAUUAAUUUUCCCACAUGCACAAAAAUGACCAAAUUUACAUUGGGGUCUCGCAACAGACUCUAGGCCUCAGAAUAUUGUGGUAGUAUGUUUCCUCUCACAUGUCUCAUCCUGUGGACCUCAAAAGAACUGCGCAUGCAUAACCAUGGAUACUAGGCAGAUAUCACAUGGGCCAUCUUAUCAAUACUCUCCCACCUUUCAUAUUUUCAAUCAAAGGGAUCUAAAAACAGGAGCAAGUUCUCUAGGAUUAAAUUAAGAUCUAUACAUAGUGUUCUGCCAGAGCCUAGAUGAGUGCUACCAAGUACAUGUUGGGUCUUGCAUCAUCUCCUAUGUGCACCCAACAUCCAAGUGGACUUUGAGCUACAUUACCAUAUAAUUUGUUUCUAGGGCAAAGUAUAAUAAAAAAAAUUGCAGUGAGGUUGUCCAUAACACUAAUGGUUCCAUUUUCAUUCUUACAGCCAUGCUUAAAGUGGUGUCUUCCGUCCUGCAAUUUGGCAACGUUAUUUUCAAGAAAGAGAGAAACACAGAUCAGGCUUCUAUGCCAGAGAACACAGGUGCGUCCCAUAUCACAUGAUUCCUAACGGCAUCAAAUGACAGAUCAUGACCUCUAUUGUUUGGUUCUGUGAAAUUCAGCUCGUUAGAAGAGGAUGAACUACAUGUCCCACGAUUCUUCAUCAACUUUUGUUUGGAAGACCAUUAUGGGAUAUGUUUUAUGUUCAUUGCGGGCACAGUGUGCAGGCUAUGUGCACUGACUGUCACUCUAAGUGCACUUCUCUCUGCAGUGGAUACCAACUAAUCCCGCAGAAUGAGGAGUAGUACAGCUUAUUUACACAUUCUCCUUAAAUCAAGAUCAGGCGAGUCUGCAUUAUUGUUCCUCUGUCCUUAAGUCCAUUAGGACACUCAUUAGCCCCACAGUACAUACCAUUCCGUAUCCACAAGAGCAGCCCACGUGUAGAUUUCUCGCUGCAGAUGAUUUGCAUCUAAUCAAGCUCUGGGAGUGUGGAGGGCAGAGUACAUAGCAUGUUCUAAAAGUGUUUAUUUUCAUUGGGUUCGGACUAGGGGGAACAGGGCUGGAGCCAACAUUCGGCAGCCAAAUGUGCACAAUCCCAAGGGAAAUGUCUGAGCCAGGAAGAGAAUGUUGCACUUUCUAACCUAUUGUUUGCUUCUAAGCAGGCACGGUUCUCAGACUAACCCUUUCUCUACCAGAGGCGUAGGCUGGGAGGAAUCUCUCUAAAUGAUGGCUUGUAAGCUUCUCAGCCAGCGGUCCUUUUUCUGUUACCUGAAGACAGAGCAAAGAAACCUGUUCCAGGUUUAGUAUGAUGAACAGGUUUUCAGCAAUCUGCAGCUUGGGUACACCGAGGCAUUCAUUGGUCUGUGCCAAGAGUAGCAUCAGGCAGCACAAAUUAAAGUUUAGGCUUUGAUGGAAGGAACAAAUUUAAACACAGACCCUGGAGACUGUACUGAAACGAUGGAUCUCCUGCCAUAAAUCUUUAUGCUAACAAUAAUUAUACGCACAGGAUGGAAAUGCAUCCUUCGACUGUACUCGUUUGGCAUCGCUACAUCUGUCUUUUUUUGUCCUUAGUUCUAGUAUGUACAGGUUUUUUGGGUUCUCUGCAGAAAAAAAGUCAGUAAUUUAAUAUUGGUUACCUCAGUCCUGCGCUAUGCGCAUUUUCCCCAGAGACCGACAUUGCCAAACAUAUCACAAAAUUAGAAGAGCGUUCAGCCAUGGCUUACAUUCCUUCUUUCUCUUUUUUUUUUUUUUUUCUUAAAUUUUUUUUUAUUUCAAAUACCAGAACAAGCUGCUUGUCUCUGGAGGGGGUGAGCACUGCAGCGAUGGAGCUUAUUAAAAAGGCACGAUCUCAGUAUAUUUCAUUCAAUGGGUACAAAGGCAGUUUUACCUGUUUGAAGCAAUCAUGUGUAAAAGGACAAAUAUCGGAGAGGCCAGUGUUAACCCUUAGUUUACUGGUGUGGACUGUGAAACCUUAUAAGGCUGAUCUUUUAGGCAGAAUGCAGGCGAUGCUGGCUGUUCUCAGAUAUUAACAGGCAUUAAAAUAAAGUAACAGAACUGGGAAAUGACUUACACAAUGGAGGAUCAUGUUAACACAAAGAAGCCUGUUUACUAAACCAUGAAUUGGCAAGGAGAUUGCACAUUUUUGGAACAGAGUUGAGAAGUUGGAAAAAUAGCUCAAAUAGAGAACUUUUCCACUUGUUCAAAGUUCCUUGUUUAAUGAAAAACCCUGCAGUGUUAUGUCCUGAGGAUAUUUAUGUUCGUGCAUACAUGUGCCAAAAGAAAAUGAUUGGACCACUGAUUAAUUAACCUAUGGUAAAGCAAUUACAGCAUGAAGUUCUGGUUUGCUUUGUGGCUGCAAAUGAUAACCUAUGAUAAGUGUCUGUUCCUGUAGAGUAUUUAGCAGAAUACUGAAUAGCUGGGCCUCUGUCAUUGGGUAUCAGGCUUCAUACAAUUGGAGUUAUAGUCACUGUCUCACAUGAUAUUCUUAUCUCAGCCGCACAGAAACUCUGCCACCUGCUGGGCCUCAACGUCAUGGAGUUUACCCGAGCCAUCCUCACCCCACGCAUCAAAGUGGGCAGGGACUAUGUACAAAAGGCACAGACAAAAGAACAGGUGAGCACAGACCCCACUAGGGGCAGUCACACCACAAGAUGUUUUGCAUUCGUAUUAGUAUGGUUUUCUUUGGGAAUACAUCCUUGCUGAUGGCCUCCUUGCAUCGGCAGGAGCUGAGAUGGCUUCCAAAACAUGCUGUUUGGCAGUGCUCCAUGUAAACUGUAUAUGGAAUAAGUUUAGUAUAAAUAUCGUGUCACCACAUUCCAUUCAAUUAUUUAAAUCCCAAACAGACAAUAAUCUCCUUACAAGUGGCAGGAGUGUCAAAGUUUCCUCUGCUUCAUUCAAACACACACUUCCACUCCCAGUGUCCAAUGGGUUAAUCCACUAAACAGUGAGUUUUGCAAGGCUGUUGCCAACUGACCAUAAUUCUCUGUUUGUUAGUGACUAUUUUUUAAACAAACCUACCUCUGACCAUAACUCUUGGUGAUGACAUUAAAUCUGGGCUGCGGACUAAUGUCACUGGGUGAUCUGCAAAUAUUUGUUUAGGGAUUGGGUGCGCCUUCCCAUCAGUCUGAUAUUAAUGUAGUUGUACAUGUGUUUUCUAGGCAGAUUUUGCAGUGGAAGCCCUGGCAAAAGCCACGUACGAGAGACUGUUCCGCUGGCUGGUCCAUCGGAUAAAUAAGGCCUUGGACCGCACAAAACGUCAAGGAGCGUCCUUUAUUGGCAUCCUGGAUAUUGCCGGAUUUGAAAUCUUUGAGGUUUGUUCUUCAGCCCAGUUUUGGGUACUUGCAUUGUUAUUGGCGUCAAGAAUAUUUCUGCAGCUGACAUCACGUGUGACAUUCAUAUUUCCCAUGAUACUUAAUAUACAGAGCCUGGCACGGCUCUGCAAUCUGUGAGUUGUACUUAAUAUACAGAGCCUGGCACGGCUCUGCAAUCUGUGAGUUGUACUUAAUAUACAGAGCCUGGCACGGCUCUGCAAUCUGUGAGUUGUACUUAAUAUACAGAGCCUGGCACGGCUCUGCAAUCUGUGAGUUGUUACUUAUUCCUUUUUAAUUGUUUAUAUAAACAGUAUACACUAUGUUCUGUAUUAUUUUUUUGCAGACAUUGUGAAGAUUUUUCUAUUUAUAUACAUAAGUAUACUUGUAUUGUAUUACUAUAUCCAGUCUGAAGGGUUCACCUCUACUUGGUGUGAUUGUUUUCACUUUGUUGUAGGUGUUGUUUUGGUCUAUAUUUCCCAUGAUGCUCUAUUAGCCAUAUCGUUGGCAGAAUAUCACGGCAGAGAUUGUCUAUCUCUGCCUUUAGUGCUAUAACACUCUCGAUGAAAGACUCAUUUACUUACCAGGUUUUUUUUAGUAAACCAAUCACAAUAUGGAUAAAAAAGAAAAUAUAUACUAAGUUGUUAACUAUCUACGUACCAGUUGAAAGACUAAUCAGAUGACAUGAUGCAGGUGAUCAAAAAUAUAUGGAGUACGAUGGUCCGCCCUCACGGUGUCUUUAUAAACUACAUUCAACGUGAUAUGUGUGCAUGAUGAGAUAAGAUGUGAAGAAAAGUGUCAAUUGACGCUUUCUAAAGGGACACAACAGAUAGUGUCUAAUGCAGAAAUAUUCUAUGGUUCUGAGUUUUCCCUCUGAAACCACCAAGCCUCACCCCCUUUUCUUAAAACAUAUUUUACUUCUUAGUGACCUGCCAAAGACCACAGAUCUUACCACCAAUUUUUAUUUCAUUUUAUUUUUGGCAUAUUUACAGAGUUCUGCCUCAACUGACGAUUUAGAAUGAGCUGGUGGUUAAGUAAUGGGUUGCAUCUGGGAAAGAGGACUCACUCUGCAUUUUAGUUGUUUUGAUGGGGCUGCUUGGAACUAACCCUUGGCAGAGAAGAACAGGAAGUCAGUCUGUUAAAGGACACUUCUGGCUGGAGCUGACCCUUUCUUUUUUCAAAUACAUUUUUAUAAACUAUAAUGUAAAAAUAAUCAUGGGCGGCAGCGAUGACUGUAGUAUGCAAAAGCCCAAAGAAAAUUACCUGAGUAUUAUUCCAAAUCCCUACGCACAAAAUAACAACAAGAGAGGUUUAUAGUACCACUAAAAUGGCUCUUAAAGAGUAAGCUCAUCUGCCGCGUCAAGGCAAACAUCUUAGUUGAGUCCUACACUAACAAUUCAAUUUAGGAUGAUGAACGCUAUAGCCAUUGUUGCCCCCCCCCAAAAAACUAAAGAUUAAUAUAAAAAGACCAGCAUAACUAACUUAAUGUCUAUGUUGCACCUGACGUGGCUUUCUGGAGGUGCCCUUUAAAUGAUUUUUUGUUGUUUCCUGUAACAUUGCUUUCUAAGUGUUAAAGGCUCAUCUGUCCUGUCUGUAUAGCUGAAUUCAUUCGAGCAACUCUGCAUCAACUACACAAACGAGAAGCUCCAACAGCUCUUCAAUCACACCAUGUUCAUCCUGGAGCAGGAGGAGUACCAACGCGAGGGAAUUGAGUGGAACUUCAUAGACUUCGGCUUAGAUCUGCAGCCCUGUAUUGAUCUCAUUGAGAGGCCGGUAAGUAAAACAGGCAAAGUUCUACUGUGAGUAUGUCAAUUUCAAUGUUACUUUUAUUGGUGAAGGGAACCUACUUAGUGUGAGAUUAUAAUUACCUGGGAAGAUCAGUUAUUAACAGUUUGGCUGCUGGGUGUAACAGUGAGGUUAUUCAACUGAAUAUCACGUUUAAUUUCAAUAUAACCAAAACGUAAAAAAGAAAUCUCCAAAUCAGCCGUCUUUCAAGGAUAUUUUGUUAUUCGCAUUAAACUUCCAUCAGUUCACAAUUUGGUGAAUUAGCCUCUCUGUAUUUCCUACUUGCUCUUCUCCGUCUCUUGUGAGAGGUGAGGAGGGAUGUUAUAGGACACAUUCUAAACACAAACAACUUGCAAAGAAAAUAGUCAUACGAUGCAAUUGGAAUCUGAUGCUAUAUUGCUCAGAUUGUGCUUGAAGUUAAACAGGAUUGGAAGUGUAAGUUGUAUUAAUGGUUGACAUUCUACUGCCUCCUGCUGGUGAAAUUUAGAUAUUUCUAGUCUAUUUAUGCUUUCUCCGUCAUUAAACCCCUACACGAUGAAUGCAGUGCUGGGACCAUCAUAAAAAUAAAUUAAAAUCUUUCCCUACAUGUUGAUAUUUACCAAAAAAUAGUUAAACCCCUGAUAUUUUAGACUGUCAGCCUUCAUCCUCUCUCUGCCAACACUUCCUAAAGGGGCUCUGUGUGUGGCCCUGGCAGGGUUAGCAUGCAGCAACUGAAACUGUUGGACCUUUUGAAAGAGAGACUAUGUUUAGAGCAGGAACCAUCUCGACUGACCACAUUACUGGUGGAAUAAACCAGCAUGUGCGACCUUCUCAUAAUCCAGGAUUUGUAUUCAUCUUGAUUGGGACAUUUCUGGGUCUUUCUCUGUUUUACAGCACACUUAUAACUUCUUUGUCACUAUUCCGCAGUUAUUGAUGAACCCUUCAAACCUAAUUUGCUUGAUAAUUGUCUUAAGGCUUGGCUGGGGUCUAGGGAAAGCAGGUUGUACAAGGUGCAGGGCAACAAUUGAGGAAAUGGAUUUGGGGUAGCUGCAUUCUGAUUGGAGGCUCUAUUUUGAAACCAACUAGUCUUCAAUCUAUGGUCACACAUUGGAUCCAUAGCCACCCCCAUUUGUUACUAAUGGCUGGCUCACAGAACUAAUGUAUAUAUAGAAUAAUAUUUCUUAACUUAUACAUAGAUUAAGAUAAUUUCUUAACGUGAUUUACAUAAACUGUUACAAGUUAAGGUGAAGCAAUGCCCUGUAAUUUAGCUCAGAUCCGCACUGUUUCCUUAGGAGAAGUAGUUCAUAAUAGUCAUUAUUUAUAUAGCGCCAACAUAGUCCACAGCGCAUUACAGUAAUAAUUACAUUGUUUGGCCCAAGGACACUUACUGGUAAGGUGGGUUUCUCAGUUCUAAAGCAGUGAUAUUACCACUGCUCUAGCCAGGUGAAACCACAGUAGUGAUAAAACCAAAGAUAUUACUUGCAGGAUCCUCACUUUUGUUAUGCUGUUGCCCUGGAUGCUGAAGUUUGGUCUUCUGAUAACAUCUGGACCAAUGUUUGACCUGUGUGAUUUGUCUUUAUCCAUGUCUCAGGCCAAUCCUCCCGGAGUGCUGGCUCUGCUUGACGAGGAGUGCUGGUUUCCCAAGGCAACAGACAAAUCCUUUGUGGAUAAGCUGGUCCAGGAGCAAGGCACCCAUUCCAAGUUUCAGAAACCCAGGCAGCUGAAGGACAAGGCUGAUUUCUGCAUUAUCCACUAUGCCGGCAGGGUGAGAACAUUGUAAUAAAUGUAAUACAGGAAGGUGCUGUGGUUUGUUUAUUGGUCCAGACACGUUAGAGCACCAAUUUAAAUUGCCAGUGACUCUCGUGCAGGUGGAUUACAAAGCGGAUGAGUGGCUCAUGAAGAACAUGGAUCCGCUAAAUGACAAUGUUGCAACCCUACUUCACCAGUCAUCAGACAAGUUUGUUGCCGAGCUGUGGAAAGAUGGUAAGAAAACCCUGAACUUGUCUUUCUCGUACAGUGAUUGUAAUUUCCCAUGAUCCAGCUUGGUAAGCCAUAUGCUGAGGAGCCCUUAUGUUUAAGGAGCUCUUCAACACCAUAACCACUACAACUGGAAGUAAAGGUUAUGGUGUUCAAAGUGUCCCGGCGCCCACCUAUGCAAUGCUGAGCUGAGCUAAUUCGCUAAGAUCGAUCAGCUGAUGCCUUACAAUGGUGUUGAGCGCCAGGGCACUCCUGGCACAAUAACCACUUCAGUGAGCAUUCCUUUACGUAAGUAUAUUUCUCACACAGUUUUGUGAAUAGGGAGCUAGUUGUAGGCCGAAAGUGUCAGCUGACACUCUUGGCCUAUUGGUAGCACCAAGUCCGACGCUUCCUCAUUGAAAUAUCAUCCAUCGUCGGAAACCAGGGGGCAGAAUGGAGGGGCACAGUCUUUUUGGGAUUAAACUGUUUGUAAAUGGUUUAACCCCUUAAGGUAAAACCAGGACCUCCUGACACCAUAGCAGAUUCAGUGAGAUAUAGUUGCUAUGGUGCCCGGAGUGUUCUUUCAAGUGAAUAAUUCUGAUUUGGGUGCAUAAACCAGAGAUCACUGUGCUGGAGUAACUCCCAUAAUAACAGAACUGGUUAGCUCAGUUAUGGGGUGUCAAACACCUACUCACUCUGUGCAACAAAUAGAUUCGGACAGUGCUUAGUUCAACGAGACCCUUUGCAGACGCCAUAUUCUUGCCUAGUUUUUACUAACCUUUGUUUCUCUUGUUCUGUCCCUUCACCCACUCCCUUUUGGAUACCUCUGAUCCUAGACAUACAGACUGUUCAGCGAGCCUCAUUUUAUGAUCAUAUAUGCGGAGGUGAAUUGAUAGUGAGCUUGUAGAUUUAGUAUCGCAUCUGAAAGUAGAGCUUGCUUGACGCCAGGCUUUGGAGAGCAUGCAAAUUGACAUAUAUAGAGUGCGUAGCUAAAUCCCUAUCAAAGAUAUAGAUUGCAGCUGAUAGAUGUUCUAAUGGUGGAGUGCUUAUACGGUACUACGUUUGUGGCAUUUGACUUGCAUGUGCCGUUCCGUGUAUUCCCACAAUGGUCAGUGUGUGCGUUACGGUGCAAGGAGCCUUCAGAUGCACACAUAGUAGGAUGUAUAUUUCAUGGUGACUAUGUAAGCACAGUUUGUAGAUUUUUUCUUAUACCUCUACAUUUUAGCAUUCUUAGCAAAUUGCUUUUCAGACAGAAUCUGAUGGCUGAAGAACACUAGAUAUCUCAGGAGCUUGCACGCUAGUUUUGUUUCUGUCAUUAAUUUAACACUUAAAGUCAAAUCUUUAAAAGUCUAAGUGAAUGACCGGUUUUACGAGUUGGAAAUGAUAGCGGCCAGCUGGUAAUGCCUUUGUAAAAUUGAUUUAGCCCCUGUGAUAUUACAGAUUUUGUCCCCUCUACUUUUUAUUCCUUCAAUUUUCUGCCUUCGUUUUUGGCAUUGAGGGUGGGUUUCAGGGCGCCCUGUGUGUUUCACCUGGUGGCCAGCUCUGCGGAUUAUUGCACUCUUUCUUUCCGUUACAGCUAAAUGUCUGCAUCAUAAGUUUGUGUAUUUAAAUAUUGUUAAAUCUGGGGGAACCAAUUCCCUUCCAUUAACAUAUAAGAAAAAUGUACCUUUAUUUAAUUCAGACUGGAAAUCUUUAUUUAGCAAGUCCUACUACUAGAUGUGUCCACAGUGCCUUUGAUCUAUAUAUAUAGAAUGGGUGGUACCAGCAUACAAUUAUUUAUAUAGUGGCAACAUAUUCAUAGGUAAAAUGAGACAAUUUUGUUCUAACAAUACAUGUAUGACGUACGGUAACAGUAGGUGAAGAAGGACCAAACAAGCUUGCAAUCACUGAGUCUUUCAUGCCCUUAUUGUGAUAGUUGAGACAUAGGCAGUCAAGAGUCUUUUUUGGCAAUAAAUCCCCUACAUAGUAUGUUGUAUGUGCUAGAAGGUUCUGUGGUUCUAAUGAAUGUGUGUCCCUCUCUGCAGUGGAUCGCAUUGUGGGUCUGGACCAGGUGGCAGGAAUGGCUGAAACCGCCUUUGGCUCUGCGUACAAGACCAAGAAGGGCAUGUUUCGCACGGUGGGGCAGCUUUACAAAGAGUCCCUGACCAAGCUAAUGGCGACUCUGCGCAACACCAACCCUAACUUUGUGCGCUGUAUCAUCCCGAACCAUGAAAAACGGGUACGUAAAGGGGGGUAGAGUGAUGAUAUGAGCUUAAAGCUAUAGCAACUUAGUAAGAGAGGUUUUUUGAUUGAUGGUGGAGGAUGCAGGUGUCUAAAAGAAGAGGGUAUAUAUCGAGUCAAAGGAAACCUGAAACCUAGAUGAGAGUAGAAUAAAGCUAACUUUCCUUCAAAAGAUCAUUUGUGGUAGAAUUAGCUUGAAAUAAUUGUAACCAUCUAUUCUGUUUUGGCUCUAAAACCUCACUGUACACUACGUCCCCGAAGUAUGUUUAGAACUACAUCCUAGUUUUUGGAACUUUGUUGAUACAUUGUUCUAGAUGUGUAACGAAUGUUCCUCACAGGCCGGCAAACUGGAUCCUCACUUGGUGCUGGAUCAGCUGAGAUGUAACGGUGUCUUGGAGGGUAUUCGAAUCUGCCGUCAGGGAUUCCCUAACCGGAUUAUCUUUCAGGAGUUCCGCCAGAGGUAAUUUUAUGCAGUUCUGAUUUGUUGCUAAUUAAAGAGGGAGAAAUAUUUCAACACAUGGACUAAACUAUAUAAGUAUUUAAGUAUGAAUAUCCCCAUGGCUAUUCUCCACGAUUAACAGUUUCAUACAUAAUGCUGUUUGUGCUAUUCAAGUCAAGCCAAAUUUGUGGCUGUUCCUACUGCAAGGAUGUGCAACAUUUCUGUAUUAGGCUGUUUAUAUUUAUGGUGAAAUGCAUUUCUAUCUAGCUAUGUUAUGUUCUAUCCUUGCUACAGGUAUGAGAUUCUCACCCCUAACGCCAUUCCAAAGGGAUUUAUGGACGGAAAGCAAGCGUGUGAGCGAAUGGUACGGUAAAGUGGAUAUUAAACUCUCACUGUAAUCGUAUGUACCAUUAAUUUGACUUACAAGAACCCACUUUUUACCCACAGAUUAGAGCUCUGGAGUUGGACCCCAAUUUAUUCCGUAUUGGCCAGAGCAAGAUUUUCUUCCGCGCUGGCGUCCUGGCACACCUGGAAGAGGAGAGAGACCUGAAGAUCACAGACAUCAUCAUUUUCUUCCAGGCCAUUUGCAGGGGUUACCUGGCCAGAAAGUAAGUCUCUUCCAAUCUUACCCAUCUUUGCAAUUCUGACCGGAAACCAGCAAAUUCUAGAACCAAGGACAUGUAUGUUCUGCUGUAUUGAUAUAAAAGGGUUGUUGCUACAUGGAAAGUAAUUAAAGUAAAGACAAGUGAGGAGGAAGGAGAGGAGGAGGUUCCUGGGAUACACUUGGCUCUCAGCAGGUUCUGAGAUCGGGAAUUGAGUUUGGGCUUGGGAAGAUUAUUUGGGUCACCUGGUUGUUAGUUUGUCUAUGCAUUAAGGUACGGGUGCUUGUGAUUUCAUUAUCUGCCCUCCAGGAGGUGUCAUUAUUUACUUGCCACUCCUUUUAUUCCAAGGGCUUUUGCAAAGAAACAGCAGCAGCUGAGUGCCCUGAAGGUUCUCCAAAGGAACUGUGCUGCCUACCUGAAAUUAAGGCAUUGGCAAUGGUGGCGACUUUUCACCAAGGUGAGUCCUGCAUGUUGUUCAUCUCGGUAGAUCACAUCUAUAAAUAAUGAAUAGAAUGUAACCCCUCGUACUAUUUACAGCAUGCAUUGCACACCCUUCCUCUUAAUCUGUUUUUGUAUAUUAUUUGAAAUAUAUCGUCUCUGCUAGAUUACAAGGGUUUAUCGACAAAUGACCAGAUUCAGAAAGAUUUCACUUAAACCACCCAUUACUAUCGUAGCCAGGGGCUGAUUAGGUGUACUUUUGAAUCAGAUGUCUGUUUUGUAGGUGAAACCUCUUCUACAAGUUACUCGACAAGAAGAGGAACUUCUAGCGAAGGAUGAAGAACUGCUGAAGGUGAAGGAGAAACAGUCCAAAGUGGAAGGAGAACUCGUGGAGAUGGAGAGAAAGCACCAGCAGGUGAGAGCAGGCAAACAAGCCGACGGGUAUAGCCAAUAACUUUAGCCGGGGAUUAAUAGUCUUUCCCAGAGCCUCAGUAGGCACUUGGUGCAUUUUGCUUUAUAUAUCCCGUACUAGGAAAAUCAGAGCAGUCUCAGGAAGCACAGUGACCAAGUUGUACUAAAACCAUGCAGCUGUUUGAAAUGUAGACAAAAGAUGUAACGCCUUGAGUUGAGUAACGCCCAUAUACUCUGCUGCUAACAUACUAAAGGCUACAAAGUAUUUGAUGAAAAAUAUCUGUUUCUUGUGUAUUUCUUUCCUCUGCAAAUGGACUCAAAAUGUUUAGCACAGAAUGAUCAGUGAUCCAGUGUAGGCAUGGAAUAAUGGCGCUCGGUUAAAGAACAUUUAUUGAGUUUUCAGCUCCGAGUUUGGGCAUACUUUCCCUCUCCAUGUCUUAGAGGAAACAGGGAGCAUGAGGUGUUAAGGAAUCCACAUAAAGAAUGACUGGUUAAACUGUAAGGGUAAUCUGAGAAGGUCUGGUAAACUAUUUUAGUUCCUGUUAACAGCUGAUGGCAUUUUAACAAUUAAUAGUUAAAUGUCAUCCACUGGUAAAUGCCUUCUCCCUUUUAUCCCCCAGUUGACUUACAAAUUCAUGGGGAUCUAGUAUUUGGAUUUUGGGGAGUUUUCUGUUCCCAAUAUUGGCUUUUAAACAUUUUUUGGUAACUGUCCCUCAGUUGGUGGAAGAGAAAAAUAUUCUCGCUGAGCAGCUACAAGCGGAGACAGAGCUGUUUGCAGAGGCUGAGGAAAUGAGGGCCCGUCUAGCAGUCAAGAAGCAGGAGCUGGAAGAAAUCCUGAGAGAUCUGGAGAUACGUAUGGAGGAGGAAGAGGAGAGGAACCAAGUCUUACAGAAUGAGAAGAAAAAGAUGCAGACACACAUACAGGUGACUAAGGCCACUUCCCAGCCGCUUCCUUAAUGUCCCAGGCUCUAAAACAAUAGUUGCUUAGUCCUGAACACAGCCAUACAUGCUGUACAGAAAACAGGUGCUUAUGGUGGGAUGGUGGGAGGCCCUCAAAGUGUAAAGAAUGGCUGUGAUGUAACUUUCGAAGAGGUGUUCUCCUGCUUACAUUACUUGGUUCCAGUAUUUGGUGUUUCUGAUUCAAUUUAGGAUUUAGAAGAACAGCUAGAUGAGGAGGAGGCAGCACGACAGAAGCUGCAGUUGGAGAAAGUAACAGCAGAAGCCAAAAUUAAAAAGAUGGAAGAGGAUAUUCUUCUCCUGGAGGACCAGAACUCAAAGUUCAUCAAGGUGGGAGGCAGAGCCAUGUCGAGACCAUGUAUAGUGCAAAUGCACUUUUUUUUGCGUCUUCGUUGCUUGAUUGUUCAUGGAUUUAGAAGAUCUGCUUUGUGAGUAUUUACUUUGUAUUUAUUUUAAUAGGAGAAGAAACUGAUGGAUGAACGGAUUGCAGAGUGCACUUCGCAGCUGGCAGAGGAGGAAGAGAAAGCAAAGAACCUGGCCAAGCUAAAGAACAAGCAGGAAAUGAUGAUCAGCGAUUUGGAAGGUAUGUUCCAGAUAGGUGUCCAUGUUAAUAACUACCAGUCAGUGUGCCUUAAGAUAAGGAGUUACCAUAGCAACCACAGCUUAUUUCCUGUGUGUGCUAUGUGUGAAAAGGACCGCCUGUGGGAGUUUUUUUUUCUACUCUGCUAUAUCAGUCAAUUCUUUGGCAUAGAGUCUAUGCCGAAUAAUUAACUGACCGGUAGGAUAAAGAGCUAUUUUUUUUUUUUUUUCAUAUCUAUACCUUUGCUAGCAAAUCUGCUAGCACAAAAUAUAGAUGAAAUUUGAUGCUCUUUAAAAAACAGAGUAUACUUUGUAGGUACCUUUUAAUCUCAUCUCAUAAGUCUCCCUGGAUAAAUGCUGAGGAUGUUUUAGGAAACACAGGACACCUUCCUUCACUUACAUUGUCAUUUUAACAUUAUUCUAAUUGCUUGUGAUUUGCAUGUCUGUUCUUCCACUUUGUUAUAUCACUCCUCUGACACACUACGCGUUCUUUCCAUCAUCUGUAGAAAGGCUAAAGAAAGAGGAGAAGACACGUCAAGAGCUGGAAAAAGCCAAGAGGAAGCUCGAUGGAGAGACCACUGACCUCCAGGACCAAAUAGCUGAGCUGCAGGCUCAGAUCGAGGAACUUAAGUUGCAACUAGCCAAAAAAGAAGAGGAACUGCAGGCUGCACUGGCCAGGUGAGUUGUGAGCCAGGUUUUGCGGAGACACUAGCCAAGUAAAUGACUAGAUUAAGAAACCAUUAGCUGGUCUAGCACAACAGAUUGCUCUGGCUGGAUUUCUGACUAACUUUGUAUUCUCCUGUAGAGGUGAUGAGGAGGUGGUACAGAAGAAUAAUGUUUUGAAGCUGGUGAGGGAGCUGCAGGCACAGAUUGCUGAGCUUCAGGAAGACCUGGAGUCUGAGAAAGCUUCACGCAACAAAGCAGAGAAGCAGAAGAGGGACCUUAGCGAGGAGCUAGAGGCGCUGAAAACUGAACUGGAGGACACUUUAGACACCACUGCGGCACAGCAGGAACUGAGGUAUAUCAAAAGUUUUUACUUAAUUUAACUGUUUUGAGAAUGGAGAUUUGCACACAUCAUUGAGUGUCAAUAUAUGUAUGAAUGUAGGGUUUAUUUGUGUUUAUGGUUAGUGAAAGCAGGUUGGUUGUGUAGAGUAUUAUGGUGUAUGAUGGUUAGUGUGUGAGAAUAGUUAUUGUAUGGUGCAAUUGAGGCAAUUUUACGGACAUGCAGCUGUAUGUUUAUUUAUUCAUGGUAAGUAACGGUGAAGCAGAGAAAAAUAUAGAUGCCUGUUUGUACAUCUGGUGGGGUUUCUACAUGUGUGGAAUCUACAUUGUUACUAAGCUUUGUCAAUCCUUUUUAGGACCAAGAGGGAACAGGAAGUGGCCGAACUGAAGAAGAACAUUGAAGAAGAGACCAAGAACCAUGAGGCACAAAUCCAGGAAAUGAGACAGCGGCAGGCCACAGCCCUGGAGGAGAUCUCAGAGCAACUGGAGCAAGCCAAAAGGGUAAGGAGGGUACCAGGAAAAUGGGUAAUAGGACAUGGGGUAACCGCUUGGUAUUAGGAGGGCUUUGGAUGAGAGCAACUUAAGAAAGUGAGGAGAACCCUCGAGGAGUUCUGAAAGCGUUGGAGAAUGAUAGGGCAAGAAUGAGAACGCUUGAGGAAGAGUGUGGACCACUCUGUGAGCAGUUGGAACAAGCCGGAAGGACCAUGGGGGCAAUGAGUGAGUGCAGGAUGCACAAACCGCUUUGGCUGAGCAUGGUUGCAUUUUUACCAGAUUAGCCUGUAUCUAUUUGUUGGCUUCCUAACUUUUUAAACCUUGUAUCUCUUCAGCUGAAAGUGAAUUUGGAGAAGAACAAGCAGAGCUUGGAAUCCGAUAAUAAGGAGCUCUCUGGAGAGGUGAAAACCUUGCAGCAACAGAAGGCAGAGUCUGAGUACAAGAGGAAGAAACUGGAGGGACAGGUGCAGGAGCUGCAUGCCAAAUCGUCCGAGGGAGACCGACAGCGAGCAGAGCUGGGGGAGAAGAUCAGUAAGCUUCAGGUACUCGUCCUCUUGACACACAAUGUACAGCUUGCACCAAAAACAUACACUAUACAUAUAGAAGGUUCAGCUAACCUAUAACAUGCAUAAAAUGCCAUCUGACGGAUUGACUGGAGCUGGUAAAGAACUAGAUCUCUCAUGGUUCUUUGCUCGUCUAUAGAGAAAGCAUGAUCUGAGUUGUAACUUUACAUUCUUCCUUUUAACAUAACAUUACUACUGCUUGUAAAUCUGCCAUCGGCUUGAAUAACAAGCGAGGUAUACAGAGUGUUUGUUUCCCUUUGUCUGACUAUACUCUGCAUAUUCUAGAAUGAACUUGAGAAUGUCUCCUGUCUCCUUGAAGAAGCUGAGAAAAAAGGGAUCAAACUGGCCAAAGAUGCUUCCGGCUUGGAGUCCCAGCUGCAGGACACUCAGGUGAGUGCAGGUCUAUGUUCAAUUAAUGGUCUUUCUAAUGGCCACCAUUUAUUCCUGUAUGUAGCUUUAAAGGAGAAGUUAAAAACUGUUGCCCCUUAGAAAGCUGCGCCACUCUGGCUCCCAAUAAUGGAUUGGUUAAUUGUUAAAAAUUCAAACCUUAUACUAACAGCACGUUUUAUAGAGGAUUGACAGUAACCAUGGUAACCGCUAUCAAAAGUACAUUUAAUGUAGCUAGUAGUCUCUUUGGUUUUGCUAUUUGCACAGCAUCCAGACAGAAACUGUGUGUGCAUUCAUUGUAGUGUUGCUGAUGUGUUUUUUCCCCUCAAUAUACUCGAAUAGAAAAAAGGCCUAAUAUUAUUUUUGCCACCUAAGAUCUAUAAAAAGGCACUUCCCAGUUCAAAGCCAAAUGACCUGUUUACGUUAAUAAGACUGGGAAAUUGUAUUCCAAAUAGACUUACCUUAACCCAAUCCAUGCAGUUUAUAUUAAAGGAACCCUCCGGCAGGGAAUUUAGCCCCCAAAACAACGUCAUCUCAAUGUAAUAGUACAUACGUUUACUUGCAUUGAGCAGCCAGUGAUGGGUAUAGAUCCUAAGCUGUAGCUCUCAGCCAUUCCUCUUCUGUAUGGUGCCCGAGCAGAGUAGAGGGGUGGCAGUGCUAAUAGGUCCCCAGGCACCCACCUUCGGAGUUUAAUAGGGAGCACCCUUGGACUCCAGUAUAAAGAAACAACUUCAUUGAGAUGGCAUUUCUCCGAGGGUGCCUUUAGGACCCAAGAGUACUCACGAAUGUCAUGUAAACAUUUUGACAAAGGACAGAUUUUGAAAUGUGAAAACAAGAGAACUACAUUGCCAUUUUUCAGGUUUUCUUUAAACUGUAGUUCUAACGCUGGUAAAUAAACAAACUAGCAGUGCACUAGAUCUCGGUACCAGUAAAGUGUUUAUUCAGGUGUAAUAUGAAUAAACCAAAAAGGUUGAAUGAUUAUUUUUCUUCCUCCCCCAUUAUAGCCUAAAUGUGAUUUUUUUUUUUUUUCUGUUGAUGAUAGUUCACUCUGUAGUCAGUAACCCCCCUUGACCAGAGGUGUAUUUGCUUUCAAGCACCUUUCUGGUUUUACCCAAAGGAUAAAUGCAAUACGAUUAAAAUCCACCGCUGAGUUGCAAACUAUUGUCGAAAUAGGGCUGUGUAGCAGACUGUGGGUUCGUUACAUAGGGUGUGUUAAACAGUCCAUGGGAGCACCUGCUUUUGUCCGUCAGUGUAAUGCUAUCUUCAUCCACUACAGGAGCUGCUCCAGGAGGAGACUCGGCAGAAGCUGAACAUGAGCAGUCGCAUUCGCCAACUAGAGGAAGAGAAAAAUAAUCUGCAAGAGCAGCAGGAGGAAGAGGAGGAGGCCAGGAAAAGCUUGGAGAAGCAGAUCCUCACGUUGCAGGCACAGGUCAGGAGCAGUUAUUUUACCUGUGUACAAGUUAACCCUCAACUGACAGCAGCCUCUGUCGGAGAGAGACUUUCAGGGAGAGACACUGUACUAAUGGCAGGUCCUUGUCACUAGUAGCUGAGAACCAGUUUGUAAGAAUCACAUGUGUUCUGUGGUGUAGACAGACCUCCUGUACUGUUGUUACUUACGUAGCUUAUUGACUGUUCCUCUAUCCUUGUCUAGCUUGCGGAUGCUAAGAAAAGGGUAGAGGAUGAUGUGGGAAUGAUAGAAAACCUGGAAGAAGUAAAAAAGAAGUUGCUGAAAGAUAUGGAGGGAUUGGGUCAGCGACUGGAGGAGAAAGGACUGGCCUUUGAGAAGAUGGAGAAGACGAAAAACCGAUUGCAGCAAGAGCUAGAUGACUUGAUAGUGGAUCUAGAUCACCAGCGACAGAUCGUGUCUAACCUGGAGAAGAAGCAGAAAAAGUUUGAUCAGGUAAUUCCAUCAGUCUUUCCAAUAUGUGUAACAAAUGCUGUUUUCUGGUAGACUUUGAUAAUGGAUUCAUAGUAAUUAUCUUUUUUUUCUUUUUCCCCAGCUAUUGGCUGAAGAGAAGAAUAUCUCUGCCCGAUAUGCUGAUGAGCGUGAUCGUGCUGAGGCCGAUGCCCGAGAAAAGGAGACCAAAGCCCUGUCAUUGGCUCGGGCACUAGAGGAAGCCCUGGAGUCCAGAGAUGAGUUUGAGAGACUGAACAAACAACUCAGGGCAGAGAUGGAGGACCUAAUGAGCUCCAAGGAUGACGUAGGAAAAAAUGUAAGUAUUGUAAGAAACCACCCUGAACAUGAACAUGUCUCCUUCUAGAAGUUUUGGUCUGUUAAAGUGAUUUCAGGUGUCACCCCAAAUGACAAGGUUCAUGUUCUUUAUAGACCCACUCUCACUCUGACUUCAUAGGUAGUAUUCCGUUUUCUUGGAUAGAUUUUUUUUUUCAGUUACAUGAGUUGCGUUUUGUUGCGUCUUUUCUUCUUGUAGGUGCAUGAGCUGGAAAAGUCAAAGCGGGCGUUGGAGCAGCAGGUUGAGGAGAUGAGGACACAGCUGGAGGAACUGGAGGAUGAGUUACAGGGCACAGAGGAUGCCAAGCUACGAUUGGAAGUGAACAUGCAAGCAAUGAAGGCACAGUUUGAUCGUGACUUGCAGUCACGUGAUGAACAGAAUGAAGAAAAGAAACGAAUGCUGGUGAAACAGGUGAAUCUUUUUAUUUUCCAUUUUGUCUUUUAGAUGGGAACCUCUGUCCACUUUUUUUUUAACCACAAGUCAUGUUACCUAAUGUCUUAUUUGAUGGUGGGUUGGGGUCCUGCUUGGUGUAAAAUAUCAUUUUGGCCCUUCAUUUUCCUUGACGUUUUGUACUCUGUGACACCUUGAAAUGGUACAGGUCCUUUCCCCUUCUAUAACAGCAAAUAGAUUCCACAGAUCCCAUGGAGAAUAAACCACCAUAACCACCAUUAACAUUGUGUGUCAACCUCCUCUUUGUAUGUUAAAAGGUGCGCGAACUGGAGGCUGAACUUGAGGAUGAACGAAAGCAAAGGGCACUUGCUGUUGCUUCCAAGAAGAAAUUGGAGAUGGAUUUGAAAGAUCUGGAGUCACAGAUAGAGGCUGCAAAUAAGGGACGGGAGGAUGCAAUCAAACAGCUUCGUAAAUUGCAGGUAAAUAAAGUAGCACGUUCAGAAAAUAUACUCAAGACUGCUUGAUUUAUUAAGGACUUUCUCUUUAACUGUGUCCGGUGAAACUUCUUUUGUACUCUGAGAGUUGAGUGCUGUAUGUUAAGGUUUAAUUUUUCAGUGUGUUAGACCUUGUAUCUAGGAUGUUAGCUUACAUUUUAUUCAUGUUAAUGCCACCUAAUUAAGUGGAGCUUAUAUAUCUUGUUGCCGACUGCUAUGGCUCUCAUUUCCAAGGCCAAAGAAAUAAUAGCCUCACUUGGUCUUCUCUAUGAACAGGCCCAAAUGAAGGAUUACCAACGGGAGCUUGAGGAUGCCCGGGCAUCACGAGAUGAUAUCUUUGCACAGUCCAAAGAGAAUGAGAAGAAGCUGAAGAGUUUGGAAGCAGAAAUUCUCCAGCUGCAAGAGGUAUGCGUGAGCCCACAUGUUAAACCUGUAGAGAGAAGUUAGUUGACGUCUACAGGCAGGAAACCAACUAUUGGGUGAGUGGUAACCUACAGGGAUAGUGACCCGGAAUGUGGUGAGUGGCAUGCUACAGGUUGAUUGAGACCCAUUUAUUGGGUGAGAGAAGUCUUACAAGGAGGGACUCACUGAUUGAUUAAGCAGGUUAUUCCAGGGUUCAUAGAUCAGAGUGAUAAAAUGCAACCCCAUCAUUUCACUACAACAAAGUAAUCUUGUGGACCACAAUGACAUAAUCUAUUUGCAGAUAAACCUUAUUAAACCAUGUAAUACGUGAAAACAAUGUAUGAAGAACAUGUAGUGAAGCAGAAAGACCUUUCUAGGCUCCAGCUCAGAUUCUGGCACUUCGAGUUCUAACUUGUAUUUUUUUUUUUACAUAUAUAUUCCAUGAUUGGUUAUGUGUCACGAAGAAAGCACACUGGUGGUUACACACGUCUGUUUUCUUCACAAAAAAUUAAAAAGGAUUUCUUUUUCCUGCUUUAUGUGUGAUAUAGUUCUUUGCUUCGGGUUACUACUCCAAAGUUAUAUCAUUUAUGGUUCUAACACCACAAGGUUUUAACUUGAACAUUACCUGACCAUUAAAUUGAGCAGAUUGUAGAACUUUAUGCAGGGUUUCACAUUACUUGAGUGUGUGCUUAUUAUCCAAUUGGAACCAGACCAUAGUGUCUGUCACAGGGCAGAGUGAUACAACCACAUUUUCAUGAUGUGCGUGUAACCAAAACUUGUCUUUCUACCCCAAAGGAACUGGCAGCUUCUGAACGUGGUCGUCGUCACGCGGAGCAGGAGAGAGACGAGCUUGCAGAUGAGAUCUCGAAUAGUACGUCAGGAAAGUGAGUUUGAAAACUUGACCCAUGUUACUUGGUUAAUUUCGUGUUGGCCUUUUUGUGUCAAGGGUUGCUGUAGUGUCAUGUCGCCAGCUGGAGGCAUGGAAGGAGGUGGCAGAGAAUGGUUUUAGGUAUUGUGGAUUGGCUGAUGGUGUGUGUUAUAGCCUUUAAUUACCGGGUCUUGAAUUUGAUUGCCAGAUCUGCUCUCCUGGAUGAGAAAAGACGCCUGGAAGCUAGAAUUGCCCAGCUUGAAGAGGAACUUGAGGAAGAGCAAAGCAAUAUGGAACUUCUCAAUGACCGGUUCCGUAAAACCACCCUGCAGGUAAGUUGGCCACAGAGCUACCAUCUACCCAAGGUGUGCUUUGGAAUCUGCUGUGGGUAGAAAGAAAAAUACUGUCAUUGGUGUUGCACCAGGUUUGCCCAUGUCUUUGAUUGGUUUCUAGAAUAUAUUUAGUGCAAAUUUGUAGAUCAUGAUUUCAUGUUAUAAGUCAUGUUCGUUCCGCUGCACGUUUGGCAGUUACAGAUUUGGAAUCAAUAAAAGAGUUGCUUUUGUAACAUUCAGGGCAAUUAGCUGCUGUUUCAGGCAGUUGGUACAUACAUAAACUACAAAGCACUGGGAAAUAAGUUGGAGCUGUAUAAAUACCAAAAACUUAUAAUAAUAAUGGGACGCUUGUAGAAAUGUUAAGUCUGCUGGACAGGGAUUCGUCAAAGCAUGCAAACAAACCUAACAUUAAUUAGUGGUUUGGUUACAAAAAGGGUUUUGACACUAUACGGAGUUUUUCCUCAAUGAAAUCUAGAAGUGGUUAAUAACUCAGAGUUAAAAAAAUACCCAUACCCAAGCACAGUCAAGGAAUACACAUAUAGGGUCCCAGUAGAGACACCUGAUGUCACUGGUGCCAUUGAGCAGUUCUACAGAGUUAGGACAUUACAAUUUCUAGCUGACCUAAUAUUCCUCUUCUUGACACACCAGGUGGACACAUUGAAUUCAGAGCUGGCUGGAGAGAGGAGCUCUGCCCAAAAGAGUGAAAAUGCACGACAACAACUGGAGAGGCAGAACAAAGAGCUAAAGGCCAAACUACAGGAACUCGAAGGCUCCGUCAAGUCAAAGUUUAAAGCAACCAUUGCCACGCUGGAGUCCAAGAUUGGUCAGCUGGAGGAGCAGCUGGAGCAGGAGGCAAAGUGCGCAAUCUAGGGGAUUAGGGGUUAAGGGUUUCAUGAGCUUAACUAGCAUGCCAUGGCAAUCCAGAACUGGAGACUGACAUGGAAAACUAUGGUUUUAUAGACUGCAUGUGAGGAUUAGUACAAUACAAUGCAUAAAAGGAAACUUUACAAGUUUGGCAAAACGCUCCCCCAUGGGAACUCUGUGCCUUUAAAAAGUCUAUUAAUCUUUUCCGAAUACCAUAAUUAUUUACCAUGUGUACACACUAUGCACCUUUUAAUUAGACUCUUCGCAUUUAAGAAGAGUCAGUCGCUAUAGUGCACUGUAAAUUGCCAAUGGUUCGACAUAUAUCCUUCUCCAUUCUCAGGGAACGAGCAGCUUCUAACAAGUUAGUUCGCCGGACAGAGAAGAAGCUGAAGGAGGUUUUCAUGCAGGUGGAGGAUGAGCGCAGACACGCUGACCAGUACAAGGAGCAGGUAAAAUACCCGACUUUAAUUUAUGUUCCAAUCUGUGUGAAUAAAAUGUAUUCUGCCAGCUCUGUAUAUAAACACGUUGUACACGCUGUCUUCUCCACAGAUGGAGAAAGCCAACACUCGAAUGAAACAGCUGAAGAGGCAGCUGGAGGAAGCAGAAGAGGAGGCAACUCGCGCCAAUGCCUCCCGGCGCAAGCUGCAACGAGAGCUUGAUGACUCUUCAGAAGCCAAUGAGGUUUUGGUCCGGGAAGUGUCCACUCUCAAGAAUCGUCUGAGGUAAGUGGUAAAUGGUGUGUGUGAUCAGUCAAUUCCUAACUUCCAUCAGGUACAAAGAUGGUUCAAAUUUAUUAAAGUGACACAAUGUUUCGACUUUGUGGAUAUAUAAAUGGAAUAAAUGUGUUAGGUUAAAAUUUCCAUACUAGUUUGAUGAUCCAAGACUAAAUUCGGCUAAAUUAACGGCUAGUUGCAAGUCUAUGAAAAGCUGUAGAUUGGUCAAUCACAUAGAUGGCCACUUAUUCAUAGUUGGUCCACAAUACUUUUGUAUGAGAAAAACGUGAUUGGACUCUGCCCAACACGAACAAGUAAAUAAGUCUGUGCUGGACGAAAAAUGGGACAGAUCAACAUUAGUGCCAAUUUUUCAACUAAGGUAAGGUUUUUAACACUCACCUCAGAAAUUCUUGCAAUUAAGUUUUCAAUUCAAUACAAUGCAAUGUUUAGUGAAUAAAACAUACAUACGUGCACACACUCAACAGAUGCCAUAGCGUGUGUGCCAUCUGCCUCACCUUUUUUUUUUUCUUCUUUCCAACAGGAGGGGAGGACCAAUUUCCUUCUCUUCCAGCUCCAGUCGCUCCGGCCGCCGACAGCUUCAGAUAGAGGGCACUUCCUUGGAUCUCUCUGAUGACGAGCUGGAGACUAAACCACCUGAGGUCAACGAGACUCCUGCACCUGCUCCUGCUCCUGUCCCUACCCCGGCUGAAUGAUCUCCCACCUACAGCAUUCCUCUGCCCCCAUGCAGAGGGACCAGGAACCAGGGGCAGAUAACUGCACACCGAAGCACGUCCGCACAGAUAUCCUGGGUGUCCGGAGGGGAGCCUCUCCUCGCAGGCUAAAGUGCUUUAAAGUGGUUUUUUUUUUUUUUAAUUUUUUUUUAACGCUAAGAUACAAAUCUUUUGAACCACGUUCCUGCUGAAACUACAUUUAAUUUCUGCAGGGAUGCGGUUUGCAGCCCUAGUCCCUCCUUCACCCCCAUAUUCUCGAACAACAUCAGAGGGGUUCAAUAUUCUUUUACUUGCAUCUGUUUUACAUCAAUCUUAAGACUUUUAUUUUUUCUUCUUUGCUUUAUUUUUUUAGCAUCAUGUGGAAAAAUAGAAACAAAAUUCUUUGUCCCCGUCUCCUGUGGGCAAUGGACUGAGACUGUAGGGGGGGGGAGGGUGUUAUAUACUCCUCCCCUUGCAUGUUAUAGUUGGUACAAACCUCACCUAUUUUGCAUUGGGAGCAGCUGUGCGCCCCUUGUCCCAGCUCUAAUCUAUGGUAAUUCUAGAUCUGCAACGCUAAACUGUGAAUCACACCUGUGGGGUUUUUGCUCACCCAUGUCCUCCCUAAGGAAGGAGCUAGGACAGGGACCCAGGGGCACAGAGACUGUAUAUCGAGGAGCUGCCCGCUAUAACUUUCCUGAAAGCUGGCGGUGAGAGGGUUAAAAUUAGUCAGCCGCCAAGUUAACUAGGGGAGUAGCACGAUCCUUAAAAUUAUGAAAAUCAAACUGUUCCUAUUCCAUAACCGGAAGGGGAAAGAAUCCGUAUACAUUUAAGACAAAAAUGGUGCCUUAGACACUUAGAAAAUUGAGAAUAUUAAAAAAUAUUGACAUAUCUCUACACCCCCCUGCAGAUUUUAAUGUGAUUUCAUUGUGCUUUAUAUCAUGUAUAAAAAAUCUGAACAUCCAUCAGUCAGUAUUAUCCUGAACACAUGCUCAUGUGCUGGAAACAAUAGUUAUUUUUUGUUGUUGUUUUUUUUUUAAUUAUAAUUAUUAUUAUUGUUUUUUUUUAAUUUCUUCAAACCUUUUCUGCGCUAGAUGGAUGUGCUUGAGCGCCACUCCUCUGGCACUGCAAGGGUUAAAUAGUUUAUAAAAAGUUAUCUUCUCUCUGUGCAUACUUGUCUAUGUUCAUUAUUAUUAUUAUAUAUAUUAUUAUUUUAUUUUUGUUUGAAGCAUAAGAGCUGCUGUCUCCCUAUUGGCCGAAAUUGCCUCCCCACCACCACUACCAGAACCUCUCAUUCAUGUCCUCCCCCCCCAUAUAUCUCAUAUUUCUAGACAAUGAUUUUUGUAAGACAAUAAACUUAUUCAUUAUAGAAUCCUGCAGGGUUGGAUCAUCUUAUUGGAUGCAAAUAUCUGCCAGUUGCCGUGGUAUGAGAAGGGUUAAAGUAGACCUGUCAACUAAACUAUUCUUUUAAUAAAUGUGGCUGCCUAUGAAUUUGAAUUAAAAUGGAAUAAAACAUUGAUGGGAGCAUGUGACAUAAUCAGCCAAUCACAACAUCAGAUUCAAUUAGAUGCACUGUCAUAAUUCUACGUUCGCUAUAAAUCCUUUAUUCAAUGUAAUUAAAUAAAAA